AUGGCCACGGACGGUUUCCGGGCCUGUCGCCGCCGCAGCCGCCGCCGUCGUAACGCCGACCGACAGAACAGCUGCUGCGGUCCGCCGGCCGCCGACGUUUCCGACGAACAUCAUCACGCCCGGAUCGGGUACGCCGUUCUUCCCAGUAAGUUUUUGCAAUACGUACCCGUAAGAUUAUAAUAGCAUACCAUGCGCACAUUAGUCGCACGUAAGAACAUACACGCGUCGUAACGUUGGCUACGUUCGUUUUGAAAGAAGUGAAAAAAAUGCGUACACUUUUGAUAAGGAAUGCACUAUCCACCACGAUUAUUUGUACGCACCAAUCACACGCACCACUGACAUGCAUAGGUGUCGAAUAUGCGCUCAUAUGUAAAAUCUGUUAUGCGGAAUUAUGUGUACAAUUUUCGUUAAAACGAACAAAGACUAUUAUUAUUAUUGUUUGUAAAGCAACAUAAUGAUACAAUUACUGAUAUUAUCGGUCGCUAGGAUAGCUGUUGGCGGAUCGUCUACUUCACUGUAGAUUUUGCGAGGCUCCGGGCUAAAGGAAGGAACCCACACAUACUUUUCGAAAUGUCGCAAUGUGGCAGCAUUGUCCGAGUUGUCCGUUUUCGCGUAUGACAAUCCGCGGUGUUUCUCGUUAGACCGGAGGCCCCCUCCCCCCGGAUGAUCGAUUAGAAAUCCUAUGUAUUUAUUUCGACGUUCUUCGAAAAUUGUAUACAUCCGAUUGCGAGUCCGAUUGUAUCUCGGGACAUCCUAUACGGACGAUCAACUAACAGGGCUGGGGCGCUGACCGAUGGACAUUGAUAAGGUUUACUAUCAAUAAUUAAUCCGGCGUCCGAUCGGAUUGAAAACUAGACGAGGAAAAUGUUUCAAGGAGAAACACACGCGAAAUGUCGUCGCGAUAAUACCUAAUCGACAAAAUUUGCACUCUUUUCGCGUUUAUUUCCGCGUCGGGCGGAGUGGUGAUCCCGGAAGAACCGCCUAACCGAAUCCAGCCUCGCUGUCACUUCUACGCGGUAUUCCAGUAUAAUAUCCACAGUACACGUCCUAACAUCAAAUGUUAGUGUAUUAUUAUAGGUUUAUAAUCAAUCGAACGAUACUAUAUAUGUACCCGGUGUCACAACGUUUUCCCGUUACCCUGCAGUGGCGAUACGAGCCUAAUACAUUCUGUGUACGCCCGCAGAGUAAAUUUAUUAUUAUUAUACGCAUGCAAUGUCGGUAUAACUUUCGGACAGUCGUGUAUGACACCGCACCGAACCUAACCUGGCCUAACUCGACCCAUACGAGCCGUGAAUUUGUAAUUUCUAACGAACGCAAGGCCAAUGAUUAAUACAAUAUGCAUUAUUUAAUAUUUUUUAAUUUUCGUGUUACGCAUUCGCCCAACACCCGAAAAUCGGGAAACAACCGCUUCUCGAUUACCGAGUUCGUUUCGAUAAUAAUAUACUGUGUCCAUCGGUGUCUACCGUCGUUUUCCAACGACGGGUACGAAAACAUGAUAAAUUCACGUGGACAUUUUUCCUCGAUCGGAUUUCACGCACGCCGAAAACGCAUUAUAAUAUAAUAUUACACUGCAUCGGAAAACUAUUAUACUUACAGAGCAUUUGUUGGUUUACUUAGUAAUCUAUAUACCGUUAUACAGCCUUAACCACAUAUAGCAGCGUAAUUACGGUUUUGGGGACUUAUGCGUGUCGUAUUCCCCCACAGCGAUUUUGCGUUUGUAAUUUUGUGUAAUAUUUAAACGAAUUACAAGUAGACGGGCAUUCACGUGAAAAAAAAAAUAUUGCGAACGUUUUUUACCAUAUAUUAUAUUCGAUUUUGUUACGCCACAUGAUCGACGUACCAAAGGAGCUGGUUUAUUGUUUCAAAAACGAUCGGGUAAAUAGUUGUAAUAUGAUCUUCUGAACAAUAUUAUAAGUGUUUUCUGCCAAAACGCUGCCAAGUAUCUACCCGGAGUGUCAUUUUAUGUAUAUUUAAUUAAUUCAUUUUUUCGACUACAGGAAAAUGCGAAAUCAAAAAAAUUAAAUUGUAAAUUUCGAAAAGGCGUCGUUUUUGAAAAUUACAAUUGUUUCUGGUAUUGCUUUAAUUUCUGUAGGACGAGAUGAGCUCUUUUCGAAAUUUAAUUUAGGAUAUCGGUUGUUUUUCAAUUGCGAUGAAAAAUCACCGGUUAUAAAAAUAUCGAUCUAUAGAUGUACGUGAAAAAUAAGCGGGGAAGUCAAUUUUGAAAAAAUCUUGAGAAAGCCCUUUUCAAAAUUUGCAAUUCAAUUAUAAAAAAUAAUAAUGAAAAAGGUUUGUACCUAUAUUGGAAUGCAGACUAUAGAGGGUAAAACUACUUUGUCGGGAUUAUUUAAAAUAAUGUUCACUCCGGGGUUCACUCCCUUUUCCUCCGAAUAAUAAUUAGGCCAAAGUAAAGACAUUGUGUCCACUAUCCUGUCAUGUCUUCUAUUCAAAUUUCACAAUAACUGUCCAUAUUAUAAUAUUUGGCAGCGCGGAUUUUCAUCGCAUUGUUUUUUUUUUUUUUUUUUAAGGUCAUGCGUGCGUCUCGUAUUGUUUCGCGAAUAUCAUACAAAUUUUUUACUAUGAAACUUUCUAGCGAUUUGUCAUCUCAAAUAUUGAUAGAAAAUAAACAAACUUGGCCGUUAUGUCUAAAAACAUUUAACUGACCGUUUAAUCUAUUGUUUGAAUUUAUGUUAGUUUAUUGUUAUAAACCUGACCUAUAGGUUUAUUCGACCUCUAGGACCAUCUCGUUUUUUAAUACCGAUCAUCCAUCGCUAAAAUCGUUUGAUUUGACCUACCUUCUAAAGUUUCCACAUUUUACCUCAUCUUACAACAUAGUUUGUAGAAUUUUUAUGAACCUAAAAAACUACUGUUAAUAGAAUCUUCAAUUAUCUAAAUUAUAACACAAUAAUAAAAUUAUUUUAAACAAAUUUUUUAAGCUACUAUUUCAAAAAAAAAAAAAAUUAUUUCCAAAAAAUUUCAUAAUGGACAAUAAAUAUUAUAUUUUUAGAAAAAUGUGUCUUGUUACAAUGUUUACUAAUACCGUGAAAUCCAAUAAAAUAUAAUGGAUAAAUAAUUUAAAUAAACCUUUGUUUUAAAAAAAAAAAAUCAGUAUUGUACUCUAUAAUAUUUCAUUAUUUAUUAGAAAUGUAUUCAAUAUAUUCCCGUAGUUAAAAUCGCAGAGUAUAUUAUAGAUACGUAUUAUAGUUUAAAUAAAACUAUUUAAAUGUGUUUUACUCCGAGAUACUAGCUCGAUUAGAAAUAAAAUAUAGGUACCUGGUACUUGGUACCUAUAUAUCUCGAUAUUGAUCAUUUUUUUUUCUGGUUUUCAAAAUUAUUAUGUGAUUAGUCAUACCGCAUACAGCAUAUGUAAUAUUAGUAGGUAUUCAAUUUAUUUUUAUUCUUCUAAUGUUAAAUUUAUUACUAUAAAAGCUCUCCUAGGAUAAUGGGGACAGGUGUAGCCACUGUUAUAGGUAAGAAGUUGGGAAGGUAGUAGAUGUGAAUUUAUUGUAUAUCUGAUUCUGAGCGGAAUUCGGUUGAUAGUGCUACUUUGUCAACAAUAUAUAUGUCAUAUUAUGAUAAAUUGAUUACAUAUCCAUUAUACAUUUUCUUUAAUAAUAUUUGUUUUAAUGGUAUUUUACCUGUUUUCUCGUUUUUCCUAUGUUUGUCCCAUUUGUUUGGAAAACUCCUAGGAAAAUCAAAAUAAUGACCUCCUAUAAUUACCUCCACAGUCAGAUUAGUAUAAAACAAAGUAUACCAUUUGUAAAUUUAAAUCUUAACCUCAUUUGAUUAGUAUAUAAUAUUAUAAUAUUGAAAUUACAAUAUUCUAAAUUUAAAACUGGAUUAUAAUAUUAUUUUUAUAUUUGAAAUCUUUGAAACCUUUAUACUCUUGUCUAUUUGAAAUGUAGUAUUUAAAAGUAGGUGGAUGCUAAUGUAAUAUUUAACUAACAUUAUUAAAACAUUAUAAAACUAAAAUUAGAAGACCUAAUUCGUAAGACCUAUACAUAAAACAAGAACCAGUGGUGUGGCGAAUUUCUUUCCUUAUAAGUAUAUACAUACAUACAUAUUUUUAUAUAGAUAACGCACAAUACUGAACAAAAAUAAUUUAUCGAACGUUGAGUAUUACAGUGUAUAAUAUUUUAUAACAAUAUACCUUUAUAAUAAUAAUAAGAAACUAAAAUGUUAUUAUUUUAAUUAAACUUUUAUGCAUUUAAUUAAUUAUAACACUAUAUUAACUAAGUAUAUUAUUAAAUAUAUUUUCAUAAUUGUAUGUUUUGGCACCAUGGAUAUGCCGUGGGCCACUGUUAUAAGUUGGACGGGUAAUGUGAUAAUAUAUAGGGUAAUUUAGUACGAUAAAUCAUUGUGAACAAUAAACUAUUCUGAGUGAAGUUUGUGGUUAUUAAACAGUGUUAUAUAAAUUAAAAUUGAAAAUAUUAUUAAUAUUCAGCUAUAAACUAAUUUACAAUAUUUAGUGUUUUUAAAAUGAAAAAUUUUAUCUCAUAGUAAAUAUUUUAAAAAAAAUUCAGAUUACAUUAUAAUUUAUAUUUAAGCAUGUAAAUGUUUUAGUAACAUAUUAUAUACUUUUUUCAUGUGUUAGUUUACAACUUUUCCACCAGCAAUCGUGUUCCAAUCAAAAAACAAUGAGAGCUUUUUUUGUAGGAUAUGAUAUAAUUAAUUUGUUUCGUUGUAAUUCAGUUAGAAAUAAUUAUUGAAAUUGUUAGUUGGUUUUGUUAUAUGAAUAAAAUUGUUUUAAUUUCUCAAACAAGUUUUAAAAUUUAAUGCCGGAUUAAUCAUAAUUUGUUUUUACGGUACGAUAAAAAUAGCCAAAAUUCAUUGUCAACAUUUUUUUUUUUUUAAAUAUAAGUGUUUAUAGAUUAAAUUUUUAUGGAAAUCCUAAAAAUCAUGACAUUUCAAAACAUGUUUGACUGAACUUCGCUUAGAAUUAUUUUUUGAUAGCUAUGAUUUAUCGUCGCAUAUAGGUUUAAAUUAAAUUAACCUAUAUAUUAUAUCCUACCUUACCAAAUCCUCACUCACCUUCAACAGUACACCCGUCACAUAUCACUAGUACCAACUCUUUUUUUUCUUUCUAUUACCAUUUAUUUUUGUUUUUAUAAAUAUCUACAUAAUAUACUCUAUAAGCAUCGUAAAUUUUAGAUAGUUAAAUAUUUUUCGUCAAUUUUUUAGUAUAUAUAUAUAUUGUGUAGACCUACUAAUAAUUUUUAAUAGGUAAUUGAAUGUUUGAAUCUUUUUCCUCUCUACUAGUAAUAGUAUGUUUUCAAGCGUUCUGCAGUAAUAUAACAAAAUUUGUGUAGGCUACAGAGUUGACUAACAGAUUGAUACAAAUAAAACGCAGAAUUUGUCUCUUUUUUACGCAUUCCAUUCACGUUUUAGAAUAUAAUUCCCAGAACGGUCAAAGAGUUUACAUUUAAAUUUAUUAAUCAACGAUGUCCGCAGGGAUUGAUGGUUUCGUGGGAUAUUAUUUAUACCCUAUCUCAAACUUUCUGGCUUGCAACACCAUCAUCUAUAGGUUUUUCGGUUCUUAUGGCCUUAUGGGAUGGAUAAAUAAUAAAUAUAUAGAUAGGUAUACCUAAUAUUUUACAUAUAUAUAUACAUAAAAAAACAAACUUAAUAUUGCGGGUAGCGUAAAUAAUUUAUUUAAAAUUGACUGUUUAUAGUCGAGUACUCGAGUAGAAUAAUUAUUCUAAAAUAGUUUGUAAAAAAUGUAUCGCUCCUGAAAUCCCCGAACCCAGUUAAUUUUAUUCUACAUUUUAUUUAUGGCAUGAAUACCUAUGAGGCAGGUAUGUUUGCGAACAUUUUUGUCGACUGUUAUUUAUAACUAAUUUUUGCAAGCAUUGUUUACGUUUUUUUACAUGCAUGUAAACAUGCAUUAUAGGUACAUUACAACUUAACAAUACGUAUAUAAUAAGUACAUUAUUAUAAGGUAAAACUAUAAAACAUCAAAAGCCAUAAAGGAUAUUAUAUGUUUUAAAUUACCUCUGAUGAUACUGCCAUUGUUGUAGGUGGAGAAUUGGAAAGGUUGAACAUAUUAUUAUGGAGUAAUUAUUUAAUUUAUAUCUGUAGGUACGUAACGAUAAAUCAUUACUUAGAAAAAUCGAUUCAAUGUGAAGUUUGGAUAUUCAUGUUCUUGAAAUGCCUUAUUUUUACGAUUUUCGUCAAAAUUUGAUCUUAAAACUCUAAUAAAAUUAAACCUACAUUAUACUCAUCUUUUUUAUACAUCACUAAGUUAAACUUAUAAGGAACAUCGUCUUAAAUUUUCAAGUAUUUUUGAACGGUGAAACAAUUUUAUCUAGGUACAAAAUCAAGUAAAAAAAAAAGCUGACAUUGGUGAUGGGUAGAUCAUUGCAGCUGUAAGUGAGAAUUUGAGAAGAUAGGAUACAUACAAUUAUUUGAUAUUUACAUCUAAUGAAUCAAAUCACUAACGAAAAUCAAUUCUAUAUGAAGUUCGGUUAAACAUAUUUUGAAAUGCGGUGAUUUUUACGAUUUUCAUCAAAAUUUGAACUUGACACAUUUUUAAAAAAAAAAACUACAUUACAUUCAAGUUUACAUCCAUACUGUGUAUACAGUGAAUGCAAUUUAAUAUAUGAAUACAAUUUAUUUUUACAAUUCAUGAACCUCGUUUUAAAUUUUUAAGCAUUUUUGUAGAGACAAAACAAUUGUAUCUAUAUAAAACCAAUUAGAAACUAAAAUAAUUUGACCAUUUAAAAUGCUUAGUUUUAAAUAAAUUAAAAAAUCGCCAAAAUUCCCAGAAUAUUACCACGUCUAGAAAAUAUUAAUUUCAGGUCUCUAAAAUUACUUUUAGCUUUAAAACAAAAUAACAAAAUUGAAAUUAUUAAAAACCGUUUUCACUUUUUCCUACAUUUUUUUUAUCACUAAUUAAGAAAAAUAUAAGGAAAAUCAAAAAAUGACAUUUGAAAAACCUUUUCUAUAGUUAAAAAUAGGAGUAAGAUUUCUCGUAAAAAAAGUUGUUAAUAGAUAGAAAGAAAACACAUUAUAAUAAAACUAAUAUAUUUCUCUUUAGGAUCAGAAUCUAUAGAAAUGUCCAGGAGUUAAUAAUUGCUUUUAUCAAAUUUACAAUAUCAGACUAUUGAAGGCAGUAAAAGAUUAAAUUUAAGUUGUUUGUUAAUUAUUUUAUUACAAAUAAUAUAUUUAUGCUGUCGUUUAUACUUAUAGCGUAAGCUAAACAACAAUUAUAAAUACUAUAGAUACAAAUAUCGUUAAAACGUUUUGUAAUUUUAACCGUCGUUUUUUUUUUUCAUUUUACAGUUUUACCAAUUCAUUUUGCGUUACACUAUAUCGAGCCAUUUGAAAUAGAAAUAUAUAUAUUUUUUUUAUUAACAUGCCAAAAUUGUUCUAUGGUAUUAUUUUCCCAAGAUAUCUUGUCAUUCUCAGGACGAAUAAAAUAAAAUCUAUAUGUUUGCAAGCAGCACAGAACUCAAAACCCAAAUAUAGCUACUUAGUACUUCCAUAUAAUAUUGAUUAUACGAUUCGAGUUUUCGUAAGAAUUUAGUUGAAUGGCUCUCGAUAAAUAUUUUGACUUUUAUAAAUAACUUUUCGAAACUAUAAUGGUUCACCCAAUAAAACGGAAAAACUAUUUGGGAAAAAAGCGAGUUACAAAGUUUGGGUUAUUGGGCGUUUGCUUCAAUUCGAUCAUCUCAGUGGGCGAGGUAUUAUUGUUUUUGCUAUACUAAAAUGAAUAAUCAAAGUUCACUAGUAUAAUACUAUAGUAAUUUAAAUCUAUUCAGUUGAAAUAAAAUACAUUUUUUAUUUCAAUCACAAUACAUAAUGAACAGUAAUUUUAAAAUUUGACUAAAUUAUAAAAACUAAAAAAAAAAAAUUACAAAUAAAUUUAGUCGUACCUGUAGUCGACACACAUAUACUUUAAAUGGCUUCAAAUUCCAAUAAUUCUAUAUCGAACGCAAACCAUAGUAUAUAUAAUAACUUUCCUUCCGGGACUUGUUUGUCGAAACCAUUAAAAUAUAUUUUUGUAAUCGUACACGAACGCCAUUCGAAUUUAUGUAGUAUAUGUAUAUAGAUAUUACUGUCGUACCGUCUCAAAAAUUGGGUCAAAGGCUAAACCGGUCACUUAAAUAGCAUUAUAUUUUGUGUACUCAUAUCACGAAUUAAAUUAAAAUGACCAGGAAUUUUAGGUUAGAUUAGGAUAAAUUGUUAUCACGUCAUAUACUCGAGUUAUAUAAAAUGCAUAUUUAAAAAAAUAAUAGUAGAACAAGUUUAUUUUUCUAUUUUAUGUAUAGUGCCAGAUGGUUAUUGUGUUGAAAAUUGCAGUAAUAAGACGUUGUAUUUGCUUUGAAAUAUUUUCUUAAAAAUCAAGAAAGUAGAGCUCUAUGGGCUUUAAAAUGUAGAAGAGCUAACUGGACUCUCACAGCAAACAGUCAUACAUGCUAUGUGAAAUAUUAUUAUACGUCCAAAUCUUUCAUUAAACCUACUUCACUAGUUUGUACAGUAGAAAAAGUAAUAUGUUAUUAAUCUUUUUUUUUUUUACAUAAAAUAAAACUGAAGUAUUUGUAUUUAAUAUUAAGCUUAUAAUAACAAAAAAAAAAAAAAAUUGAAAAAAUUUAAAUCGCUGUUUAUUAACACGAUAUUAAUUUGUAUAAUACUUAAUAUCAAAUUAAUGUUUAUAGAUAAUUCGGCUUCGAACUAGUAUUACUCGUGGUUCUUUAAUAAUAAUUGAAUUAUUAAAUAUAAUGCUGUGAAUUUGUAACAAACGCAUUUUCGUUUAGAUUAUUAGUGCAAAAUAAGUACGAAUUAUUCGAUAGCGAACUCAAGCCAUGGAUUAAGACUUUUAUUUUUAUUUUUUGUAAUUUGUAGAUCUUUCCCCCUUUUUUUUAAUAGUAUUAAUAACAAUUUUUAUUUUUUUUUUAUAUUAACAUUUAUAUGAAUACUUUAUGAUUUUAAUUUACAUGUGAGGAAUAAGGAAUUUAAAGUUUACUAUUAUAUGUGUGAUUUUAAAAUUUUCUAAUGUCUUCUGUUUGUUACCAACUUUUCUACCAGAAUCUGGUACCAAUCAAAAAAUGACAGAAGACAUUUUUAAAUCUAGUUGGUGCAUGAAGAAGGUCAUUUUUUAAUUUUCCAAGUGGUUUUUAUAAUAGUUGGAAAAACCAAAAAAUAAACCAAAAAAAAAAACGUAAAAGAAAAACGGAAACAUUUAUGGCGUUAACGAUUUCAUUAUUUUAAAUGUUUUCGAUUUUUGUUUUUUACCAUAAAUCUUGCUCCAAAUUUUGAGAGUAAUAUCUUUUCUCAAAGAAAUUUUUGUAAUUGAAAGUCAGUUUUUAAUUUUCCAAGUAGUUUUAUAACAGUUUGGAAACUUAGAAAAAACAAAAUGUGUAAAAACGAUGUGUAGUAGAUUUUUUUUUUUAAAUUUACAGUAGGUACUAAUUAUAGUUAUACUUUAUUAAAUCAUCUAUCAAUGACCUAUUUUUGAGGAAAAGGAAGGGAUCCUUUUUAUAUUCGUGUCUCCACAGUGCAGAUAAAAACACCCAUGCGCACAUUAUUUAAUUUUAUAUGGUUUUACGCCGUAUAAUAUGUAAAUUACGAUAAUAAUAUUAUGACUAAAUUGAUCAGGUUAUACUAUUCGUAUGCAUAUAAAAUACUAUUAUAAUGAUUUUACAGCUCCAUCGUUUGCCACCGUUCGACAGCAGCACUUAUAUUCAGCACUAUUUAACACUGCUACAGCAUCGCGCUGAACAUGCCUAUAUGUACUCGUAUUAUACAUGUUGCAAUCAUUAAUUGCAGCACUGUCGUAUCCAGACAUUUAUUUUUUAUCGGAUUUGGUGAUGUAGGAAGGGAUUUUAAAGAUAAAACUAGACGUAUAUUUUUCGAGAGCACACUAAAGUACUGAAAUUGGCAACGAUAUACUCUGUAGCUCUCUGGCUACGUCAUUGAUUAAUCGUAUUGCAAUGUUAAUGAAUGUAUAAAACUAUAUUAAUUUCAUUUAAAGGUUUAAACAUAAAAUUAGGCAGAUAAUAAUAUUAUAUUUUGGUUAUUUAAUGUUAUAAGGUAUAAUCAUAUAAUACUCGAAUGCAUAAAAACAAACCUACAUCCAAUUUUCUUUAUAGAAUACUUUCUCUUGAACCUUGAUAUAAUGGCUUUUAACAAAAUAAAAUGGUUGAAACAUUUAACUAUUUUUACUUCACGAUUGGCUGACUUGAAGAAGUAAGCAAGCCAAUCAGACUUGAUGCGGGAAAUUUAGGUGCUUAACAGUGCAAUAUUCUACAAACAGAGUUAAACUUUAAUUUGCAUUGUGUCCAUAUUACAAUAAAAUAUUUGAAGGUAUUAUACCUAUUUAUAUUUUCAAAGUUUUGGAUCUAGAAAAUUGUAAAUCCUAUAAAUUCUAACUAAAGAAAUAAAAUUGUUUAUGUGGUUUUUUUACUCGUAUUAUAUACAACUUUCACAAUCCAAUAAAUUAAAAUCAGCAAUAAAACAAGGAUUAUAGGUAAAUACUAAAGAAGUAUUAUUUAUUCGAAAAUUAAUUAAUUUAAGAGCAAUCAGAGUUUAAAUAUGUCUUUAAGUUUUAAAAAAAAUUCUUAUUAAUAACUGAAACAGUGCACCACUGGAAAUUCUUUGCAAGUCUAAAAUCUCUAACAUAAUAUUAUGAAGGCCUGCCAAUAGAAGGAGUAGACAUUGUAAAAGAAACAAAAUUCUGCUUAAGAACUAACAUUUGUUUGAUCAAAUUAAAAAAAUAAAUACAAAAUAUUUAAACUCCUCAUAUAAAAGGAUUUUAUUUAUUAAGUCGAUAAUAAUUUCGUUUUUUAUUAUUUUCGAUAAAAUGUUAAUUUUUUUUUUUUUUUUUUUUUUUUUUUUUUGCGAUUUUUAAUUCGAUUUCUUACUAUUAUAAUUAUGACUUACUAAACAAUUUGUGCGUACGGAUGUACUCAUAAUAUAGUAGAGUUGGUCAAGUACUCAAUUUUUUCGAUACAUUUUUCUUUGGUGCUCGUAACUCAAGUACUCGAUUUAACUCGCAUAUUCGACUUUCUUGUGUAAUCGAUUGUUUGAAAAUAAAAAUAAAUGUACACACAUAUCUGAAUCGGCUGCCGUCGUCGUCGAGCGGUACCGCUAAGGUCGCAUCUUACCUAUCGAAAAGUUGAUGGAAGAUGCAUGUUCUUUUGUGGGACUGAUUCUAUACCCUGUCCUUAUGUUUAAGACUUUUUAUGACUCCUUGAUAAUGAUACAUUUUAAUAGAACUUUACUCAAGUAUUUUGAUUUCAAAAACCAAAACUCACCCAACUAUAAAUGUAGCAAAUUAGGCUAUAUUUAAUUGUCGCUCAAAUGUGUUAUGACUUUUAUGAAUAAAAUUAUAUUUGUAUUUUUGUGAAAGGAAGGACGAGAGGGAUAAAUUCUCCUUCAAUGUUUUUUUUUGGUUUAUGCAAUUUUGAUAGUCUAUUCUGAAAGCCACAUAGAGUACCAUCUAGUAGAGUUUGCCAUUUGUUUUUGGAACACCUUCUAUAAAAAAAAAGUAUUCAUAAUUUAAAAUUUGUAAUGUUUCUUUUCUACACGACCAUGGUGGUUAUUGCCUGCUCUUUGAAAAAGAAUUUAUUAUGAUGUUAGUAAUGAUAUUUAUGAAAUACUAAUUUGGCGGCCUUACCACUACGUUGUUUUUGAUAAGUUAACAUAGCACAUGCAUAAAUGCAUUAUUAUUAUAAACCUUUAUUAACAAUUAAUCUUAAUUGUUAUUUGAAAAAAAUAUACCUAAUAUUCUUUGAUAUUAUUUGUUGUUUUGUUGACUAUUUUAAGAUGGAGAAUAAAAGACAAUAAAUAACAGAUUCUUAAUUCACAUAAAAAAAAAAAAAAACAAGCAGAUUAAAUGGCAAGAUAAAUGUGAUUGAAUAUAGAAGCAGCAUAUUAAAUAACCUAUUCAUUUAUAUUGUACGUAACGUCUACAAGUCUACAACUGUAUACAUUUUUAAGAAUGAUAACUUAAACACUGUAAACACAGUAAAGCACUUCAUCGCUUUAAUGAAAUUGGUUGCUUUGUUGAUAAAAAUAAUUUGUUUGAUGCUAAUGAACAUCUAUAGUAAGCUUGUAUUUUUAUACAAAAUAUAAUAAUUAUUUAUUUUCCUACAAUUUUUAUUUGAAUUUUAAAUAACUUAGUUUGGUUUGCUGGUACUUACAAAUUUGUGGAUGCCAACUUUAAAUUAUAUUUUUCCACAGAAUAAAAAAAAAAGACUUGCGUGGACUGUGGUUUCAAUACAAAUUGCUUUUGGAAUUCAAUGAGUUAGUUUACUCAGAAGAGAAAUCAGGAGCUUUUUAUAAAUAUUAUACUAUUUCUUGUUUAAUUUGGUGGAAAACAUGAUAAGCCUUUGAUGCAUUUAUUUAUUUAUUUAAAAGUAAUAACUAUUGAGUAAGCAAAUUUAUUUACUUAAAAAUACAUAUCCUUUUUCCCACUAGAUUAAAUUCCUAAUCACGCCACUGGUCUGAUAGCAAUUUAAAAUUAGUCAUAACUGAGAAGACCAAUUCUGUGACAAAAAAUAGGGUGAAAAUAUAAUACCAUAAAUAAAAAUAUUGAUAGGACAUAUUGUCAUUGUUUUCAAUAUUAUCACAAAUCCGUUCUAACUACAAGAACUAGUGAUUUAUCACAUUGUAGAUCACUAGUUCUUGUAUUCAUUAUUUACUGUCUGAAAAAUCAUUUAAUUUAAAAAACAAUAUUGAAGCUUUAUAACUAUGAAUAGUUCAAAAUGAUUAUUAUCAAUAAAUAAAUUAUUGAGACAAUAUUUUUUGAUAAAUAAGGUAGCACUGUACUGCUCAUGAAACACUUUAUUAUCUAUAUUUAAUAUAAAAGACUCGUUUUACUGAUUAACUGAUUUAUCAACAUAUAGUAAAAACAACUGUCGUUAAAAACUUGAAAUUUUGAAUAUAGAUUCGUUGUAUGUUGUAUGACGUUCGAAUCCACUGAAAAUGGUUUUUUGGAAAUUCUAUUCCUUAGGGGGCAAAAUAGGGGUUGCAAGUUUCUAUACAAUAUCAAUGCAUAAACCAAAUCGAUGGGUCUAGAAACUUGAAAUUUCGUAUAAAGUUCCCUUAUACAAUGUAGACCAUCGCUAAGAACGGAUUUUUAAAAAUUCUACCCCUAAGGAAUUAAAAGGUGUCAAAGUUUGUAUAUACUAUCAACGCAUAGCUCCAACCACUAGGUCUAGAAACUUGAAACAUAUUCUUUAUAUAACGUAAAAUAUCGUUAAGGAAGAAUUUUUGAAAAAUAAAAAUUGAUCUCUCUGUAUAAUAUAGUCUAUACAAUUUCAAUUAAUUCAAAAAUAGUUCCUGAAUUUGUUUUGAUUUAAACACCUAUAGAAAAAACUAAACAGUGAAUUUCAACGAUUUUGUAUUAUUGCUAUAUAUUUCCGUAGGUAUUUAUAUAUUUUUAGAUUUUAUUAUUGUUAUUUUUUUAAAGCUGAUUUUUUCAUGUAGAUUGUAAACCGUUCAACUGUCAUUUAUUAUACAUUAUUAAUUUGUGUGUAGUGUAUAAAACGUUUUUAAUUUUAAUUUUAGUUACACAACUAAAUAUAAAACCUAUAAUUUGAAAUAAAUAAUUAUUGACAAUGUAUUUGUAGUGUUCAGAAUGGUUUUUUUUUAACUACGCAUAAUUAUUUAUUAUUGUUUUGAAAUUUGCAUUAAUAAUAUUAUAAUGAUGGUUUACUCCCCUGUCGCCGAGUACACUUUUCCCAAAAAAGUGACAUUCCAAUGACUGCGUGGUGUUUUUAUUAUUUUAUUAUUACAUUAUUGUUUAAUUUUCCAGUUGAUUGCUAUUUGUUAGUAAAUAUUAUUGUGAAUAAAGUUUCACUUACCUACUGGUUUUGAAAUUGUACAUUGAUAAUUGAAUUUAAACACCAGUCAUCAUUUGCCCCAUUGUUUUAACUGUACGCGUUUUUUUUUGUAUCUUUUUAUUUCUAGAUGUUUUAUAACUUUAGGUAUUUAUAUUUAUUUAUUUCAGUAGAGGUAAAAUUAAACUCAAAAUCGUAUAUCAACUCAAAAUUGAUUAGAACCGGAUAUUUUUGUAUUCGUUAAUUUUAGAUUCUGAAUAGAACGAGGAAUGUAUUGGUUUUACUAUGUUUAUUUUUAAAUUUUUUCUGUUAAAAAAUUUGUUGGUAGAAUAUUUACUUCCAGUAAUUUUUUGAUUUUUCAAGUGGUUUUCAUAAUAAUUGGGAAAAACCGGGAAAAGUGGUAGGAAAAAUGGGAAAAUUUACGAAGUAUAUUAUUUUUUAUUUUAUUUUUUAUUAUAAUUCAGUUUAAAAUAUCCGUAGAUAUUUGAAAUUCGGACAGAAAACUUAUAUUUGUGUCUUUUUUAGACGUGGUAAUAUUUUAAAAAAUUUUAGCUAUUUUCAGUCAUUUAUUAUUUUUAUUCAGUAGGUACUAUAAAAUUAUUAAACCAAAUAAAAAUGCUUGAAAUAUGAUAUGAUUUAUCAUUGUGUACAGAUAUAAAUUUAAACUAUAUAUCGUAUAAAUACGAAAAUACUUGUAAAUUCGUAUUAGUCUUUGUAAUGAAACAUCUAUCCCUUGUUAGUUUUGUUGCUGUAUUAUAUAACUAUAUAUAGGUAUUAUAUUUUACAGCUAAGUUGGAUUCAGUUAAAAAAUAUAUUUCCUUCGUAAAGCUUUUUCUGACCAAUAAAUCUAAAAAUUAUGACGAUUGAGUAGGCAAACUAAAACAAGUUGAGAUAAAUUAUAUUUACUUUAGAUUCAGCAGAGUGCAGGAUAGAACAGUCUAGGAGCUUUCAUUUUUACAAGGUGUGUUUUGUGCUGUUUUUUUUAAAUAAUUUUGAAAGCAGUAAAUAUGAUUAUACAAUUUUUAUGUUGUAACUUUUAUAGAUAAGUAAUAGAUAAAACACAGCGGAUGGUAUUUUAGGUACCUACUCAAUAUUUAAAGGUUAAGAGUAAUAUGAAAAACGCAUACACUAUUUUAAACAAAAUCAAUGUUGAUUAUUUAAUUUUAAUUCGAAUAAAAUAUUGUUUAUCUAAGACUCGAGAGUGUUGGCAUUUUUACCAGUUAUUUAUUUUAGAUAGAUAGAUAAUAUUUAUUAUACAUCUAACUUUUAACAUUUAUAAAUUAUGCUUAAUGCUUAUAAUAUACGAGUUUACCUGUAUCGAGUUUUUAUUUUACGUAACCCUGAGAUAUAGCCCUGUGUUAGAUAUUUAAUAAAUUUAAAAAAUGUUUACAAUAAGCACAGAAUAUUAUAUGAUGUAGAAAUCAUAUGAACACUAUAAACUAAUGGCAUAAAAUAUUUAAUUUUUAAUGAUCACUAAAUCGUUGCUUUAAAAUUAUAGUUUGAACUAACUAUUUGUAAAUCCCAUAACCAUCAUUCGUGACGAGAAAAUUUGCAAGAAAAGUAAAACAGUGCAAAGUUUUUAUGUUGAACAUAAAUAACAAACAAACAAAGAAACUGUGCAUGUCAAAAAAAAUUAAUUAUCUUGUAAAUAUAUAUAUAUAAUAUUAUAAGACAUAUUUUAAAAUGAAAUAAAUGAAAAAAAAAAUUGAUAAAUUAAAUAAUUUAAUAGUAGGUAAUUGCGUUGUUAAAAAAUUCUCGUUAUUUUCAUUCAAUAAUUAUUAUUAUAAGUUAAAUUUAGAUCUAGAAGAUUUUAUACAAUGGAGAAAUAAUACAUUAUGUAAAAUUUGCUAAACAUUAAUCUUGUUCAUAUAAGCAAAAAAAAAAAAAAAAAAUAGUAAAAUCCCCUUUUUCUACUGUCUGAAAUUAUUCAAGUAGUAUUUAAGCCAUAUUAUCUCUAUCUCUACUGUCGAUAUAAUGUUUUCAUAUUCUUAUUUAAAAGAAAAGUUAUAGUUUGUGUUUUUUUUUCUUUUAUAUCAUAAUAUAUUAAUAUAUAAAAGGAAUCGACUGUGAAUAAUAUUCAACGACGUCGUUGUCGUCAUCAUAUUAAUAUGUUCAAUAUCGCAUUGUACUUAUUAUUAGUAGGAAUUUAUACAAAUGGAAAUGCUUCAAUUAUUUAUUUAUAAAUGUAUUUAUAGAUUUUACUUUUAUAACUGUAAGUACUCCUAUUAAAUAUGUAAACAUUUUUUAUUUUUUAUCUAUUUAUAUAAUAUGCAUGUAUUUACUUAAUAAUAUUGUAAUACACUAAUAGUUGCAAGAAGUAUUUUAAAUAUCUGAUAUAUUAUUAUGCGACGGAUCAUUAUAUGUAGGCCCGUGUGAAUAAUUCACAUUUUAAAAACAUACUAAGCCAAAAAUGUAUAAAAACUUACAGAGUUACAUUUUCCUAGCAUUUUUACUACCGUGUUAACAGUUUCUUUAUUUUACAUUAUUUUUUAUUUAUUUCUUCUAUCAGAAAUUAAGAUCAAAUUUCGACGAUUAUUUUGAAAAUUACCCCAUUUCAAAAAUGUAGAACCAAAUUUUUAUCAGAAUUGUUUUUCAUUAGCAAUGGUUUUAUCUUUGCUUAUAGAUAUACAUUAAAUAACGAUUUGUAUCCUACGUUCUCAACUUCCCACCUAUAAUAGUUGCAUACCCAUUUUCAGUACCAUUUCAUUUAAAUUGUAUUUUUAUUAUAUGAUAAGUUAUUGUUAUUGCAUUUAACUUAAUAAAUCAAUUAGCUUAUUGCAUAGAAAUUUACUAUAUUAUAAAUUUUAAUAUAAUGUAUUGACUAUUAUUUUGGUGAUUUUGUUAUUUUAUAAUUGUGUACCUAAGUUAGGCUCGUAAAUAAACAAAUGACAGUUAAAUUUCUUUUUAAAUAAAAGGUAAAAUUUGUAAAAAUAAUUCUGAUUAAAGCCUAGCGGGGGGGGUGAUUAAUUUAAUAAAUGUAGAGUGAUAAACCACUGUUUAAACAACCAACUCUUUUUCGAGUUGAGCUUUUUCAUUUACAUUUUAUUUUAUUUGGUAUUGAUUAGCUUAAACGUAAAUUAAUAUUAUUCAACAAUUUAAAAUUCGUGUAAAUAAUAAACUGUUGGUUCAAUAUUUAAUAUAAAAAUAUUCUGCUCAGAAAAGUUUAUCAUUCCAUAUACACUAUACAUACAUAUACAUUCAAUUACAUUAAAUAUCAUCCCUUCCAUUUUACUUCCUAAAACAGUGGUACCUACACACAUCAGCAGUAUCAGAUUUUUUUCUUAAUAUUUAUGAUUUAUGUCGUAUGACGAUUGAAGAAAACAAAGAGCCGAUAGGAUACUGCUGAUAGGAGUUUCACUGAAGAAUUGGGAAUGUAGGGUACAUAUAAUUAUUUAAUUUAUAUCUGUAUUAAACAAAAACAAUUUUUGCUCAUAAAAUACAAUUCAGAGUGAAGUUCGACUGUACAUAAUGAUCUCCUUGAUACACCAACUAGAUCCAAAAUGCUACAAAAAAGCUUACUUGUCGUUUUUGGAUUAAAGCCAUAUAUCUAGUAAAAAAGUUGUACACAGGCACAAACAAAUAAAGAACACAAUAUCACAGUAAACCUAAUAUAUAUAUAUAUAUAUUUAUAUAUAUAUAUAUUUCUCUCUACGCUCAGAAUCUAAAAAAGGAGAAGAACCCUUUGAGAGAAUUCCAGUGGAUGAUUAAUAACCUGUGCUUUACUUGAAAUUUGAUUUUCAUAAAUUCUUUCAAUUUUAAACUUGACUAGUUUGAUGCAAAAUUUCUCGUAGAAAAACAAAAUAGGAAAAAUUAAAAAUAAUGGAAUCAUUACUGUCGCAAAUAUAUUUGCUUGUUUUUUCCCGGUUUUUCCCAAUUAAUAUGAAAACCCCUAAAAAAAAUCAAAAAUGAAUUCUUCAAUGCACCAACAAGAUCCAAAUUAUAACAAGAAAUAUAUCAUAUCAUUUUUUUGAUCGGAGAAGAUUUUUGGUAAAACAUAUUUAUAUAUAGAAAAAAAUAUAUGCACACACCAUAGUAAAACCAAUACAUUCCUCGUUUCGUUCAGAAUUUAAAAAUAAUUAUUUUCUUCACGGUCAAUAUUAUAGAUAGCUUGACGAUUAUAUUACUAUAUAACGGCUACAAAACCUUUUAACAGGCUGACGAGUGUGACGGCGGUGUUAGGCGGUUAAGCAACAAAACAAUAAAUUACAUUAUUUCGGCUCGCUGACCACUACUGAUUUUUAAUUAAAAACUUAACGCGUAUCAUUUUUGGUUGAUACAUCCACCAAAGCAACGAUACUAAUAUUUCGAGAGUGCAAAUAUAAUAUAAAUUUGGGCGUUCGUAUCGAAUCUCUGCAAGUACACAAAUAAACAAUAUCAACAAAUAUUCCUUUUAUUUUUUUUGUUUUGCAUGGUAAAAUAUAUAUCUUUAUUAUGUAAUAGUUACGAUUGCAGAAGGUUUAGGAAUUCAAACCUCCUCUGAAAUAUAAAUUAGCUUUUAAUUCCUUCUUUGGUAUUAAUCCUUUGAUGCUAAAAAACACCAGCGUUAAGCAUGGACCUAAUAAGUGUCGUUUUUGCUGAUUGUAGAUUGUACUGUUGGCAGUGUUUGAUUCAUAAUCCUCCUCAAUUGUAUGCUUGGUUUGCAAUAGAUGCAGUAUGAAGAAACAGUGUUAUCAAUGGCACCACGUGGAGGUUCUUACCAUGCUUCCCUUUAUACCGAUGUACUACUCUAUACUAACCUAACCUAACCUACUCUGUAGUAUAGCCCCACCAUACCUAAGAAUAAAUAAAAUAAAUGUAAUCACAUUCUGAAAAAUAUCCAUAACUAUAAAUCUAAAUAUUUCACUGAAUAGAUAUAAUAUUAUCGCUUUCUAACUAUGAUAGUACUUUCAAAAUAUUUUGGGCUUAUUUUAGAUAUUUUUUAUAGCUUUUAAUGGUUUCAGGUUUUUAACUUCAGUUGUACAAAUGUGAUAGAAUGUGUAAACAUAUAACAAAAGGUUCAUCAAAAGUUGUACUAUCUGUAAAAAAAAUGGUAAACGUAAUGUCAUAAUUCAUUUUUAUAAACGGUUUAAGUUAAAGUGUAUGUAUGUUACAAAGUAAUACGUUUUUUAAUUUAAAAUAUUUUUUAACCGAAUUCCACUUAAAAUCGUUUACAGUGAUAAAUACGUAUGUAAGGAUAAGUCAUUAUUUAUCUUUACAUAUUAUAUUAAACUAAAUAAUAAUAAUUUUAUAAUUUUAAUGCCAGGUUACACAAAACUUUAUUGAGUCAAUAAGUCAAUAAAUAAUUAUUAGUAAAUUAUAUUAAUAUAUUAUAUGAUAAAUUGCUAUCGGUUCAAUAAAUUAAGUUAUUGAAUCAAUAAAAAUUAAAAGAUGUUCCGCAAAGAUUCAAUGCCUUAUUGAGUCUAUAUUAUAUCGGUCACACGUGUCUAUUGGUUCAAUAGUUAAUAGGCUCAAAUUUGGCCCAAUAAGUUAUAUUGAUUUGAUAAUAUGAAAUUUAUCAAAGUAAAAAUUUAUUUUUAUUUUUAUAUGACCAAAUACAUAAUUGUUUCCCUAUAAUUUAAUUAUAAAAGAAGGAAUAAAGUUUUCUUCAUCUGAAGAUGAGUUCAUUUUUGAUGUAUUAGAAAUUCUACUAAAACAGCGUAUACAUCCAAUAAGAUACUUGUAUAAUCCUUUGAUGUAAAAUAAAUAGACGAUGAUUUUGAUUUCGUACGCCAGUUCAUGUAAAUAAUUUUGUUUUUCAGAUAAUUAAUAGCUGAUAGUGUGGUUGCAAUUAUAUCAAGAAAUUAUGAUUUUUCAUUUUCAUUGAAAUGCUUUUCUUCUUUCCGUUUAGUAGAUUUGUUAAUUUUUAAACCAACUUUAAUAAUAAUCUAUACACCAUGCUUCUAACGCAUAAUCGAAUAGAUUUGAGUAUUGACGAUUCAUUACUGUAAGUAUACAAUCCCUGUAGUUUGCGAACAAAACAAUAUUAUCAUUAGACAUCGUGGUACGAUUGCAAGGAGGGCACGAAAAUCUACAUACACAACAUAAGGCGUAUUAUUCCCGUGUUUUGAAGGAAACUCAAGGUUUCUCGGUGUAUGUACAAAUACCUAUACUAUAAUAAUAUAAUAUUGGAUGUUUUAUUAUUCUCUCCUGAUCGUGACGCUUACAAUACGCAUAUUAUUACUAAAGAUAAUCGCACAAACCGAUUCCCGCCUAUAUAACGAUGCCCUCUCUGCGGAUGAACGCGGCUUUGUUGUUUUCGAGUGGUAAGCCGUUUUAAAGGCACCUACAAAAGUGUAUAGGUCUGCUGGAGUUAUGCGUCUUAUUUUAAUGUAAGAAAAACGUAUAUUUUAAUACGCGUACGUAUAAUAUAUAAACUGUUUAUUAUGAUAUUAUGUGUACAAUAUCGUGGACGGGGAUGGUAUAGAGAGGCGUUCGCUAAUUACACGUAUACCAUAUUCUUGGCGCAAAAUCGAUAAAGAGUGGGGCCUACGUAUAAUAUGUUAAUAUAAUACUUGAGCUCGUAAAGUUCUAACAUUAUAUUAUAUUAUAUGGGUAUAAUAUCGUUGAUUGAGCGCGAAAAACCAUUUUUCUGCGGUUUUGUACAUCGGAAAAAAAACUCGCAUGGGCGCAAACACUCGUUUUAUAAUUUUUUUUAAAAGAAAAUGAGAAGAAAAAAAUUCGAACGUACUUCACAUCACGGGUGUGUUACUGUGAUAGAUGGAAAGUUUGAAAGAUAUUGGAUAUAGGUUAGUUAAAUUUAUAAAAUAGGCGCUAAAAGCAUCGAUAUAUCAUUGCAAUCAAAAAAUUAUUUAGAGCCGUGUAGUAUUAGUAGUAUAAUAAUCAUUUUUUUCCUUUGUAGCUCUAGGUAACCCAGAAAUCAAAAAAAAAAAAAAAUACCCAACCGAUCACAAUUGUUAGUUUUUUACACUUAAUAGAAAAAUUAUUUGGAAUCUAAAGGUUUUUUUUCAAUUAAAGUACCAUUAAGCAUCUUUUAAGUUUCGAUAAAAAAAAUUUGGACCAUUUUUACUGACCAAAAUAAGAACCUAGGGCUAAGCUAUUGAAAAUCGUAUGAAUAAUUUUAAGUAAAGUACCACAGGGCGGAAAUCUCACAUCGUUUAAAAUACUUCAUGAAAAAUCAGAACAUUUUACCUACCAAAGAAGUGUUUUAUUAAAGAAAAAAAAGCUUAUUUUUUGGAACAUUUUUCAGUUAAAACCAUCCGGCAAAAAUCUGCAUCUUUUAAGGUGUGGAAUGAAAAUAUCGCUACAUGUUCGCGAGAAAAAAAAUCAUCUUAGUAAAACUAAUAUAUGUACAACUAUUCCGUGUAAUACUUAGAAUCAAAAAUAGUUUUAAUGGCGAUUAUUUUCAGUUGUAGUUUACACAUCGCCGUAAUCUACACUUAUCCAGCCCUAGAUUUACGUUAAUCGCCAUUAAAAUUAAAUAAAAAUAACCUAGUCCGUAAGUUUAGAUAAACGAAAUAAUAUUUUCUCUUGGCUAAUUUUUACACUUGUCGAAAAACGUACGUGAAGAAUGUUACAGAAUUUUAAAACUCCGUAACAAUAUUAUUAUCGUGUACCCACGCACAUUCAAAAAGGUCUUUAAUAAGCUGGGAAAUCUGUGUACCUAUUUUAAAAAAAAUAUAUAUAUUUUUUUUUAUUUCGUGGGUGGAAAAAAACUAUGCGGUCAUCAAAAUAUAAAUUCUCUGUUUGUUAGGGAACUUUGUAUGUUUAUUAUAGGUGGAUACCCAAAAUCUGCGUGGGAGUUAGAUUUUUUUUGCACAUAUGUCGUAAAAAAAGGUAAAUGCUCGUGAACAAGUUAUAGCGUUCGUGCCUGUGCGCUAAAAACUGCUUUGCAGGCGAGGGACCGCGGCUCCCUCUGCCUCAUACACAUAACGACAGUGAUCGAACAAGCGCUGGAUAUGUACAGGGUGAUUCAUUUAGCAUAAACUAUUGCGAUAAUCUAUUUACAUUUUGAGUAAAUUUAAUAUAAUCUUUUUUUUAGAUACUAUCUAUACAAUAUAUAUAUAUAUAUAUAUGAUCGUUCAAAAAAAACCAAAAUCGAAUUUACUUUAUUUACCUAACAUUGCUGAGUUAUGAUUAGGUACUCUGUAUACACAAGUAUAACUACGCAUGUCGUCACUGCAUAUAAGAUUAUUGUUUACUUUAUUUGAUUUUUUCCAAAAUCAUUAUAAAACUACAGGAAUAAAUAUCCGUAUUAGAUCUACCGUAGAUCGUAUUAGGGUACCGACAAAAAUGUAUACACAAAAACUUCUCACCCUCUCUUUGUUGUAUUUUGAAAAUUAAAUAAGUUCUGUAAAGCGCAAAUAUAUCAUAAAAAUUUGUUUUCUAUUUCCAUUAACCAAUCGAUUUAUCGGAAUUUUAUUUUAUUUUUCGUUAACUCGUCAAUUAUUUUUAUAUAAUAUUAAUUGUAAUAUAAUGAUUACUAUUGAUCGUAUAUGGUAAUGGUUUACUCGUAUGAAUAAAAUAUUUUAAUUAAUAUUUCAUUAUAGUAUUUUAUUCGUAUAUUCGUUUUUAAAAUAACGGCUGAAAUCGAAAAAUCGAUAUCAUGUUAUACUGUGAAUUAUAUUUGUUUGAAAACUGAUGAGAAUUGUUAUAUGCCUAAUAGCAUAAUGCACACGAAAUAAAAGCAUACCGAUGUGGUUUUGCUUAACAAAUCGUGGUUUUUUUCGAUUAAAAUGUCUGACAUGAGCAAAUAAAUGAAGUAAUUGCAUAAAUUAAAUAUAAUAGUAUUGAAAUAUUACAGUUUUUAGAAAUAGACAUACAGAUUAAGCUUUCCAGCUUUUAUUAUUUAUUCUUAUAGUUUUCAAACAACUGGCCUAUACCCCACGCGAUACAUUAGAGUAUUAUUCCAAUUAUAAAAAAAAAAUUAUAAAAAAGACGUCUUAGGAUAAUGGAAAUAGGUGCAGCCAAUGUUAUAAAUAAUUUAAUGUAUAUCUGUACUCAACAAUAAACCAUUGUUUACGAAAAAACGAUUCUGAGCGCACUUCAGUUGAUAAUGAUGCUAUGUAUGUCAUUUUAUAGUAAAAUAAUUAAAUAGGCAUUAUAUAUUUUCUUUAAUAAUAUUUGUUUAAAUUUGUGCCGAUUUUCCACCGUUUUUCCAGUUUUUCACAUUUGCUGUGAAAAAAUAAUAGCAUUUUAAAAUAAAUAAUCGAAUUUCACUCAGAAUCGUAUUUCGUUAGCAAUGGUUUAUUGUUGUGCACAGGUAUAUAUUUAAUUAUCUAUAACAUUGGCUGCACCCAUUCCCAUUAUCAUAGGACGUCUGUUUUAUUAUUUUUUUUAUAAUGUGAAUAAUACUCUAAUAAACCGUGGGAUAUAUACUCUAAUAUAUUCCUUUUUUUAUACACAUAUAUAUAUAUAUAUAUGUAUAUCUGUUUACAAAUUUCGAUUUUGUUUUGAUGAUUUUUGAUACUUUUGCGUGUAAUCCACUUGUUUGAUAAAGUUCACAUUCAUCUCUAGCAGUAAGCCCUUUUAUCUCGUCCAAGUUAGUCGUUUCUUUUUUUUCUAUUCGGUAUCGGUUUGUUUAUUUGUUUAGGUUCUUCAUCGAUAUACGUCGUCUCUUCACCGGUAAAUAUCGAUUUUCAUCGUCCGUUCAUAAUACAGUGGAAGUUUAGAAGUUCUCAGACUUAUCUGCGAAGUAUACUAUCAAUAGUCUUUUUAUAUAGAAGUAUUACAAGACGAAAACAAAGACCGCGGUUUGAGGUGAAUUUGUAGUAAACUAAAUUGUUUUUUAGAUUUUUGCUUGAAUCAUGAUGACUUUAUUCUAAGUACUAAAUUCGAAUGUUAUAUAGUAUUCGAUUUUUUUUAUUGCACUGUAUAAUUGUAAGUAUAGUUACGGUUUAUUGUCGAGCAAAAUGAUUCGAUAGAGUUGAGUUGACGACCUCUUUACGAGGGUGGCAAAGGGUAAUGGGAGGCACGACUCUGUAGACCAAUUGAACGGAACGGCUGACAUCAUUGUCGCCGUAGUAACAAUACACGCACGGAGAGGAGAGGUCGAAAAAGAAUUUCGGAGAAAUAGGGCAAUUAAGAGCACAAUAUAUUAUGUAGAAAAAAGUUUGGAAUGUUCGGAUGAAAUAUUUUUCGGAAAAAAAACUCAGACUGCAUUAGACAAAUUUUUUUAAAACAAUGAUAUACAAAUAAUAAUAAUAAUGAAAAAUAAUGGUAAAUAAUGCGAUAUUUUAAUCAGACAGUUUUUGCUGAGGAGGUUUUUAGAUAAACAGAUGAUUACACACGGACGUACAUAUUAUUUGAAAGAUAUUAAUUUUUUUCCGAAAUAUUUACAUCAUUCAAUUUCAUACUAUCCUAUUGUGACUAUAAAUUCUAUGUCACAGUAUAACACAUUGAAAUUUAUAACUGCUAAUUUAUGUAGAACGUGUAAUAAACAUUAUAAAAUGACCAACAAUGAUCAUAUACGCAUGUUAAAAACGUGAUUAUUUCUUUUUUAGAAUUCCGUUAAGUUCUGUUGAACAUGCUUUAAUAAACCUAAAUAGACAAUUUUAUUAAUGUUUAGCUAUACAAUAUAAAUUACAACUGUAUGUGUUUUUUUAACUCAAACUUUUUUAUGGAGUCCAAAAAGUUUUAUCCGCAUAAAUCAUAAAAUAUUAUAUGAAAUAUCGAGUAAAUAAAAUCGUCUUAGUUUUGGUCUUAAAAAUAAUACAAAUGACAAUGAUAAAAUUGAUCAAAAUUCAAUGUAAUCUUAAUUAUUUAAUUAAAAUUAAAAUAAAAAAAACCAAAUCAUAAUAAAAAAAAAUAUAUAUUAUUCUACUCUACUACCAUAUACAAUAUUAAUUUAUUUUAUGGAUAUGCAUUUUAAAAAGUUUUCAAUUUUUACAUUUUUUUCUUCUGGUAAUUCGAUAUUUUCCCUUUAACCUAUUUUGCACUGAUCAAUCCUCAACUCAAACAAAAAUAUUUUUUCAAUUAAUAGUCAAAUAUUUGGGUGGGAAUGUGAAAUAAUUUGGAAAACCUAAGAUUUCAUCCCUCAGUUUGGUUUUUAGUUUUUGAUUUUUAUCUGGCUAUACCUACAGUGUACAAGCCAGACAUUUUUACCUCGGGGCAUUUUUACCUCAGGACAUAUUUAUCUACAACCCUUUAAACACACCAACUACACUGCAUACAAUUUUCUAUCAGAAAUUAUUCUUCAAGGUGAUGGUUAAAACAAGAUAUCUGUUGUUCGCAGAUAUAACAGAUAAAAAGAAACACACAUUAUUGUAAAACUAAUACAUUAUUCUAUACCAAUGAUUUUCAACCUUUUUGACACUAUAAGGACUAUUUAAAGAACUUUUAAUAGAUCUCAAAUCAUUUAAAAAUGUUUUCGUUUUGUAUUGUUUCGUUUUUCAAUAACUGUAUAAGAUAUUUUUGGAUGGAUAUCAUCAGUUAACUCGUCGAUUUUAACAAUAAAAAGAUUUCGAAUUAUACUUCGGAUCGGUUCUUUAUCGUUAUAUUCUGGGAAACUCGUCUUUGAGUUUUUACAGAUGGUGUUAAACGCUGUGCUGGACCACAGUUGUGAGGUCAAAUGGUUCAGACAACUACUAUCACUUUAUAAAAAUUAUUUGUUCAAUUUUGUAGAUAUGGUUUGUGGUUAAAAACCUUUAUGCUCUAUACGUUCAGAAUCUAUUAGUUAUAUGUAAUUUACGGAAAUAUGUAUGGAAAAACGUACACGAAAACGUAUAUUGUUUCAUGAUGUUGGUGACAUCAUGUUAAGAUAAUUUCUGGUCGUGAUAAAAAUAUAAAAAAAUUAAAUUAAAUUCGGUGCUGGAGUCUAACUCGCACAUGAUGCGAUUUUUUAAACCGUGCCCCCUCUUGUGCAGACAGACAUCAAACUUGACAUUUGUUUUCCGUUUUAAUUCCAUAACAAUAAAUUUGUAUAAAUGAAAAUAUCGUUCUGUGUAUAAAUAUAUAUAUAUAUAUAUAUAUAUAUAUAUAUAGAAAAAAUGUAUUGACUUAAUUGACUUCAAAAUUAUAAAUACCUAUAACAGUUUCAACGGAGCAAAUAUCGAGACGAGACAAUAUGUUAAAAUACAGAGGUAAAAUAUGAAAGUAAUUUUUAUUAGUUUACUUUGACCGACAUUGUUUAUGAAGUUUUUUUUUUUAUAAGUAAAACUGAUCGUAGAAUUUUGUUUAUAAUAUCCCAAUAGAGAGAUUAAUUUUCGCUGUUAAAUAUUUAUCAGUAUGUUUUUUAAAAAAAUUUAUUAUUAAUUGGAUUUUUUUUAUAAUCGUGUUUUUGUUUUGCUCACGGAUUCGAUAGUCCCAUUUUGUUUUAGCGUAAUAAUGAGGCUGGGAGAGCGAAGGCAGUAUUCAUCUGGAAAAUAUUAUUUGAACAUAUUAUUCUCACGGAGUGAUGAAAACUUACGGUUUCCAGUCUAAUUGGACUGCGAGCUCACGUAGGACUUUUAAUCGAAAAUAACGAUUUUGAUGUGCGAAACCACUUCGGACAGGUAACAGCAGCAAAAUUACGAUGUGGAAACAUAUACUUUAUGAAAUGAUAACAAAUAUUUUAGAAAUUAUUGCUAUUUUACUAUUUAUAUAAUUAUUUUUAGGCGUGUUCAUGUGUACCAAUUCCCUUGACGCGGAGUUUUUGUACUAGUGAAUAAAAAAAAUUUACUCGCGUAUACUUAAUACACGUGCAUUUAUAAUUUUAUUUAUGUUAACGUAUUUUGGUGUUUUUCAUGUAUUGACGAAUAUUUGUUUAGGCGACAACGUACAUAUUAUAUUGAUUUUUUCUUUUUUUUUUUUUGUAUAAUUCGUAUUUAUUUUGUCGUUAAAUUCAAACUUUUAACAAUAUAUCAUGAACUUGAACAAGUAAUGAAUUUUAAAAUAUUAAAAAAGCGAAUGUGCGAAUAUACGCGCACACGUGAGCGACACACGUGUUACACGUAUACGCAGAUUUUUCAAAAAACUACGCGGUUUUAUAGAUUCUAAUAUUAAUUUCACGCGUACACGUGAAAUAGGGCGCUCUGGUAUAAUAUUAUUAUAUACGCGCGCGUGCGAUGUUUAUGUCGCGUCGGCCGGGAGGAGAAAAAUAUCUCCGCGGCGGCGUUUAGAGGGGAGUGGUCGGCGACGGUGAAAAGAGAAAAAAAUCGACCGGCGCGUCCGGAAAACGCCUACCGAACGACGCGCCGAACGAACGGACGGGCCGCGCGCUACUACGACCGUAAUAAUACGACGGUGUGCCGCGCCACCGCCGGUCUAUCACCAGUUUACCGCGUCGGCCGCGAAGUUUUUGCCGCCGCCGCCGCCGUCGUACACGCGCGCCGUACACUCGGUGUGCGCGCUGCACCGACCCGAAAACUUUGCGAUAAAUAGCCGCUAAACGACUUUUCUCGACGGUGGGAUGGCGGGUCGUGGCAGAGACGUGGCUGGCGGUCGGACGAAUAAAUCGGCGGCGCCCCUCCGAGCAUAAUAUACGUAUAUAUGUAUUAGUAUAGCAUACAGGGUGUCUCGCACGUUAGAUCUGACACACGAAUAAUCAAAACUAUCCAGCUACAUUAACUAUUGCGUUUUGUCCGGGUUUUUUUUUUUUUUUUGCGUCUAUUGUAUAAUUACCGCGUAAAGUAUGGCGCUACGAUUCCUCUGUUUUACAUACCUACAUAUAUUUAUUUUUCAAGUUAAAAACACAUUUUUUUUUUUCUUCUUUCAAAUCGAUUUUAUAAUAUCCAAGACGGCCGUUUGAUAUGAAAUACAUAUUUUGAAACGAAAUACGUAUACCAAUGAAAACACGCGUUAGAUCUCUACGAUUUUUCGAAUUUCGCGACAAUUCUUAAUGAAAUUAAUUUUCAUGGAUGGAUUGAUAUUAUUUAAUAGUGGCGUUGGCAAUCAUCGUAAACUUUGAAAAAUCAUAGACAAUUAACGAUUCGUCAUUAGUAAAUAAUAUUCGUAACAUAAAACUUGUCCAUCAAAAUAUUUUUUUUGUUUUAAAAAAAAAGUGAUUAUCUUGGAUUUAAAAAAAAAACAUUUUUUAUUUAUUUAUUAAAAAAAAAACAUUUUUUAUUUAUUUAUUAAAAAAAAAAACAUUUUUUUAUUUAUUUAUUAAAAAAAAAAAUAAAAAAAUACUUGAAAUUUAAGUAUCACGGUGCAAGGCUUAACAUUAGUGUUCGCCCAUUCCAAAAAAGAAAAACUCAAAAAUAUUGAACAGACAAAAUUUAAAUUCUUUUUUCAGAUCGUCAUGGGACAUCCUGUAUACUUAUAAAGAAUAUAUAUAGUGCGGUGUUCAUUCUCUUCGAUCCCACGCGUUCUAGCACAUAGACGGCGACGCGGGACGUUCGAAAAACGCAACGCACGCGUUCUGUCAUCGUUUUCUCGCAAUAGAUCAAUCAAAACGUUAGGUCAUCAUAUACUAUUAUACAAUAUUAUAAACCUCCCCCGACGCUAACGGAUACACCCGAAAAUAAUGUAAAAACCUAUGCUAUCUGAAGGGCGAUUUUUAUUUUUUUUUGAGCUACACGAAUUUUGUAAUAUUAUUUAUUAUUUACUUUGUAUCUAUUUAUAAAUGUCGUAUCGAUGUAUUUUUCAGAUUCCGAGCGUAACGAUGGAGCAAUUGGUUUCACAAUGCUGUUUAUUGUUUUUUUUUUCUUCUUUUUCUUUUUCUUCUUUUUCUUUUUCUUCUUUUUUUUUUCUAGUCUAUGGACACAAUUAUUCCAAGUUAAACUUGCUCCGAUUUCUAUGCGUAGCGUCUUUUCUGAAAGCUGAAGUUGUCUAGACUGUUUAUUAUUUUUUUUCUUUGUUCUAGUCUAACUUGCUCCGAUUUUUACGUGUAGCACCUUUUCUGAAAGCUCAAAUUUUGGGUCAUUUUGAUUUUCGACGCCAUUUUUUAAAUAAAAGCACUUAAGUGAGGUAAGUAAGUGCACUUAAGGAAAAAACGCAGGAAAACGUACAAUUUUACGAUUUUAUUAUUUUAUAAAAACACGGACGACGUUGUCUACCAGAAAAAAUGAUUUAAUCGAAAAAUCACAAGAUACCUUGUUUGUGCUUUUUUGAUUUACUUUCUUACGGUAUCAUCGCCAAAACUUUUGAGCCACUUUUAAGCUAUUAAGGAAUUUUAAUUUUUGGGAGUUUUUUACUGUUAGGUUAUAAAUACGCGUAGAAACUUGAAACUUGGUAAUAAUACUUAUAUUUAACUUACCUAGGCGUGGUAAAAUUUCUGAAAUGAUCUAAAGACUUUUUUUUCUUUAAUAAGCGUUUUGCAAUAACUUUUUUCGAAAAUCGUAAAAAAAUCACAACACUUCCAAUUAUGUAUUAUUGAACUGCGCUCGGAAUCGUCUUUCGUCAAGCAAAGGUUUAUCGUUGCUUACAGAUAUAAAUGAAAUAACCUUAUGUAUCCUACCUUCCCGGCUUCUCACCUACAACAGUGGCUGCUCCCAUCUCCAGUAUCAGCACUUUUUUUUUAUAUAUAUAUAUAAUAAUUAUUAAUAGAAUAAUUAAAAAUAAAAACUAUUGACAUGAAUUAUUUCAUUACAUUUUGCCACAAAAUAUAACAAAUGAUUAAACAAAUUUAAAAAUUAAUUAUUUUAUUUUAUUUGAGUUCAUUUUUCUCGGAAAACAAUUUAUCGGUUAGUAAAAAUGGUUCCAAAUUAUUCGCUUCAUAAAUAAAAAAAUACGGAUUUUUCGUCCCGUGAUACUUUAUUUGAGAAAUGUUAUGUAGACACUAAAUUUAGAAUAUUUUUUCUAAAAAUUGAUAAUAAACGUUGAUACAUUGUUUUAUUUUCAUUGAUUUCUGGUCUUUUGGUUUAUAUACAUUAUAUAGUAUAUAUAGUUUAGAUUAUAUAGUAUUAUAUACCUUACCAUUUCACCGAACUCAAAACAUUAUUUUCUUAAAAAUAUGAUUUAAAUAAUUUCUCGUUGUUUUUAGAACCAUAAAGUAAAUUCUAUUCCUUACAUGCUUAUUAAUGAUUACAGAUGAACUUUAAGUAGUAUCUUUUCAUAAAUAUUUUUUUUCAAUGUACUAAUACUCCUGUAUCCGAACUAAUUUCCAUUUUAAUCUCGAAUUCCUUCUCAGUUAAAAUUUUAAUAUUAAUCGGCUUACCAUUUUUUGUCUAUUUUUUAAAUUUUUAAGCAUAUUUAUCACCUUCUUACCUUCUUCCCCUUAAAUUCAAUGAUUCUUAUUUUUAUUACAUACUUUAGCUAAAUGUUUAAUAUUCUUACAUAAUUUACAGUGAUAUUUGUUAUAUUUAAACUUGCUGCACUUAAUAUACUACAUGAUUGGUCCACGCACAAAAUAUUUUUUUUUCGUUUUCCCGGUCUUUCACUCACUAGUUUCUGAUUCCUUGUGUCUUUAUUUGAAUAAUUUUUGUUUGUUGAAUUUUUUGUUACCGCUUUGUUACAACUUGUCUGUAACCAUUGGCUGUUUUACCAAAUUGAUGAACUGUAUUACCACUGUAUUGUGAUUUCAAAAUUGAUUUCCUUUUCAUCAUCAAUUUCACCAAUAUAUUGAAUCUAAUUUCGAAAUUACCUUAUUACAAAUUUAUUCCUUAAUACGGCAUCAAUAUUUUUUUUAAAAUUCCAAGAUGAAGUAGCAUGGUUUAUUCGUACAUACCACUCAUUUAUUGACUCUUAUGGUAUCUGCUACAGAAUCUAAAUUUCUUAUUUUACUAAAUACCGAAACUCUAGGCGAAAAUUGACUAUCGAGUAUUAUAUACAUUGUUUAUCAUACACAUAAUCAGCUAGUUUUGCUAGUUAUACAAGUCUUUUAAAAUUGUAUAAGUGUACAUAGUUACUCAAAUAAUUAACAACAUAAACAGCAGUAUUUCCUCUCGUCUGAAGACCGGAAUCAUGUUCACUAAAAAAAAUUGUUCCAUUUAUUCUUGAUAAAGAGUCCAGUGACUUCUUGCUUUGAACUCUGACAGCGUGCUCAUAACACCGUAUUCAUUUACUGCUGACAUUUCUUGUUCCCGUGGAAUACUUUUCGGUUGCAUUUUCUCUUUGUGAACCCUUUACUUCAUUAACAACAGUAGUUAUUUACAAUUGCAGCAGGUAUUGCAAUACUGUCGUUUGUUGGAUAGAUAUAGAAUACACAAAAAAAAAAAUUAAAAAAAUAGUGCUAAUACAAUGUCAUUCUACGUGUCGUAUAAUAUGCUAUUUAAGGUUAACUAUAGUAAAAUUAUAUGAAUGUUAUUAUCAGCGUAUCUUACAGUCCUUUUUAUCAAUAAGUCGCACUAAUCGGAUAUUUGUAUACAAAAUUUAAUAUAUAGACAAAUAUAUUUAACGUAUUUUUCAUCUUAAACUUAUAAUGUGAAUUUUCGUAGUAUUAAGUGUUGAUAUAAUUCUGACCUUAUUGAAUUCUACCAGCCAAAAAUAUAGGUCUUGAAAUGUUCAAGAUUAUUCUCCCAUAUCCUAUUUAUUUAUAAAUAUAUAGGUUUCAUUAUUGUCUCAUUUCUUGUCUUCUUUCAUUUGUUUUUAGUGUUCAAAUUAAUAUAAAUUUGUAAUAUUUAGUAAACUAACGUCUUGUGGAAGUUAAUUUUUAAUAAUUAAAAUAAUCUAAUUAACGACUACAUUUUGGUUUUUGAAAAUAAUAUGACGAUAUAUUCUUAUUAAUGUUAUCAUACUCUAUUUAAUUCUUUAUUGUUCAAAUCUCGCACAAUUUUAAUUUAAUACAUUCAAUCGUAAGUACCUAUAAUACAAAUCUUAAUUUACAUAAUAGUUGCGGCAAGCGUAGGAGUUAUUUGAACUUGCUAUAAUAUAGAUAGUUGCAUUUUAUACUAUCGUAUAAUGAUACUUCAUAGGUUUAUUUGUCACAAAACGCAUCCGCGUCGUUAUCGUUAAUUGGUCAUAUUAUUAGUGUGCUGGUCCGUUUUUUAUAUAAUUGUAUAUCUGCUUUUCAGAGGUUACCUAUACUGAUUUGUGUACCUCGUAUUUUCGCCAGAAGAUUAGUAUCCACCAUUAAAACUUUUAUGACCGUAACAUUUUUCGACGUACAAGUUCUGCAUUAAUACGUACAUAUACCUACGUAUGAACCAGGGAUAAAAGUCAAAAGUUGAUAUGACCUGUUUAUAGUGUUUAUGGUAAAUUAUAGUCAUUAUGUUUGAUUGGCGUGAAAUUUUAAAAACACUAAAAAUCAGAAUUGAUCGAUUAACAUAACAUAAUGAUUGAAAAAAAAAACUAGAAAUAAUAAUAAUUAUUACCUAAUGAAAAUUGUCCUAAAAAUAAUCGCUGAUUCCUGAAAAAUGUAUUACUCUGUGGGUGAGGUUAAAUAUGCGUAUAAUAUACCUAUCUAUAAUAUACCUACCUAUAUAUAUAAUAUAACCUAUCUCAUUUUAAGGUCCAAACGUUUAGCGUUUUUACGGGCGUUACGAUUUGUGUUCACCAUCGACGCUAUCACACGCAUUAUAUCAUUUAAUUGUUUCGAUUUAAUGCAUACGCUUCGUCCGUCAUUGGCAUACAGCGAUAAAUACUAUCGAUUUUAAAAUGGUGUAUUAUAGCAAUAAUGACGGUAGUCACGACAUUUUUUGGCCGAACAAACGAUAUUUUACGGCUUAUUCGUCUCAUUGAACGCCUAGGUAGUUUGACGUUUUGAAAAACGGCCACGCGAUUACCCGUUUAAAAACAGUACGCCCUAUGUAUUUUAGUCUUAAGUAUAUGUUUACGUUUUAAUCGUCGUCGGUAGCAACAGAUUUCACUCGAUUUAGCGAUUUUUUUUUUUUUAAUGUAAAAAAAAAAUUAACUUUUAGCUGGUGGUUCUCAGAACGUCCGUUCAAAUCAUUCGUUAUCACUUUUCCCAAACCCAUAUCCAACAUUUUAUAAAUAAUCCAAGUUUUAAGCUAAUUUAUUAAUAUUAAAAUAUGAUAAACAUGAUAUGACCUAAUUAAUUUUUAAAUAUAAAUUUCUAUAUUGGAUGCACACUUGAAUUUUGAAUUUUGAACAGUAUAAAGUUUUAUUUUAAUUUUUAUUUAAUUAUCAUGAUAACGUUUUAAAAAAAAAAAUGCGUCAUCAAUUUCUUUAUAUGUAUUUCAUUUUUUUUAAAAAAACAUUUUUCCUUUUGUACUUACUGGACAUAGCAUCGACAAGAACGUAUUACGCUCAAGUGUGUGCAAUUGUCGCAGCAAGAGAUUCAAAUAUUUUUGUUUUAAAUUUCGUUGCAUUAUAUAUAUAAUAAUACCAUUAUCCUUUGAAUCGAACUAUAAUGAAAAAAUUAUUUCUAUAAAAAAAAGCGGUUGAUUUUAAGAGUAUUAUUUAUUACGCAAUUCCUAAUUGUGUCAGAUUUUCGAACAUUUUCGAUUUUUCCACAGGCACACAAAAAAUGUAAACACCAUUUAUAGCAAAACUAAUUUACUCCUCACUACACUUAGAAUAUAAAACGAAUUUCAGAAUAAUAGAAACCGUUAUUGUAAGCAUUUUCUCGUUUUUUACCGAUUGUUUAGAAAACUAGAAAGAAAAUUUAAAAAUGACCUCCCCACGAACAAACUAGAUAACAUUUUUUACCAGAAACCACCCCUAAAAUUAAUGAUUGAAGCACAAUUUCUGAUCGAAGAAUUGUUUAUAGACAGACAAAAAAGUAUCACAGUAAAAACAAUACAUUUUAUUGUGUUUUAUUAUAAAAUUAAUCUUACUUCAUUUGUGUUUUCUAUGCAAUUAUUGUGUUAAUUAACAAUUAAUGUGAAUCUCGAUAUAAAGAAUAUUUAGUCCUUGCCCAGUAUAAUGUUUUUGAUCGUAUAAAAAAAAAAAAAAUCGUAAAAAAUUGUCAUUUGGACGAAGAUUUUGUCUCCCCCCCCCCUCUAAGCAAGUUAUUAUACGAUUUUAUUACAUGGAUAAAUAAGCAUUAGCAUAUAACAAAUAUGAAUAAAAAACAAAAACAAUUUUUGAUACUUUCUUUUUUAGGUAUCAUCCCUGUAAAUAUCCUUUCACAUUUUUUAGUUGCGAAUUUUUUGGGAAUAAUUUUUUUUAUUAUUAUUUAUAAUUUUAUCUGAUAGUAAUAUAAUAGUCAUAUUAAUUAAAACCAAAAAAAUUAAUAUUUUUCAAAAAACCGAAUAGAACGUUGCAUUCAGUUGUUAAUAUAAAAAUUAAUUUUAAAAAAAAAGAUGUUAUUCGUUCAACCAAUUCAAACGUUUUAAUGACUUUUUUUGACUUGAAUUUUGAGUUAAAUUAUUUUCGUAUCGUUUAUCAUUAUCAAUAUACUUGUAAAAUAGAAAACACAAAGGCGCAAAGUUUAGUGUUCAUAAACGUAAAAUUGAGUUAAUAAUAUGUUAAAGACGGCGUAUUCCGUAGGCAAUAUCCUUGUAUAUAAUCGCUGGGGAAUAGUUUUGUUUUAAAAAUAUUUGUUUAUAAUAUAAUUACACUGUAAUAAUUUAUAUCAAUUAUCAUAUUGUGUUAAUAUGGGUACCUAUAAGACUAAUGAUACUCAAACCCUCAGAAGUUUUAUUUAGAAGUUUUUAAAAUUGUAAUAAAUAAUAUUAUACCUAUAACAAAUUUUAGCCUAAAAAAAAAACAAAAUAAAUGAAGUUUAGCUUACUACUCGUUUUUUAUUUAAUUUUUUUUUAAAACAUUUAAGGCACUGAAUUCAAAAAUAUUUGAAUAAAGUAUCACUUUUUUAUAUUCAGGAAAUUAUACUAAAUUUUUGGAGAAUACGUGGUUUUAUUGCUUAAUAUGAUGUUGUAGAAUGUAUUUGAAACUAUUAUUUUAGAAGUUAUGAUGAUUUAGAAGAUUUAAGAUUUUUAAGACUAUAUGCCAUUAUUUAUAAUAGAAAAUUAAGGGUGUGGGGUAACUUAACUUAACGUAACCUAAAAAUACAGAAGGAAGCGAUUCGUUUCAAUUAUAACCACCACUACAGAGUAUGAUAUUAAAUUAAUUAUAAAUAUAAUAUUAUGAAAAUUUAAAGUUAAUACAUAUAUUUAGGUAUAAUGAUAGAAUAGAAUAAAAAUGGUUAGUAAAUAAACCGAAAUAAAUCAAUAUAAAAAUAACCUAUGUAUUUCAUAUUCUAAAUGGAACACUAUAUAUUGUCGAGACAUGUACAAACAAACAAAAAUUAAAAUCCCAUACCAUAAUAGAGCUUUAUUAAAAAAACCUUCAAUAAACCGUUGUCUACCUAUACUUACAGACUACUCUAUACUUAAAAUUUUAUUUGUAUACGUAUUGUAUAAAAGUUAUUAGAGUGGAGAUCCAAUACGUUUAAAAAUGAAAUAUUUUAUUAAUUUAAAACAUUUAGUGUUUAUUUUUAUUAUCAAUUGUAUCUCGAUUGAACUAUAGAACUGGCCGAGAAAACCUAUUAGACAUUUUGCAGAUGUAUUUUUCAUUUUGUGAUAGUAUAAUAUAAAAACGUUUUUCAGAAACCGAAAAUAGUUUUUCUAAUACAAUAAUAUUUUAUCAAUCAUUUCAAAAAAAUAAUUUCGUACUUACUUUCGUUUCCGUAGCCAGUCUAAAACAUUAGACAAGUACAUCAUUUAAGGAUUUAGGUUUGGCCGGGCCUAUUCAUAAAUUAAAAAUCAUAAAAAAAAAAUGAUGACAAUAUUUUAGCACAUUUUUAAAUACCUAACUGUAACACGCCACCAUUGUUAUGUUUCACGAUGAAAACAUUGAAUUUAUCAGGACUAUAAUAACAUUAAAUAUACCUAUAUGUACAAUUUUGAUUUGGGUUUAUUUGGAUAUUAUUAUGAAUAGGAAUAGCAUUUUUUUUUUACUAUUAUUAUUGGUCAAAUGAUAAAUUUAAAAAUGUACUUAUGUGAACUGAUCAUUUUACAGCGUAGCAAUAAUCGUAAUUGACUAAAUCUAUCUAUCUAGUCACUAGAUAGAUAUCCAAAGAGUAAUAAUUUCCUACCAUCACAACCAAAUCCUAUGGGGUUUUGACAAUAGUUUGAUAUUAUAAAUUCAUUAUAGGUUCUCGGUUCUUGAUAAAAUUCCUAGUCGUAGAGCGUCUUGUGUUCAGUAACUAUUUAAAUUAUUAUUGUAAAAUCAAGUUUUGUGCAUUGUUAUUUUAUAAUAUUAUUUAAACUAAAUACGGUUGAGUUUUUUUACUACUUACAACACUCUUAUUUUGUAUUAAAUUUUUUAUAUUAUUGCUAUUGGCGGGAGAAAACCUACUAAUUAUUUUAUAGCAAUUGUAUAUUAAAACUAUUUAUUGGUUGUUAGUACUGAAAUUGGUAAUUUUUACACUCGAGUAUGAAAAUACUAUACCUACUUUUUAUACAGUAUUCUCAAUUAACUUCUUUUAGACGAUAAUAUUUAUAAAAUAUAUAACGUACACAACAACCAAAAACGAUGUCUCUCUCUCAGACCCCUAAGAUCUUGAAAAAUGAAAUUGAAAAAAUAUCUAUAAAUAAAUAUUACUUAUAUAACAAAAAAAUACGCGAAUAAUUUUAUGCUCGGUAAUAAAUAUCUGCCAUCUUCCCCUCUAGUUCCGUCCCUGUAGCUAGUAUAGACCAUUUUAUACAACGUUCCGCUUUAAACAACAAUAGUAACAUUACGGUAAUAACAUAUAUAAAUAUAUUAUGAAAUUUAUGAUUUGAUGAAUUAUUUAUUGUUACGAAAACACAAGGGUCUAUUACGCCUAUUAUUAUAACUUAUGCUUAUUUUUUUUUUAUCAAUAAUAAUGAAACCAUUAAUAAAUCAUUAAUCAUAUAGAUAUAGAUUUUUUAAUUUCAAUUUAUCAUUUGUUAAUUUCUUAUGGUCAAAUAUCUAUCGAUAAAAAAAAACACAUGUUGUUGAUAGUUGCUAUGCAUAAUACGCAUAUUGUAUACCUCUAAUGCAAUAUUGUAUUUUAUACAAACAACCUGAUAGAUUCAAUAUUUCAUUGUGCAACACAACAAUGGUAAUAUGUUGUAGCUAUAAUAGUUUCUUCUGGAAAAUGAUAUACUUCAGGAAUAGAUGAAGUUAAGGUUACAAGGUAUGUCGUGCAAAUACGAAUUAUGUGUUAAAUAUUUUCAUACUUUUUUUUUUCCAAAAUUUCCAUUGGGAUGGGGGAGAGGACAGGCCAAACAUGCGUCGUACAAGUGGUGAGUUAUAUAUUGUGCAUAUUAUAUUAUAAAUAUUAUUAUUAUAUCGUACCAAUCCAAUAAUAAUAUGUUUAUAUUAGCUCAACAUACAAUUAUUGUCGAUUUGCAUUUUAUUAAGUAUAUUUUCUAUGUAUGCUUGAGUUUUAUUAUGUUGUACCGGAAUUAUGUUUUGUCAACAGUUUGCUUAAUAAUUGUAUUAUAUUAUUUUUAUAUAGAAAACUUAACGUCGAACCAUUAUUAUACACACACAAUAUGGAUUCAUUCAAGCGGUAUACUUAUUAUUAUUUUUGUGAAAUUCUUCUUUAAAAUCGUCUGACAAAAAUAAUAGUUAUAGCGUAUUUACGAUAAAUAAGUUAACAUUAGGUUGUCGUUCGAUAAUAGUUUGACAUAUUGAAGAAAAAAUAAUUACUAUUGUUAUUAUUACAACAGUCUUGGUACUUACAACUUUUAGGAUAUUUUAUACGGAAAGUUUGAAAGUCAUUGCUAUAUAAUUAACUCGAGCCCGAGGAUUAGAGACUUAGUGUUAUAGAAAGACCGGGACUCAGACCAUAGUAUUUUCAUAUGUACUUUUGAUUGUUUAUAUUAUAUGUCAAUUUGACUUCGGAGAAGUUAUCAUCAUAAGAAGUUACAUCUUUAAAAUAUAAUGAUGCCAAAUUAUAAAUAAUUAUCGACAUAUAUAUAUAUACGAGUAUAUUAUACUUACAUUUGUAGCUUAAAAUCUUAAAAAUAUUAUUGGAAAAUAAUGAAAAUGAUGUCUAACAAUAUAGAUUAUACGAUUACCGCAAAUGAGUUUUCUGCCGCUUUCUACUUGUUUUAUAUUUAUAAUAAUUAUAUACAAUACCGAAAUGUAUUAUUUCAUAUUAAUGUAAUACUACACGUUGCAAAGCCUGUAUUCAUCAUAUUACAUUCUUUUUUUCUAAGUAGUAAAACUAUUUAAAUCCAUUGCGUAUCGGUAACUCACUGGUAGAUUAAUUGUUUGGAUUUUAGAUUCUGAGCGUAGCGAGCCCGAGCGAGAGAGUUAUUGGUUUUACAAUGCUGUUUAUAUUUUUUUUCUUCUUUGUUCUUUGUUCUAGCCUGUGAACACGGUUUUUCCUAGUAAACUUGCUCCGAUGUAGAAGUGUAGCACGUUUUCUGAAAGUCAUUUUUAUCUACUUGAUAAAUACAUAGGUUAUUUUUUGAUUUUCGAAACGAUAUUUAAAAUAAAAACGAUUUACCGGGAAAAAAAUUAGAUUUUUUCACGAUUUCGUUAUUUUAAAUAAGUACCUACCACGUUUUCUACCACAACUAUGGCUCCAAUUAAAAAACGACAAGAGACCUUUUUUGUUGAAUUAUUAAUCUUGUUUUUACUGAUGCAGUUCGUUUUUUUGAUUUCCGUAUUAUUUUUCAUAAUAAUCGGGAAAAAACGUAAAAAGGUUAGGUUGAAAAAAUUACAGUACUUCAAAUUAUGUAUUACCGAAUUGCACUCGGACUCGUCUUUCGUCAAGUAAUGGUUUAUCGUUGAUUACAGAUAUAAAUGAAAUAACUUUAUGUAUCCUACCUUCCCAACUUCUCACCUACAAUAGUGGCCGCUUUUAUUUGGUAGAUACUCUGUAGAUAAAUUGUAAAACCCAACAGAAAUGCUUAAAAAUUUGAUGGGAGGUUCAUUAUAAAUCAUACUUAGUGGUAAAAAAAAAUGUAAAUUAUAUAGUUUUUUUUUUUUUAUAAGAAAUUUAAAAUCAAAUUUUUACGAAAAUUGUAAAUAUUACAGCUUUUCACAAUAUGUGUAACUAAACUUUGAUCCGAAUCGUUUUUCUUUAUCAAUGGUUUAACAUUAGUUAUAGAUAUAAUUUAAGUAACCUUAUAUAUCCCACCUUCUCCACUACCCACCUACAACAGUAGUCACAUCCGUCUCCAUUAUCAACUUUUUUUUUUCACAGACGACUGGAGAACCGAACUUACAUAUUUGUAAACAUGCAACGAUUUUAAUUCAGUUGAGCUGGCACUGUGUACUCAAAAACCCCCAGUCAUAACAUCAUUUCUUUUUCACAUGGAGAAUACCAGCUGAAAAAUACAAGGUUAGUAAUAAUAAUAAUUAAUAUAUUCAGUUUUAAUUUAUUGAAAUUUCUAAAAAUGUUAGAACACUAUGUGUCUUCGGAUCACAUAAAUAUAUGUGACCUAUAUUUAUUAUGUACCUAUACAAUCUACAUGAAUAUUAAUAUAGUUUCUAAGUAAAUUUAACUUAAGUAUUUUGAAUUUAAAUAAUGCAGUUGGUAUAAAAUAUUCUCUUUAUAUAUUAUUAUUAUUGAUUCAAAAGAAAUGUCGAAUAAAAGAUUUUUUCGACAAUACUUUAAAACUAAUAAUGUAAUAUUAUAUAUGUAUAUAUAUAUAUAGAUGAGCCUAUAUGUACGGUUUGGUAAAAUAUGUACAUUUACGUGAAUCUCCUAUACUCACGUAUUAUGAUUGAAAAAAAGUGAAAAAGUUUUAUACUGCAGAGCGUUGAAAAAAAAAUACUAUACAUAGCUAUAAAGUAUAAAGCUAAUAUUUAUGUAUUUUAAAUUAUACUUUAAAAAUCAAUUAUCAUAAGUGGAAUAGUAAUCUUAGUAUAUUGGGAAUUUGCCUUUUUUUUAACUACAUUUGGGUUACUUCAUUUAAUUUAUAUUUAUAUUAUUUACUUAAAAUUUACUUUAGCCUAAAUACAGGAAAAGAUAGGAAAAGUGACAACGUGGGUGAAUCUCUGAAUUUAAAUUUAUAUUUUCGCGUUACGUGCUAUUCUGUUAAUCAUUUUUAUAAAAUUGUUCAAACGCUUGUCUGAAAAAAUAUCGACAUAUUUCAAAAAAAAAAAAGUAAUUCUUUAAUAACAGAGAACAAUUUUCUUUACAUACAUCUUUUAAUUUGGACCAUAAAUGAUUUAUGUUUUAUGUCAUAUAUCAUAAACUAUUUUAAAAACAACAAUAUCGCUAUUUAUAAAACUGAUAUUGAUUUUUUGCCUAAUUCAAAAUCAUUAAAAUAUCUUUUGAAAAAUAAAUUUUAAAAUGAAAAUUAUGAACAUUUAUAAACUUAAUUAAAUAUUAUCCAAUUUUAGUCUUACUAUUAUUAUAAUAGUAUUUAUAAAAAUAUAAUUAUAAUAAUGACGUAUUCAAUUGAAUGCAAACUAAAUGUGGUGUAAAAAUGCUUUUUAUAGUGCAGUUCGUCUUUUCCGUACAUUUUUGUUUACAGAAUAAUAAUGUUGAAUGUAUCAGGAAUAACCAUUUAGCCACAUUAUAAAGGGAAAUAAGUAGGUCAUGUCGCUGUUGUGUAAGAGCAAUUUACCCGAACGAGUUACUUAUUCUGAAUAGGUCAUGCGUAUAAACUUUGAUACCAUUAUAGUCGCAUUUUUAUACUUAAAAUCGCAAAAAAAAAAAUAUAUAUAAAUAUAUGUAGAUGUCAUUAAAUAUCUCAACGGGUUAUUUUAAUUUUUCGAUAUUAUAUCAACUUUAUUUUACUAUCGAUUAAUAUUUUGUCCGGUAUGAGCAUGCGAGUUUAUUAUAAUUAAUAUAAAUGCAUUUUUUAUUUUAUUCGAUUUCUAAGAGUAAUAAAUGUACACGAAAUUAUUAAAUCUUAAUUUCACAAGGUUAAGUAAAAAAGUUUUAUGUUUGGAAUUUUUAAAACAUUGGUUUGUAUUUGUAUUUAUAACUAUUCAAAAAUGAAAUAAUAUUUAUUUAUAAUUAUGUGUUGAGCUAUAAAAAGCACAUAUAGAGUUGUAGAUAUAAUGAUGGUUUUUAUCAAAUUAAUCACUUUGUAUAAUAAUUCUAAAUACGUUUAUUAGCUAUAAAAAAAAUGACAGUUUGAUAAAUUUAUUUUAUUGAAAUCUAUUUGAAUGUUUGUAUGUUCUGUAGUGUCCCAAAAUGGUGCCCUUCAGUUAUAAUUCGUUUCGGAUCCAUUACGUAUAUAGACAGCAAAUUUAUAAAAUAUAAACGCGGUGGUGUAUUUUUGAUUUCAGUAUUAGAUUAUGAGUGUGAAAUUUUAACGAGAGAUAAUAUUUUACUACAGCGGUGGUUUUUAAUAUAAAAUUUUUGUUUCAUAGAACACUUUUCUGGAAUGAAGUAUUUUCGUUUAUAGUCCAACGAUUACUAGCUAGGAAACAGAAACAUAUUAUAUUGAGUUUGGUAUAGGUACUUUAACGGGGUUAAUUUGUAUUUUAAGUAAUUUAAAAAUUGCACUCGGUGACUAUGAACCAUGAAAUAAACAACAUACAUAUUUUUAAGAGAGUGUUAGUAAUAAUUUUAUAUUAAGUUGGUAAGCCAAAAUCAAUAGAUAAGCACGGAAUAUAAAGAAAACGUAAACAUUUUGUGUUAUUCUUAAAUACAUAUUUUUAAUAUUGUAAUUUCUGGGUUGUUAUAAAAAUAAAAAUAAAUCAAUAAUUUUUAAAUUGUUAAUACACACCCAUAUAUAUUUCCUUCGGUAUUUAUUUCUUUUUUUAUUGCUCAAUACAUAUUGCAUACAUGAUACAUUAUAUUAUACACCAUAAUUCAUUUUUAAACUUGAAAUAUUUAAUAUGGUUUUUUUUUUCAAUUAUUUUGUUUUUGUAAAAUUAUCUUAUAUAUCUUUUAUUUCUCGGAGAUAUUUUUUUGAUAACAACUUAAAAUUUUAAUCAAAAUCAAAAAUGAAGUACUAUUUUAAAUAUCGCCGCUCCUGAUGAAUCUUUAAUGCUCAAUAUGCAUAUUUUAUUAUAUAUUUGCUCGGUGUUUUUGGGCUAAAUUUACAUAACGACAUUAAGAAUGCAAAGAAAAUCAGUUUUUAGAGGCAUAUAACUGUAAGUUUUUAUAUGUGUGAAUAAUAUAUAAUACAUUUCACUAUAUACUUGUGUUAUUUGAAUCAAUUAUAUUUGCAAAGAAAAAUCGUUAGGAUCUGUCUGAGUAAACAAAACCUAGUAGGAUCUAUCACUGUAAACUUUAAAAAUUAUGCGAUAUAUUUCUACAACCGGUGUCAUAGUGCACAAGUGUGGUCGGUAUAAGUGACUUUUUUUUGCCGAAAAUGAGUUAAGUUUCUAUACAAUUAACCAUUUUAUUUUUCAUAUAAUGCACAAAUGUUGCAUGUGUGUGUUUAAUAUUUUAUCCAUUAGAUGGAAUUGUUUUUGGAAAUAUGUACGAUGUACUGAUUUAUAUGGAAGUAUAAACUUUCAACACUACUUGUGUGCAUUUUAAUGCCAUCGAUAUGCUGUACUGUGUAUACAGAUUAAUCUGUGUGUUAAGUAUAAGUACACAAAAUUAUUUUAAAUAAUUCACAUGUAUACCUACUUGUAGUUUUAGAAGAACAACAUUUAAUAAUUAUUAUUUGAUCCUAUGCAUUAUUACAAUAUUAUGUUUAAUAUUUAUUUUAUUUCACUUGUUACAAUAAUAUAAUAUAAUAAUUAUUAAUAACUCAUAACAUAGGUAUUGUAAUUUUAUUAAAUUAUGAUUUAAACUAAUUGAAACCCUUGGAGGAUGGACAAUUAUAAUUUUUUGUUUUUAAAUUUACAGCAUUAAAAUAAUCUUCUUAAAAUAUAAACAAAAAAAUCCGAUUUGUUUACUGAGGCUGUAAUACGUUUAAAAAUAUUACGAUUAUUUUCUACCUCUCAUUCUACCAACACAAUAUAAAUAUGCGGCUGUUAUUUUUUAAUUUUCGUUAGCUUGCUAUACCACUGUACUAUAUUUUAAUAAUAAUAAUUAUAAUUAUAGUAGGUAUCUCGUACCUAUAUCGAUAUUUUAUCAAACAAAAACUGUUUUAUAUUACGAAACCUUUCAUAAUUGUUUUAAAAUUUAAAAAAAAAAAACAAAUAAUAUUACAAACAACUAAUAUUUUUAAGUGCAGUAUAAUUUUGUUUAAAUCGUGAUAAUUUCGUAAUACAAUUACCUACCGUCUAUUUUUGUUAGAAUAUAUAAUUUCAUAAAAUUAUUAUAUGUAUAUUGGAUAUAACUACCUCGCGGUUACAAUUGUUUUUGAAAAAAACGGUCAAUUUCAAUUGGAGUUUAACAAAAAAUUAUUGUCUGUAAAAGAUUAAAUUUGAGUUUCCAGAAAAGAAAAAAGAACAUGGAAUAUGCUUUUGUAGACUUGGCAAUAUAACUUAAGAUAGUAUCACAGACGGAGUAUUGAUUAAGUAUUAUAUUGUAUAUAGGUAACCUACAUCUACGCUUUCGUUGUGAUUUAUACAUUUGUAUAUGGGUUUAUUUUAAAAUGUUUAACAAUGGCUUAUAAACAAAAUAAACUUGAAGCAGAUAAUAUUUAUUAUUUUCUACUUAAUGGUAUUUUUAAAACUGAUUCAAAAAUAUAUUUUAUUUUAAUUGUUUAAUAAUAAUACAAAGAAUAUUUUAUAUAUUUAGUAGGUAAUAUUUUAUAAUAUACUUUGUACUACACUGUAAACAGAUGAACAGAAUUUUUAUAAUAGACCAAAAUAAAUAUUUAGUUUAAAUAUUGCUUUAAUUAAUAUAGUUUAUACUUAUACAUAGUAUUUCAUAUUUAUAUGAUAUGACGCCCAAUUUAAAUAAUUCUAAAUAAAUAUGACUAUACAUUUUAAAAUUGUAUAAAAUGCUUUUAUUUUAUACUUAUAUUAAAAUAUACUUACUGAAAUUUGCAACAAUAAAUUUUGGGGAAAAUGAUUCUAUUCAUUUUAAAUUAUGAUUUUAUAAAAAAAAAAUGCCUUUGUAAUUCUUUUUUUUUUAGACGACUAACGUACAGAUUUUUGUAGCUAGAUGAAACUUUUUAAGUAUGAAAAAAAAUCUGUGAAACUAAUAUCUACAGCUCCACUAGCUCUGCUUAGAAAUUCUAUUGAUAAAAUGGUACGAUAUCGAAAGUAUUCAAUUUUAAAGUUAGGAAUUAAAAGUGUGAUUCAAUUGUUUGAUUAAUUUAUUUAUGUUGGCACACAUUUUUACCUAUAUUGAACACUCUCGAUGAUUAAUAGAUAAAAAAUACACUAGUAUUAUUAUUCCAUUAAUUUUAUAAAAUUAGUUUAUUUUAGUUUAACUUUAAUUAUUUUAUAAUAUUAUUAAUUAAUAUUUAUCUACCUUAGUACUUAAAAUAAUAUAAACUGAAAUUGAAAUGCUGUUAGAUAAUAUUUAAUUCAUAUGAUGAAUUAUUGUAAUUAACUAUUGAAAUCUAGAUAAAAUAACAUUGUAAAUAUUUUAUUAGUGAAUAUAUAUUAAUUUUAUUAUUCGAAUAUAAUAUAAAUUUAUUAUAUUUAUGACAAUUGCGUCUAACUUAUAAUAAUACUGCAACAGGGGUGGUCACACGAGGUGGGGUAGGGGGAGGACUGAGAAUAAUAUAUCCACCAUUAUCUUAAAAAUUAUCUUCAUCCCUCUUCUCAUUACAAACUCAUUUGACUGCCACGACUGAACUGCAACCAUUAUAUAAUACAAGAUUUAAGGAUCGACCUAACAUUCCUCCCCCAUCCCUCAAGUCAUUCAAUUCCUUAGAUUUUUCAUAACAAACAUAAAAAAAAAAAUGGCCUAGAAUAAUGGAGACGGGUGCAGUCUAAAGUUAUAGGUAAUUUAAUAUAUACCAGCAACGAUAAACAACGAUAAACCAUUGCUUACGAAAAAACGAUUCUGAGCGGAGUUCAGUUGAUAAUAAUGCUUUGUCAAAAAUGCAUAUGCCAUAUUAUAGUAAAAUAAUAAAUUAGGUUCUAUAUAUGUAUAUAUAUAUAUCCUUGUAUAAUAUUUGCUUAAUGUACCGAUUUUCCCAGUUUUCCUACGUUUUUCCAGGUUUUCCCAUGUUUUUUCCCAGUUUUUCACAUUUGCUGAGAAAACUCCGGAGAAAAUCGAAAAACGACCUGUCUAAAGUACCUCUCUAAUCAAAUUUUAUUUUAGAAAAAUUGAUAUCAUUAAAAGUUGGAGUAAAAUUUUUGAUAGAAAAGUUGUCAACAGAAAUAAAAAUUGUGAUAUUAUACAAAUAUAUUUCGUACAUUUUCCCAUUUUUUUUUUUCGGUUAUUUGCAUUUGAUAAGAAAUUCUUGAGAAAAUCGAAAAAUUACAUCUUUGUAAAACCAUAACUUUCUUCGUUCCACUCAUAAUCUAAAACAACCAGCCAUAAAUGUAAUUGAUUAUAUUUAAUAAAUUCUACCAUCACAGAAAAGUCAUCUACUUUGUGCUACUACUGACCUGCUGUUCUUAAUUAUUAUAUAUAUAUUGCAUAUAUUAUGUAUAUUAUUUAUUAUUUUUAUCUACGAUAAAUGUCGUUAGUAGGUAAAGAAAAUCUUAACUAGUCAAAAAUUAUUUAUCAAUUACAUCUAAAUAUCAGUAUUGCAUAACAUCACUAAAAUAAUAAUUCGACAAUUAAACCUGAUAUUUGGUACUAAAAAAAAAAACCGAUGAAGGGAGAGGAGAUCUAUUUGUAUCAUUUAUAUUUUUACUCUGUUAGAACGCCCAUGAUAAUUAUUAUGAAUUCGACCUUAUAAAUAUGAAAAUCGUUUUUACUAUAUUGUAGCUAGUACAGUACAGCAUAGGCGGUUUUAGAAUAACGUAUACAAAUAUUAAAUUUAAAUGUAGACUAAAAUAUUAUAUACGAGUUCUCAAAACAAAAAAAAAAAAACCCCCGUAUACGAAUUCAAACUUAAAUAAUAUAAUCGGGAUUUCAUAAAUAAUUUAUAUAUCAACCAUUUUUUCUUUUUCUUUUAGACAUGGUAAUAUAUCAACUACCGAAUAAAUAAUAAUAACAGAAAGAUUUAUUUAGAUAAAUUGUAAUAAUAAAACACAAAUAAAAAUGUCAAGUAUACAAUAUUAUUUUGUUCGUGAAAUAAAUUGUAUAAAUUAUCCGAAAAUUUAAAAAAAACAAAUUAGCCCAAAUUGUCAUAUCGCCCAGGUUUCCUGUAAACUAUGCACUCGUAUCAACUAUAGUCUGUACACUGCAGGGAUUUUGUUUUUUUUGUUUCCAACGAUGAACAGUUUUUUACUGUUGAAAUUUGAAACGUCACAACUUCUUUAUUUUUCUACCUCGUCCUUUCAAAACCGGUCUCUCUUUUAAACUCUUUAUUAAAAUACAAUUAUCACAAUUAAGAGACGUGAAAUUUGUAUACGGUCAUUGCUUAAAAAUAUUCACUUUGUACUUCUAACGAUGCAGAUUUUUAACUUGGUCAAACUUAAUUUAAAAAAAAAAAAUCAAUAUAUUGAAUUCAUUUUUGAUAAUUUAUGGGUUACCUUGGCUACAAGGAAAAAAACGACAAAUACUUUUUCAUUCAGAAUUUUUUUUAUAUAUUCGGAGCGUAGUGAGAGAGCAUUGAUUUUACUAUGAUGUUUAUUUAUUUGUAUUAUUUUUUUUUUGUGUCUAUAAUCUUGCUCCAAUAUAUCAAGUGUACCAUUUUACACGAAAGCAAAUUUUAUUUAGUUGGUGCAUUGAGGAAGUUAUUUUUUGAUUUUCCAAGGAGUUUUCGAAGUAAUUGGGAAAAAUUGAUCAGAAAAAAAUUUCGUGUCUCGUGUAGAUUUUUAAUAAUUGAGAAAAACCGAAAAAAAAUUUAGAAAGAACCGGAAAAUAAAUUUUUUGCUAUUUUUAAUAAGGUUUUUUUUUUUAAUUGUAUUUCAGUUAAAAUAUUUUUUAAAUUUUAAAUUUGUACAGAAAAUGUAUGUUUCCGUUUUUGAACGUAAUAAAACAUUUUAAUUAUUUAAGCCAUUUUAAAUAAACAUUUAAAUUUUGAAAAUUGUUUACGUAAUUUUUAUUUGGUAGGUAGUUGGUGGAUAAAAUUGUUAGACUAAAUAGAAAUGCUUGAAAAUUCAACAGGAAGUUCAUUAUAAUUUAUACUUAGUGGUAAAAAUAAUAUAAAAAGUGUUAUCUAGUAUUUUUUUUUUAUAUAAGAAUUUUAAUAUCAAAUUUUAACGAAAAUCGUAAAUAUUACAGUCUUUCAAAACAUGUAUAUCCAAACUUUGCUCCUAAUCGUUUUUCGUUAGCAAUCGUUUUCUUACAGAUAUAAAUUAACUUACUUUGUGUGUCCUACCUUCCCGACUUCACAUCUACUAUAACGAUACCACAGUAUCCACAGUAUGGCUCCAGUAUCAGCUUAUUUUUUUUAUUGAAAUGAUUUUUCGUGGCUUUCAGUUUAUAAAUUAAAAUGUAUGCCAUUCAUACUUGCUAUACCUUUUACAGUGGCCUAUCAUAAUAUGAAGCACGUCUCGAUAUUUUUUUUCUAAUUGCUGAAAUUUACGUUGGUCACCAAUCGGUAGUGAGUAGAUACAUAUGCAUAAAUUGUUAUUUUCAAUUAUUAAAUUUUAAAUGAAAAACACAAAUUGGGUGAAAAAAAAAAAGAAAAUUUAUUUAUGAAAUUGUUGGGACUACUGUAGAUUUCGAUUAUAUUUUAGUAUAAUAUACCACGUUUGGUAUUAUGUUAUCUAUUUUUGGACUGGGAUGACUCGCAUGACAGUGGAAUCAUAUAAAAAAUUACAGGAUUAUAUUAUUAUUGUCUCCAUACCAUACGGAAUAUUAUUAUGCUCUGAACGAAAAUUAAUUUAUAAAAAAAAAAAAAAAGACAAUACGUUAUUAUAAUAAAUAAUAAUUAUUGUGUUUGCUUCAACCCCCGCGACGGCGUAAUUAAUAAAAUAUUAUGUUAUUCGUAUUAUUUGCGCAGCGUUAUGAAUAAACAAAAUUGUAUAAUAUACAGUUGAAAACACAUCUAUAUAAUAUUUAUGUCAAUAUAAACGUAACGCGUAAUAAUAGUGCUAGGUAUAUGUGUACACAUUAAUUUUAAAUUAAUACCAACAUAUAAUAUAACGCUCUAUACAUAUAUAUAUAUAUAUACAUGUACGAAUUGUUGUAAUUCAAACGUAAAAAAAUUAAAUAUUGUUACAGUUUUGUACAUCUAUAUGUUAUACGUGUACCACCGCGGAUGCGUAAAAUCAUUAAUAAUACCACAAAUACAAAUUACCUCUGGGCUUAGCGAGGAGGUAGGUAACCUACACCACGCCGCCGCAUGAUAAUAAUACAAUAAUUAUAUCAAAAAUGACUCAUUCGAUAUUGCAGUUGUACCAACCGAACUAUCCCGCAACAGUUAAUAUGCAUGGAAAAAUAAUAUAGUAUUAUGUUGUAGGUACCUGUAACAUUAUUACGGUGUUUUGUGCCGCGUUAAAUAUUCAUGGAAAUCCAUAUUAUUUUCCGUCAAACAAUAUAUGAUACAAAUGUGAAUUUAAAUUGUAAUUUCACACUAUAGUCUAUAUGCAUAGAAUGGAAUAGUUACCGCGGUUUAACUGGUAUACAUUUUGUUAACGUUCCUUUUCAAUUCUCUAACACAAUUUAUCAUUAUAAUGCACCUAUAUUAUUAUAUAAUGUUUUAGCGCGACACUAUUGAGUUUGAAUAAUUUAGUUGAUAGCUACUUAUAAGUGUAAUCACGAAAAAUAUACUCAAAUUGUACCUGCUAAGAAAAUGCGUAAGAAAUAGUUUCUUAUCGGGGAUGGAUCAAGAGGAAUAAUAACGAGAUCUAGAGGCCUUAUUCCCCUAAUACACAUACCCAAAUUAAAUUCGUCGUGAUUUAUUAUAUAAGCAUAUUGAUAUAAGAGAUUAUUUCUGUAUUUAUUGAGAUUUAAUGAAAUGUUGAAUAAAUUAGUUUUGUUUUUUUUUUUGAUGAUUUUCUUAAAACUGUUGAUAUGUUUGCAUGAUUCACUAGUUCAUUAUACAUUAUACCAUUAUACUAGUUAUUCGCUACAAGUUAUGUAUAUAUAUAUAUAUAUAUAUAUAUAUGCAUUAUAAGUAUGCAUACAAUAUAUAUUGUAUGUCAUCCUAACGAAGACCAAAUGAACUUUAACAGUGUUUCUUAUCCCCGUCGUGUAUUUGCGUGUGUGCACUAAUUUACAUUUAUAUACAUAUAUAUAUAUUAUGUAUAUUUACUUAGAAUUUAUUCAUAAUUGACUAUGAGCAUCUAAUAUACUUGUGUAAAAACUGUAAUUAUAUUAGUAAGAUACCUAUAAGUUUAUUUCAUUACAACGAAUUUAUCAGUAUUACAAUUAUUUUACAGGAAUAUUAUUAUUAUGCAACCCUAACCUAACCGUGGGUAAUACUAGACCCUCUUGGCAAGAGAGCGCCAGGAAAUAUUUUAACUAUAUAUAUAUUAAUCCUAAUCUGUAUUCUAGUAAUAUCUAAUAUUAAAAAAUUAACAUGAAUUUUGUGUACAUACUUUAUUCUCUUAUAACUCCAUUAUACAACUCCAUGUCAACAUAAUAUGCUAAUUUCUGUUCUAUGUACAUAGUCAAAAGGUUAUCUAAACGUUCUUGCGACAUGGCACUUCUAAGUAUGGUCUUCGCUAUAUGCUCAAUUUCGAAAAUGAUCUCCUGCAAUAGGAAAAUCAUAUUUUCUUUGAGAUAAAGUACAAUCAUUGUAAAUUGGAGCGAAAUUUCUGGUAGAAAACUUGCCCACAAAAAAAAAAAUCGUAAUAUUUUACUAAUAUAUUUCGUAGAUUUUCCCGUUUUUUUUUCCUUUUUUUUCGGUUUUUCACAUUUGAUGAGAAAACUUCUGAAAAAAUCAAAAAAUGACCUUCUUAAAGUAUCUUCCCGCGCCAAUUUUAUUUCAGAAAAAAGUGCUACACAUAAAAAUCGGAGCAUCCCUGGUAGAAAAUUUGUCCACAAAAUAAAAAAUAAAAAAAUAAAUAAACAUCUUUAUAAAACCAUAAGCUUCUUUAUUCCACUCUGAAUCUAAAAUAUCAUCACUAUUGGUAUCUAGUUUCAAUUAAUAUUAAUACAGGUACGGUCGGCAGGAGGGAUAGUUACAUACCCUUCCCCCCCCCCCUCGUAGUAUCGUCUAUGAACCUAAUUAAUCUAACCUAUGCAAAAGAAACGCAGAAUAAUGAAUUAAUGAGCGGCAUUUAGUACAAUCUAACAAUGAUGGUAUAACUAGUAUAGUUACGAAAUUAAAAAAACUUAAAUCAUUAGGUGGGUGCAUUAUACAAGUUAUUUAUGUAUACAUACAUUGUAUAAAAAAUAAUAAUACACUUCGUAUUGACAAAAUCGGUUUGGUAUAAAAUGUAAUUUACUAGCACUCGUGAGUAUUAAUGUCUAGUUUAAAUCAACUGGAAAUCAUUCGUUUAUUAUUUUUAAUCAUCAAAUACCUAUGUCGUAUAUGCGUAGGACGUAAUAGGUCGUGAAUUAUACGGCCCGAUGGAGCUAUAAAAACGUGAAAAAAGUGACAGUUAAUUGGAAUUUGAAAAAAAAAAACCUACUAUAUUAAAUUUCUCGUCUGAACCGAGCACGUUUUCCUAAUACAAAAGUUAAUUGUCACGAGAAACAAUUAAUUUCUUUCACCUAAAUAUAUAAAUGAUUAUAUUUGUGUAUAAAUACCCGGCUUUAUCGUUUUUUUAAAUAAAUUAGUAUUAUAAUGAAAACAUUUGAAAAAAAUUACAUUAUAUAAUUAUUAUUAAUUUUGUAUACAGGGUAUUUUUUUUUCUUAUGAUUUGACAAGUGCAAUAACUUUUUAUAAGUAUACAAUAUCUUUAAGGUUAUUUAAAUCAAGGCUUCAAACCGGUUAAAAUCGGUUAUGGUCUUUACCGAUUAUAUUGGACAAUUUACACAAGUGAUUCCCAACGUGGGCGGUACCACCCCCUGUGGACUUUUUAAUUUUGAAGGGGGCUUUUUACUUAAAGAGGCCCUAAGGAGGGCGAUUAUACUGUGAUUUUCGUUAUACAAAUAAUUCGCUGUUAUUAAAAACAAUUAUAUUAUUAUUAAAACAUUAUAAUAGUAAAUUCAUUACUUAUUGCGAUGAAACGUAUAUCUGCAUACAAUAAAAAAAAUUUAAUAAUAUAAUAUAUUAUACACAUUAUAAUAACAACGAAAUGGUAAUAAAAAUACUUUUAUCUUAUCGUAUCGAUGUCGAUAAACUUCGUUUAGUCCCUUUUUACACGGAUAUUUUCGAUAAUUGUACCUAUACUUGCAUUUAUUACAUAAAGUUAUAAUUUAGUGUGGGUGUAUGUUAGUUAUACGUAGACGUAAUUAUAAUAAAAUGUCCGUGAACAAAAUGUAAAGAAAAUAUUUAUUUUUUACUUUAAUUAUAUGGCCGAUUAUAAAAACUAAACGGUAAUUUGUUUUUAAUUUAUUGGGGGAGACGGUGUGAGUUUUUGAAAGUCUAAAAGGGGCGUUGAGUAAAAAAAAGGUUGGGAAACACUGAUUUACAUGAAAGAAAACGAAACCAGAAUUAGUUAUUUUAUUGAACGUAAAACAAAAGGUUUAACCAGAAUUAUUUUUCGUUUCUGAACGAAAAUAAAUAUUUAUUAAAUUUGAAUUUAAAUUAUGAUAAUUAUUUAUUAUAUGUUGGUCACUCAUUUUCUAAUAUGAAAAUUAUUGUGAUAUUUCACCACGAUAAUAAGGUUACAAUUGUCUCCUUUAAUGCUGAUUAAGUCCGCAAGAGAUUGUUGGUUAAUGCAUUUUAUACUUUAAUGAUUGAACAGCCAAGUAUUGUCGUCGGCGUGAUUAUCAAAUAUUUGUUAAACAUUUUUUCAAUACCUCCAUUAUUUCUCUUUUCUUUUAUUUUACAGUUUGUACCUAAAUAAUAAUUGAUACUAUUACAUUUAUGUUGUUUUUAGUGUUAUUUAUUAUUUCAUAUUAAUUUUAAAUGUUUGAAUUAGGUAGUUAUCUCGAACAGUGUCAAUUCCGCGAUUAUUUUUACCUUGUUGUUAGUUGUUUAAUAUGUUUAAAUUUAAACUUUAAAAUUAUAAAAUAAAGUAAACUAAUAGUUGGUUUACAUUUUUUUUUUCAUAUAGUAGUAGAUAAAUAUUAUACACUAUUAUACUUAAUACUUAUAUAGUUAUAUGUUAUGGCAUGUUACUAUAGUAUUGUUUUAAAAAAAAAUUAUUUUAAAAAUAACAAAAUUAACCGGUUUUUUAACCAAAACAAAUAGAAGAAAAACUCAACCCAUUAAUCACAAAAAUAAUUUCGGUUUGAAACGUUCAGAAAAGGUGUUACAUUUGGUACAUCGCUGUAAGAUUUGGUACAACAUUUGUUGUUUGCACAAGAAAUAGAAGGGUAUUUUUCGAUUCAAAUAGUCCGAGCUAGUGACGGCUUGGGUUUCUAGGAGUACCCUAUAUGCAUUUAUUUUUCCCUGUUUAGGUAGCAGUGAAGAAUAAAAUGCAAACAAUGUUUUUCAAAACUCGGGUUUGAAUUUGUGAUCUCUAGGAUGACAACAGGUACGGAUCACCAUUAGAUUGCGAAUAAAAUUUGAUAAAAUUGAGUUAUUUAACAUAACAUAUAAUAUCCGUAUAUCAGAACUUUAAAAAGCUAUAAUUUCGAAACGUCAGUCUGCUCAAUCCUGACUUCACCAUCGUUCUUAAAUCAGCAAUAUAAAUAAUAUGUUCAAAACAAAAAAAUUUAAGAACUAGAUUUGUUUCACAUAAUAUUUUACUCAAACUAUUUUUAUCAAAAUUUGAUAUUAAAAUUCUCUUUUUAAAAAAUAGGACAUUUUACCAAAAAUUAGGACUUUAAAUGAACUUCUUGUUUAAUUUUUAAACAUUUAUUUUUAAUCUAACCAUUUUACCACAGCGUUCCUACCGAAUAAAAAUUACGUUCAAAAUUCGCAAGAUUAAAAUGUCUAUAUAUAGCUCAGAAAUGAUGUCACACGUAAAUAUCGGAGAAAGAUUUUGGUAAACAUUUUUAUCACAGUAAAAAAUAAUAAUAACAAUAUAAAUAUAUAUAAACAAAAUUUGUAAAACGAAUAUAUUCCUCGCUACACUCAGAAUCUAAAAUAGUUAUUUUAGUCAUGUACUAUGAUGUGUGCUUUUUUUUUUUUAAUUUUUUUUUCUGACUGUAAACACUUCUUCGUAAAGAAAUCUUGCGCGAAUGGAUUGAGUAUAGUACUUAUUCUGAAAGUAAAUUUUGUCGAAUUGGUGAAUUAAAGAGUUCAUUUUUUGAUUAUUCAAAGGAUUUUCGAAAUAAUUGAGAGAAACUCGAAAGAAAAUUAUAGGUAAAACGGCAAAGAUUUACGGCGCACCACGAUGUUACCGAUUUCAUGGUUUUUAAUUUUAUUUUUACCAUCUAUUUUUUCUACCAGAAAUAUUUCUCCUAUCAAAAAAUGAUAAUAAAUCUAUUUUGUUACUUUUAACAUAUAGCUACUGACAAAGAGGUUAUUUUUUGAUAACCAAAGUACUUAACGUCAUAACUGGGCAAAACCGAAAAAUUGAAAUUGAUUAAUAUUUACAACGGUCCCGGUUUAAUUAUUUUAAUUUUUGCAAAAACGACGUUUUCUAGCAAAAAUCUUACUCCAAUCAAAAACCGACGAUAUACCUUUUUUGUUGUAUUUUAAAUUUAGUUCGUUUACAAGUAUUUAGUUUUUUGAAUUUUAACAUUCAAUUUUGAAAAACACGUAUAACCAACCUCCGCUCAGAAUUACUUUUUGUUUACAAUGAUUAAUCGUUGCGUACAGUUGUAUAUUAAAUUUCUCUCCCCAUCCUAACUUCCUAACUUCUCACCAGUGGUCAACAACAACAGUGGUCUAUCCAUCGUUGGAAGUACGUAUAUCUAUCUAUUUUACUUUUAAAUUAUAGAUUUUAGAAAUUUUAAAUUGUUAUUAAUAUUAUCAUUUUUUUUUUUUCUUUUAUAUUAGAAAUAUUUAUAGGUAUAACCAUUCUAUUAUAAUGUAAAAAGAGCUGAUAAUAGGGAUGGCCACUAUUGUAGGUGAGAAGUCGAUUCGGUAGGAUACAUAAGGUUAUUUCAUUUAUAUCUCUAAUCAACGAUAAACCAUUGCUUGACGAAAGAUGAGUCCGAGCGCGGUUCGGUUAUACAUAAUUUGAAGUGCCGUAUUUUUUUUUUAAGAUUUUCGUUUGAAAUUGAUUUAAAAACGCUUAUAAAAAAAAUUUUACCACGUCUAGGUAAGUCCAAUAUAAGUGUUAUUGCCAAAUUUUAAGUCUCUGCAUAAAUUUAUAUUCGAAUUACAGCAAAAAACUCCCAAAAAUUAAAAUUAUUUAAAAGCUCAAAAGUAGCUCAAAAAUUUUGGUGAUGAUACCGUAAGAAAUGAAAUCAAAAAAAUCAAAAAAAAGGGCUUGUGAUUUUUCGAUUAGAUCAUUUUUUUUUCUGGUAGAAAACGUCGUUCGUGUUUUUAUAAAAUAACGAAAUCAUGAAAUUGUAUGUUUUCCAACGUUUUUCCCCACUUAAGUGCUUUUAUUUAAAACAAAAAAUGACCUUUUUUUAAUGUACAUUAUAGACGACUUGAUAUUUCAGAAAAGUUGCUACACGUAAAAAUUGGAGCAAGUUUACCAGGAAAAAACUUGUCCACUGACUAGAACAAAGAACAAAGAAAAAAAAAAUAAACGUCUUAGUAAAACCAAUAGUUCCCUCGCUACGCUCGGAAUCUAAAGUACAACAAAUUAAUUCAAGUUUAUAAAGCGUGUUUAUCACGAACUAUUUGUACAGUAUUAUUGUUUUAUACUUUUAAAUUAAUCCACUUUACUCAUAGUCAUAGGUACGAAUACUGAAUUUUGUGUAAUGUUUUUAAAAUAUAAUUAAAAAGUUGAGCUUUUAUAUAUUUCAAGGUAAAUUAUAUUCAUCAACAUGUUGUUGCAAAAAUGUUAUAAUUUUUAACUUUAUAGACAUUAAAGCGUACCUAACUAUCGUAUUUAUUUAAGUGGUCAAAUAUAGUUAAAUAUAUUUCAUGUAUCAUUAGAAUCAUAAUUUCCAAAAUUACACUUAGAUAUAAUAUUUCAUAUUUUUUUUUUUAAAUUAAAAAUGAAAAUUUGAGUUUGUAAAAAAUUUUUUUUUUUAAAACCAAGCCGUUUUAUACAUUUAUUUUUAAACAAAAUGAUGUCAAAAAUAUUUACUAAUGAUGCGUUCAUUUUCGUUCAUGUUCCAAUAAUUUAGGUAAGGUUUUUCAUUAAAAAAUUGAUAAAUCGCUUGAUAUAAUUUAGUAGUGACAAUAAAAACAAUCUUAACCAUCGUAUACUUCAAAAAAUUAUAGGCAAGUAACGACUCGUCAUUAUAAUAUUUAAAACGCUAGAGAUGUUAUACUACAAUAAAUAUAUCUUGGAAAAAUGUUUUAAAUAUUAAAAUUCGUAUGAAAAAAAAACGUCUUAGAAAAAUGGAGACAGGUGUAGUCACUGUUAUAGGUAUUUUAAUGUAUAUUUGUAAGCAACGAUAAACCAUUGCUAACGAAAAAGAUUCUGAGCCCAAUUCAGUUGAUAAUGAUGCUUUGCCAACAAUAUUUAUAUAUCAUAUUAUAGUAAAAUAAUUAAAUAGGCAUUAUUUUUUUAUUUUUUUAAUAAUCUUUGUUUAUAUUUUACCGAUUUUCUUGUUUUUCAUGAUUUUUCCUAUUUCCUAUUUAAUUACGACCCUAGUAAUUAUUACAAAAGAGAUAAACUUGAAAUUAUUCAACAAAAGAAAACGUUGUUGCAUAUGUCAGACCUCUGUGAGUCACUCUGUAUAGUUUAUAAGUAUAAUAAGUAUAUACACGCGAAAUACUAUAAUUCGAAUGGUCCGAAUUUAUAUUCAGAAUAAGUAACUUACAUAAAUCCAAUAAUAUACGUAAGAUUGAUUCAUAUGCACACGUCGUCGUUUUGGUAGUAGGUUUAUUUUUAAUUUUACCUACCUCCACCUAGUGCACGAGUUGGGCGAGGAUGAGGAUGGACGCUAGUUUUCGUUUAAAAACCAUCAUUCCUUAACAAAUGCAUAUAAAGAAUGGAGGGAUGGUCCAUUCCUCCACAAAAUACACACAAAAUAAAUUUAAUUAAAUUCACAAUAGCAAAACUAUAUGUAUAUACGUUUGUGUAGUUUGAAUAGCUAGGUACCGAAAAGUUGACUGCAAACAACUGCAUUUUAUGAAUCUUUGAAUAAAUUGAUAUUAAUUUUAUUUCAACUAUUUUAGUACAUUUAUAUGUUUUAAACAUUUCCAUGAUAAAACCAUAAAAGCAUAUUUUCUACCUACCUGUACUUUUUCUUAUCACUUCAUUAUAUUAAAUUGUAUAAUUGAAAAUGUGAAAUACAAACAGAUACGCUUGCUACGAACGCGUUCCUAGCGUUCCUUUAUUAAUUUUAUUAAAUUAGGAAGCACGCUAAAAAUCGAUGAGACAAUGAACGGGUGGAUUCUGUACGUCCCAGUCUCCUAAUUCCAACAUUUAAAAAUAUAUAACACAAUACAUAGGUAUUAUGCUAACGUCUAACAUGCUAUCGUUGGUAUUUUAUAUUUUGCACAAAACGUUAAAAUAAUUAUUUUUACAAUGAUUUGGAUUGGGUUUUUUUUUAGGUUAACUCUUAUUGGAACAGUAGGCAAAUAUUUUGUGUUGAUAUACAGACUAUCCUACAGUGUUAUUCGUAUGUUUAUAAUUCUGUCAAUACUCAUUUUUUUUUCAAUUAGGUUUUGUGGAAGAGGGAGAUAUAUGUAGAGAAAAAUUAAAUUUGUAUUUUCAUCCUUCAAUUAUGGAAAAAAAAAAAAUUUUUAUUACUUUUCAAAAUUUUCAAAACAGCAAAAUGUAAAAUGUAUUAUUCUAAAAAUUUUAAUUUAUCAUGCAUUGAAAACAACUAAUUUUCAAUAGAAUAACAAGUUACGCGAUAAGGAAUGACAAUAAGCAGAAGAAUUCCUUAUCGUCUAAUGAAUAUUAUUUAUUUUCACGUCUAUAUUCUAUACAUUAAAGUCAUUAUAACUAAACAACUAUUAAUUGGAUAUAAAUAUAUGAUAUAUUAAAAUGUUUAGAACAAUAUAUUUUACAAAUGAUUGUUUUGAAAAUUUUGAAAAGUUGUCAAAUAAAAAGUUAUUUUUUUCAGUGAUCAAGGGAUGAAAAUAAAAAUUUAAUUUUUCUCUACGUGUGCGUCCCCCUUACACAAAACCUCUUUUUUUUAAAAAAAAAUGAAUAUUGUGUUUAUAGCAUGAGGAUAACACUGUAGGACACCCUGUAUAGUAAUAAUAAUAUGAUAAUAUAACAAUUUUCAAUUGCGUAUAGUACUCCGUAAAUAUGGGAAACUAAACCACAAUGUUUAUAAAACAUUGUACAUUGAUCUGGGGUUUUUUUUUUUUAAUUCAAUACACAAGAAAUUUUACAGUAGGUACUUUCAAAAAUUGUAAAUAAAAUCAUUAUUCAUUAAUAACGCCGCUCAAAUUUCAAUUUUUCAAUUAUUAUUUGUUUUGUUUUUUCUUAUUACCCAAUUGAAACCAUAAUUCACCACACCCGGUCCCUGAUAUUGUUCACUUCUUAACUUUAUAAGCCAUAUAAUACAACAUUAAAAUAAGAGUUUUGUAUUCGAAAUAUUAUGUAUCUUUUUUUAGUCAUUUAUAACUACUGCUUUGAAAGUAUGUUCAAGUUAUGUUAAGCUUUCUUAUUAUUGUUAUUUAUGUUCAUAACUUUUUUUUGGUCACGUUUCAAUGCUCGAAAAAUUGACUUAAUUAUUUUUUAAUAGAAAAAAAAAAUGCAAUAUUAUUAUUAGCACAAGUAGAAUAGGUUGAAAGAUUUAAAUCUAAUUUUAGAUUGAGAGUGUGAUAAAAAUGUAUUUUUUUUUUUUUUUGGAAAAUAUUUUUUGGAUUAGUAGAAAUUUGUUCACGCUAUACUGAUUUGUUUUUCUAGGUAAUGCUUCAUUGGUAAUAUGUUUUAAAAUUUCAAAUAAGUUUUCCCGAAAAAAAUUUAUGUAUUUUUGGUCCGAUGGUAUUAUGUUUAAAACAGUUGCUAAUUUCCCUACAGGUUUUAUAAUUUAAUUGAAAAAUUGACAGCAAAAUAUAAUCAGUGUAUGAAAUGUAGAUAAAUGAAAUUUAUUUUGUUGAUUUUUUUGGUUACCUCAUUGGCUACAACGUGAAACAAAAACAGGGAAUAACAAUAAUCUGCUCAUUAUCGAUUUUUGAUUCCAAUAAUUUAUCGAUGAUUUCUGUAUACAAAUUAAAUUACCUGCGCUAUGUCUUUCAAACUUCCCGCGCGCUACAGUGUCAGUGGAUGGUCUGCCCGUAGUGAGGAGUACGUCCGGCUUUUAAAUGAUAUAUCCGUGUUUAAAACGCAUGUUAUUAUAAUUUAUUUUACAGUUAUAUGCAUAUUAUAUACGUAUAUGUCUGUAUGUGUGUGUAAAUCCACAUAUAUAUACAUAUAUGUUUAUGCCUGUAUACCUAUACACUUACACUUACAUACUUUACGCGCAUUAUAAUAUUCUAGAUGAGAAAAUAUUAUAAUGUUUACAUAUUAUAGCGCUGCAGCAAUAUGAAAGUGUACGUUUUAGUGUACAUGCGAUUCUGGCACGGUGAUUUCAAAAUAUUAUGUAACUAAGCCUUUUGCUGCAGCACGGUGUAGUUUAUUCAAUUUAAUUAAUAAGUCAUUUACCUUCCUACCUACAUAACAUAACGCGCGCGCGCGUCCAUACACACACACACUAUUCGAUUAAUUUUAAUUUUAUUUGUGUAUAGAGAUUACAAAAUACAAAUAUGUAAAGGCUGCGGGAAUAAAUGAAUAUAUAAAAUGUUUUAUAAUAUACUAAACGGAAAUAAAAGCACGUUGCGUCGUGCGUGUAGUUGUAUUGAUUAAAAACUUUGUGCAGAGUAAAAGAACUCGGGUAAUUCAUGUAGAUUGUUAUGUUUUUUUUUUUUCGUAUACAUAUAUUUGUUUUUUUUUUUUUAAUAAUAAUACCAAAGGAAAAAAUAAAUAAAAAUAAAUGUUUUCUACAUACCGUUCGACGUUAAUAUUUUAUAGCAAUAAAACAAAAAUAUUAUAAUACCUACGCUACACUGCCACAUUAAAUUCGUACAUUGUAUGUAUAGGUACGAAAAUCCGACAGAAAUAUCGUUGCCGAAAAACAAUAUUCUAAAAAGUUUUGUAUAGUUGAGUCAAUUACAUAAUAAUAUGUAAAAAAUAAAUUCAUAUAUCUACUUAUGUAUACCUAGGUAGCAAUAAAAAUUUCUAUUCAACGUUUUUAGAUUAAAAAAAAAAAUCUUCUGCGAGGUACGUAAGUGGCCUCUAGUCUGGAGACUGUAGGACCAUCCCAUGUAAACCAUGCCUAUUUGUUGCUCAUAUUUUACAAUCCAAUCUUCCUCCUAGUUUUUAUAAAUCUUUCUUACCUUCCCAUCUUGUUCACUCCCGUCUACACGGGAGUCUCUGUUCAAUUUGUAUCUAUUCAAACACUGUUCGAAGUAAUGAUUUUUUCAGCGAUGUUUAGUUUGGUUACAUAAUGGUACAUGAUCACAUGAUACACACACGCGACAUAUUUACUCUACCUCGACAUUUUUUGGUUUGAAAAUAAAACAUUUCGCAAAGUUUCCCGUGUUUCCCAUUUAUUAUGAAAACCUCUGGGAAAAUCAAAAAAGGUGCUGCGCUUGAAAAUGAGAGUAUAAUUUUUGGUAAAAAAAGUUGUUUACAAAAUAAAAUAAAAAAAUAAACAUCAUUAUAAAACCAAUACAUUCUACGCUCAGCUCAGAAUCUAAAAUGCGAGUUUGUUAGUUUCCUGACCACCUUUGACACGAGCGAUCCUGUUAACUGUCACCUCACAGGUCAAACAAUUUUUAACAACUUUUAGUAACUAACAAACCAAACAAGUCGUCUUUAACCUUAUUUAUAUAAAUACCCCUAACACUGCUACAGAAAAAUGUGUAAGGCAUUUAGAUAUAAUGAACCGAAACCUCUUCUUCGGAUAUAUUAUAUCGAAUAAUUGGUGGUCGCUCGAUCACGUUUUCUUUGCGUUCGACCAUGGUACUUUGGAGACAAAACUCAUUAGUUUUGUUUAUUUAUUAUUAUUUAGAGGCCUCGUCAUGACUAUUAUUUAAGGGAAUAUAAUCUAGUUUAUUUCUUAUCUAUAUUUUCAAGUUUAGAAUAAAAUAAGAGUACAUUUGUUCAACGUUUUCCGUACGAUCUAUAGCACUCGUACAGAUAAUUCGAAAUCUUUAUUCUAGAAUUAAAAUCGGACAACGCAAAUCAACUUAAAUUUCGUCAAAUCUUUAGGGCUUUUGAGGUAAAGCUGACGGCAAUAUUGAGGCCCGUUAUGUAAUGUUCCGAAGACACCCGACGAGUAAAUUAACUAAAUUAAUCUCUUCGCCAUUGGCAUCAAUACACUUUUAUUACAGCCAAGUGCGUUACAUUUUCACCGCGUGUUGUUUCACUGUGUAACAGCUAGAAUCAAUUUAGUUAGUUAAUAGUUUCAAUAACGCCGUCUUAUUUCCUCGACCAAAAAUACACGAACAAACCGUUGUGGUUCAGAAAUCUUUUGACAAGAUCGAUUAUUAUGUAUUAUAACAUUUUGAAGUUUAAACACCGCAGUAACCAUUUAACCGUAAACACGUAUUCCCUUUCUGUGCUCGGUUAUCGUGUCUGUAUAGCGCGUUAUGGAUACAUGAAAUAACAUGAAUAAUUAGUAUACUAGUAUGUCGGUGGUAUACCUAUAUCGUUCCCCUUGCACAUCGGCCUCUUCAAUAUAAUAUUGUAGUCGGGUCGGUGAUGUUUCAUUACGACGCAAAAUCCAUUUUUCCACUUUGAUACUCUCGACCGACGGGUUUCGUGAAAUUCUGCACAUUUAAUAUCCUUUUAAAUUGCAUAUCGGUUUUGCAAUAACUAUGCCUACGAUACAGAUGUCCAUAUUAUUGUGUAACAUACUAUUAUGUGCUUGCUUCAUUUGAAUUUCUAAUGUUGCGUGUUAGCACGAUUUAGAUCGGAAUACUUGGUCCGAUCAAUAACUUCGUAGCGUAAUGCAAUUUCCACUGAAUACUUAAAUAUGUAAGCAUAUUUUCCAGACGUGGUACGGAAAUGGUUCCAUAAUAUUUGUGGGCUCUUUUUGAAUUAUUUUUAUAUAUUAAUGAAAUGAUAAUGUGUUUACGUAUAAAUUCUCGGCCAUUUGGUACAAGGAGAUUACCAUACGUUGUUUUUGCUAAAGGUGUUAACGUCACAUCAACUGUAACUAUUAAUAUGAUAAUGUGUUGUUUAUACUACAUGCAUCGUCCCUAAGUGGUGGCGAUAGUUCAUAGUAAUAAAUCGAAUCAAUGUUAUUCAAAAUAAUUAUUGUCAAACUAAUAGGUGUACCGAUAAUAUUAAACACGGCUACAAGCUGUGCAUAUAGAGGGCGCCAUACGCGAAUUCGAAACGGAAACGUAUGGUUUUCGUUAGUCUCAGCACGCGAGCGUAAAACCGUUCGAAGUAAUAAUCCCGUUGUCGUUGUUUCAGAUGUCUUAACAACGAUGCCAAUGGCGGCAAUAUGAGACCCUUACCGCCGGGUCAGGAUGGAGUCGACUACUGUAAAAUCCGCAGAGAGCGAAACCACCACCACCACCACCACCACAACGGCGGCAGCGGUGGGGGCACACUCCGCCGGUCGUCGGCAUCGUCGGCGGGUUUACUGGAACCGCCGUCAUCCGCCGAACGGUACCAUCACGGCACCAUCGAGGGCCAUUACCGGGUCCACGACCUGGCGCUCGACCGGUACGUCCCACCGCCGUCGCCCGAACGGUACUCAUCGUCCGGCUCGUCAGCCACGGGCCGCCCGUACCACCAACAGCACCAUCAACACCACCACCACCAACACCACCAUCAGCAACAGCACCACCAUCAGCAACAACAACAGCAACACCACCUACUGCAGCCGCCGGACGACCGUUACGUCGCGACGGGAGGCGGUGGCACUGGCGGCGGCUCAUCGUCCGGCCGCAACCACUAUCUGCCGGUGUCUCAGACCACGACUUCUGAAAACUUUAUGUCACCGCCGUCGCCGGUGGCCGAACGGUUCGACUAUGCCGCCCGUCACCACGACAGUUACGGCACCGCUACCGCCGCCGCCGCCAAACGAAACGAAUCCGUUUAUUCGAGGUAAGUGCACGUGCGCGCGCGGCGCAAAAUCGAUAUAAUACUCGCGCACAGUGUGCGUGGGCGUUAUAUUCUGUGGCGUCCGCUGUGGUCGCGGCAGUGUGGGCGAAACGUUUCUAAUUUCUGCGAGAGUUUAAAAUCGCUCCGUAUUUGUUUGUCGUCUGCAACGUACGUUGGACAGAAUAGCGCACGGUAAAAAACCGAUACCGCCGAGACGGUUUACAUUUGACCGACAAAGUCUAGGAAUAAUAUUAUGUCAAAUAAAUUUACGAAUUUUCUUCUUCUUCCCCUUUGUUUUUUUUCCCCGACUGUUUUUAGGGAUCGGCGACCAUUCAGUGACAGGCGUGACAGGGUGUUUCGUGAGGCGACGACCCCGUGACCGAUUGAACGUUGGUACCCCCCUCCCUCCUCCCGGCUAAAAAUAUGAACUAUUGUCAACUGAUACUUGACACUUAAUGCCGCGUUGUUUAAAUAAAGAUUUCUGGUUGUUAAUAUAAAGUAUUUAUAAAUGUGUAUUAUUUAUAUUGAGUUAAUGUGCUUUACGUGUAUUUCGCUUGUAUUCACUUUAACUUUCGUGUAUUGAAUAUUUAGUGUGGAGGUAACCAGCAAAUAUUUCAGUAAACAAUAUUUUUUUUUUUUAUGAAGAAGAUAAAAUAAAAUCGAUUAUUUAUCAAUUGUAAAAAUUAAUUUUUUUUUAAACGAAUCUCACAAAGUAAAUGUCGCAUGUUUUGCUGCGCGGCUCGGUAUUUUGAUCAUUAGCCCAGUGUUCUCCCUUGUAUUGACGGAUAGCCAAAUAAAAAAAAAAAAAAGGCAUAAUGUAUUAUUAAAAUAUAUGAAGUGCCCAGUUUCAAUAAUUGUUAAUAUUCAUAAAAUAUAAAAUCCCCGUGACUUUAAUAAGCCCCCACUUUUCGCCCGUCCUGCAAACGAUACGCCGCCAUCGACGAGCCGCCUAAUAUCCGAUCCAUACGAGCUACGACUUGUGAGUGGCGGGUUUGUUCCUAAUGAUGAAGCACGCAAUUUUUCAGUUGAGACCCUUCUAUAAAAAUUGUCACCUUUAAAAGCUUACGAGUCUUCGAAAUCACCGAGCUAUUCUCCCAUCACCACUGUUACCCCUUACAAAUUCAUUUCUUGUUCUGUUUUCAUCUGUUUAUCGCGAAAAACUCCCGUCUUACUCCCCGGUCUUAUUCCGUCCACUUUAUUCUCCAAUACACCGAAUUCUACUAGCCACGUCCUCUGCGAAUCCUCCGUUCAGUUUCUCUAGCUGGCUGGACCUUAAUAUUUUGUAUGUUUGGAAAAUGUUUACCUUUAUUUUUCGCCGCGAAGUCGGCGACGUUGCAACGUUUUAACAUACACAAAUAAGUCAUAUUGUUAUCUGCUGGCCAUUCUACAGCGAUUUUGUAUGUUCAUUAGUAGCUUGUAUAUAAUAUACACUGAGCUUUGUCGCAAAUUAAGAAAUUCAUACGCCAUUAAUAAUUCCGUAUAUGUUAACGUUGCUCUAACUUUUGUUUUCUAAUUAGUUAUUCUACAAUUAUUUUCAAUGUACCGUCACAUUGGUUGUUUUCGACUAUAUCUACCGCUAUGGCGAGACCUUAAAAUAUUAGAACCCAAGAGAUUAGGACUAUAUCUACGCGCAUUAACCUACUGUUUUAAAUUUACCAUUGUUUCGCUCUACUCGACUAUUAUAAUUUGUUCAAAUCUCAUUGUUCUAUAUUUUGAUUAUAAAAUAAUAUUGUUGAAUAAUAAUAUUAUUGUUGAUUGUUUUCCAUUUACCACUCAUCUCUCCCUUCUCUCCCUUCCUUUUUGUUUUUUUUUUUUUUUUUUGAACGUAAAAUAUAUUUGGGACGGUUUUAGGGUAUUGCAAUUUGCAGGGUUUUUCGAAAUCAAAAAUGCCACAUGAAAUUAUUAUCAUCGUUCGAUUUAAAUAAUAUAACCGCGACUAAUAACUAUACAGGAGUGUUGACUGUGCGGAUAUUGAACUGGUGCCAAAAUUUCAUACCUUUACGAUUAUUUUCAUUAAAUACCGGUAUAUAGGAAAUAAAUAUCCUCAAAUCUAGCAUAAUAGCACAUUAUUAUAGCGAAUAAUAAAACGUACUUCGAGUGCUUACGAUAUCGAAAUUUACAUAAUAUUAUACGAGCAGACCCGUUCAGGAAUAUUGUGUGGCCCGGGGCGGAAUCAUGUAAGUGGCCCCUUUUUUAUACACCUACUCAAUCAUUUUUUGCUUCAAUCGCCUUACGGCGCUGGACUCCUUUAAUCUUCGGGGGGCCCGGGUCAAUUUUUACCCAAACACCCCCUAUGAAUGAAUCUGAUUAUAGGUACAACACCGCGGUAACCGCUUUUUCCAAGCGCUUUCUCGCUGUACCGUUAAUGGCAUAAGGCAUAACCAAAGCCGAAUUAACGGUCCACAGUAGGACCCUAGAGGCCGAACUUAAAGAACUAAAAAAUGGCCUCUUUCUUUUUUUUUUUUAAUUUUUGUACUGUAAUUAUUUUUAACGAAUAUCCUAAAUGUAUAUACGUACAUAAAUGCAGAUGACAUGCAAGUGAGUCCAUUGGGACCCAUCUUACAUCCUGUGAGCUCAGCGGACAUAUACUCGGUUCCCUUUAAUCCGGGCUUAGGGGAUAAUGGUACAACUUUAGUGGCGUCCUCAGCGUUUGAAUAUAAAAAGGGAUAUAUGAGGGAGGGAGAGGGAUCUAAAUAUAAUGAGUUAUAGGUACAAAACCAUUAAAUAUAUUUGCAGGUAUAAACAUUGGUACAGUUCAUAGUAUCUACUCCUUCAAACAGUAACUGUAUUUGUUAUUACACAAAAUAAUAUGUCAUAAUAAAAUUUAAAUACGACUGACAUACUUUGCACAUGGGUGCAGCCACUGUUGUAAGUGGGAAGAUGGGAAGAUAGGAUACAGACGGAAAUUUAUUGUACAUCUGUAAGCAACAAUAAGGAAGAACGAUUUUGAGCAGAGUUCAGUUGAUAGUGAUGCUUUGUCAACAAUCUAAAUAUAUCAUAAUAUGGUAAAAUGAUUACAAUAUUGUGCGUUUCCAUGACAACAAUGAUUAUUUAAAAAAGUCUAAAAUAAUAAAAACUUAAUAAUAACAAAAAAUAAAUAAAAAUAGUUGCUAAUGACAACAUUAUUUUUAAUCUUUCAAUCUUUUUUUAACCGGAGUAAUCUUGCUUACUCCGAUUAUCUAUGUAAAAAAAUAAACAUCAUUAAACCCAAUACAUCCCUCGCUCCGCUCACAAUCUAAAAAAAAAAAAAAAAAUAAUAAUAAUAAAAUAAUAAGUGAAUAAGUAAUAGUUUCGUAUUUGAAUAUUGUUUUUCCAAAUAAUAAUAAUAAUAAUAAUAAAAAACAAUAAUUACAGGAAACUUAGAAAGCAUAAAUUAAUUAUUAAAAAAAAAAAAAUGCCAAGGGGAGAUAUGACACCCUCCUCCUCCCCGUAAACACGCUCGCGUACGACAUUAUGAAUUACAUAUGUAUAUAUAGUAUACAGGCAGGUAAAACAUCAGUUAAACCGACGCACGUUCAGUUAUGAAACGAAAAUAUUAGUUUGAUUGCCAUAAAAGUCAAUCGGUUGAUAUUUCAUUCUUUCUCUCUCUCUCUCUCUCUCUCUCUCUCUCUAUCUCUCUCUCUCUCAUAUUGAUUUACAAAAGACCCACCGAUACUCUUUAAUAAUAGACCCAGGAAUAUAACUUAACGUUAUAUUGUAUACAUUGUACAGGCACUACCGUAAGGCUAGUUAUUAAUCGAGUAUCGUAACAUCCGUAACCUACAUUACAAUAUAAGUUACGCAUUAAACUUGUCCGUACGUUGACAAAAGGUUUGAAAAAAAAAAAAAAAAAAAAUUCACAAUACCGUAUAAAAUAAGCUAAAGUAGCUGCAGAAUAUAAAGUUCGUUGUACAUUAUAAUAUUUUUAUCCGAUAAAAAAAAAAAAAAAAGUAAUAAUAAUUUUUCUUUGGUAUAUUAUAGGUACUUACCUAUAUAUUUUUUCGAGUCGGCUAAAUUCCUUUAAAGCUUUUAUGAAAAUAAACACGCGCCCGUACCCCAUGCACGCAAAUUAUAUGUACUGGGCGGUAUAUCUUAUGCGCGAAACCGACGUUUAUUUUCGAGUAUAACCAAUUUUCUUUUAAACUUUUUUAAAUAUAUAAAAUUAUUUAGACUCUACCUGCAGUACACUACUAUAAUUUUAUGCGCGGCCAUUUCCGUGCACUGCUCGCGCGGGCAUUCGUGUUUCCACGAAUAUAAAAAUAGUUCAGGUACACCUAUACGUACAUCUAUGCAUAAAGGGAGUCGCCCGCGGAUGUUUAUCAGUUUAAACAACACCCUGUAGAGAAAAAUAUUUACUAGGUGUGUUCUAAAUUUUCUUUUAACAAGGCCACGAAAACAAAACAAAAUAAAUCAUGUUGUUACGUUUGGUGACGGAUUUUCGACAUUUUCUGGAAAUAGGAACAAUAUUAUGUAGUAUUUUUCUAUGAAUAUAAUAUGAUGUGUUUUUUCUAGAAAAAUUUUUUUCGGCCACUAAAUUAAUUUAAUUUAAUAUAGUACAUACAUGAUAUACAGGGUGUUCCAUGAAAAUUCGACAAAUGCAAUAACUUUUGUGCUGUUCAAUAUAUUUCAAAAUAGAAUUUUGGAUUUAACAUAUAUUUACUAAUGACGAACCGUUAAGUUUCUGCAGUUUUUCGAAAUUUACAAAAAUAAUGUCAAUCGAAUCGCCAAUUUGUCCAUGAAAAAUAAUUUUGUUAAUGGCUUUUGCAAAAUUUCAAAAAAAUGCAGAAACUUAACGGUUCGUCAUUAAUAAAUAUUUGUUAAAUUCGAAAUUAUGUGUUAAAAUACUUAUAUAUUUAUGCAGUUUCAUUUUUAUAUUUAAUAUACAAGCCUAUAUGUGUAACUCAGGCUUAAGUAACUAUUACAAAAUAAUAAUAAUAAUAACAAAUAUUGAACAGAACAAAAUGCCAUAACAUUUGUCGAAUCUUCAUGAAACACCUUGUAUAAUAAAUAUUAUGAUUCACUACAAUUAUUUUGGACAAAUAAUAUAUUAAUAUAGUAUUUAUUAUCAAUAGUUUACCCUUGAAUAAUUUGUGUUUAACAAUGUCACACCAAAAACACUUCAUAAUAACUCCGUGUACAAAAAGCUAAGUUUAAAAAAAAAAUCAUGUAGUGGCAUAACAUUUAGUAAUGAUUUAACCUUUAAAUGACGUGAUAUAAUAUGGAAACUUAGUAAAAUGCCAUUUUGUAAUAUCACAAAUAUCUAUAACGACAAAUAAGAUAAAUUGUAAAGUUAAACAUUUAGUUAACAUAUUGCUUACUUUGCAAGACCUUUAAGUAAAUUUAACCAUUACCCACUUUAAACAUUUCUUAGUUUGAACUGUUAGGUUUAUAUUUAGAGUUCGAUUUAUUUAGGUUUCGAGUUCAAAAUUCAUCUACAGGUUUAACAAAGUCAAAUAACAUCGUGAAUUUUUUUUACACAUUUGUGGUUUAUAAACUUUUAUCGAUUGUUUAUAAAUUAUUAAUUUAUUUACGAAAUUUAUUAUGGUGGUUAUUUAUUUGUCUUUACUUACACGUUUUGCCAAGUAAACAAUAUGUUGACUAAGUGUUCUCAGCGGUUCUCAAACUGUACUCUGCGGAACCUCAGGACUCCACGUGAGUAUUCUAGGGACCCCGUUGACUCCGUGGGCACAUCUGUAUUAAUUAAAUUCAAAUUUUCAUUACAUUUCUUAGUUUCGCGAAUUAACGAACUAACAAAAAAAUGUAGUAAUAGUCAUUGCAUUCUUCAUCGUCAAGCACUCGAUAGGUAUUAAGAAGAUGUCAAUAUCUCUUAAAAAUUUCCCUUGAUGAGGCAGUGAGUGAAGAUUGUAAAUUUCGUAAAAUCUCGACCAUUGAAAACUAGACUGUUCACAAUUUUAUGUGAAGAUAUGGGAAGUAUUCAUAAAUCACUACUUUAACAUACCGAAGUAAAAUGGCUUUCUCGAAGAAAAACACUUGUACGCUUACUUGAAUUGAGCAAUGAAUUGUACGUUUUUUCACCGAACACCCAUUUAAUUUAAAAAUAAAUUUAGACUUAUUUAUUUCGACUUAGUUACUUGGCUGAUAUUUUCACAAAAUUCAAUUAAGUCACUUUAUCAAUACAAGAUAAAAAAAAACACAGUUUUCACGGCAAUUGACAAAAUCCGAGCUUUAAAAAAAAUAAUUAAAUUUUUGGCUGUGUGUUUUUCUCAACAUAAAAUUGAUAGUUUUUCUUUGUUAUAAAAAUAUUUAGAAUCGAUUGAUGGUCAUAUUGAAGAAAUUGAUGAAAUAUAUGAUGAAAUUGAACAACAUUUAAAUGAAAUACUAUCGUGAUUAUAGAAAAAGAUUUUCCUGAGAGUAAAAAUAUAGAAUUUAUCCAACGAUAUAAUUGGGUUAAAAAUUAAUUUUUAGUUAACGAUAAGCCCGAAGACUUAUCUAUAACGGAAUAUGAAGAAUUUAUUUAAAUAACCACCGAUUCAUCGUUAAACACUCUUUUGAUAAAGUGUUUAGUGCAGUAUCGGUAUUUCUCAUUAAACACUACAACAGUACCUACACAACUAUUAUUGAACUACCCAGUCAUUCAAUAUUGUCCUAGCAUCCUUUUAUUCCUAAUGGACUGAAUGCUUGAAAACAAUAUUAAUAAACACAAUGCUAUAGCGUUUGUAGUGAUUUCUCACUACCAAGCGCUUUAUUUAUUUAACACGACGUAUCCACGAGUCUGCAGCAGGACCGGUGGUGUAGCUCGGGGAUAAAAUUGGUGGUGUGUAUUUAAUCGCAUAGAAAAUAUUAUAAACAAGUCGGUAGUCUCAGAGAUAAGGAUAAUUUCACCCGAUGAACAAAUUUAGUAAACACAAAGCAAUAAUAAAAUACCUAAAUCCAAUAAUAAUGUUAUUAUUAUUAAAUUUGGUCGUUCCUUCUGCAUAAUAAAUUUUAACAUUUUCUUUAUUAGAAAAGAUAGUCGAUACUGGGAUUGGUGCAGCCACUGUUGUAGGUGAGAAGUUGGAAAGGUAGGAUACAUAAGGUUAUUUAAUUUAUAUCUGUAAGCAACGGUAAACCAUUGGUGACAAAGAACGAUUCGGAGCAUAUAUUCUGUUAUACACAUUUUGAAGCGCCAACAUUAUUUUCCGCCAUUUCCCGCUUCUUAUGAAAAAACUACUUAAAAAAUCAAAAAUCAACUUGCGCCAUAAGAAACAAAAACCAAAAUACAACAAAAAAGGUUUCCUUAAUUUCUUGUCAUUUUUCCAUUAGAACACUAUUUCUGGUAGCAAACGUCGUCCAUAUUAUUUAAAUUAAUGAAAUCGUAAAACGUAAAAACCCGUAUGUUUUUUCCCGGUCAAACGCUAUUAUUAAGAAAACAACGUCGAAAAUCAAAAAAAAAAUGUCCUCUUUGAAGUAGUAACACUAACUAGACAACUAGACUUUUCAAAAAAGUUGUUAUACGUAGAGAAUGGAGUAAAUUUACUAGGAGAAAACGUGUACACGGACCAAAAAGAAAAAGAAAAAAUAAAAAGUAAACAUCAUUGUAAAACCAAUAAAGCUACACUCAGAAUCUAUAAGUGUCUUAUUUAAACAUCGGUCAUGCAAUGAGCUCUAAUCGAAUGUGCUAAUUUGCUAUCAUCGUUAUUAUUAUUAUUAUUAUUAUUAUUAUUAUGACUAAUUGACUACACUUUUUAGAUUCAGAGCAUAGCGGGGAAUAUAUUGGUUUUACAAUGAUGUUUAUUUUUUUUCUUUCUUUUGGUUUGUUUACACGUUUGUUUCCAGUAAACUCGCUCAAAAUCAUAAACCUUUUUCUGAAAGGUAUAGUUGUCUAGUUCGUACUUUAUAGAGAUUAUGUUUUGAUUUUCAACGAUGUUUUCGAAAUAAUAGCGCUGAAGUGUGAAAAAACGUAGAAAAAUCGUAUAAUUUCCCGAUUUUAUUAUUUUAAAUAAACACAGACGUUUUCUACCAGAAAGUGCUUUAUUCGAAAAAUGACUCGAGACUUUUCUUGUUGCAUAUUUAAUCUUGUUUUUUAUAGUAAAGUUCGUUUUUAAAUUAUCGAAGCAUUUUUUAUAAUAAUUAGAAAAAACGUACAAUAAUUUCACACAGUAUAUUUGUUCAAUUUUGCUUUAAAAAUACAAUACUAUUAACCGAGCUCCGCUCAGAAUCGUCUCUCGUCAGCAAUGGUUUAUCAUUUCUUACAAUUAUAAAUUAAAUAAACUUAUGUAUCCUACCUUCACAACUGUCCAUCUACAAUAAUGUCUACACCCAUCCAUGUAUCGGACCGUCAUUUUUUCUUACAAUUAUUCAAAAUCACCAACUUAAUGAAAAUAAAAAGGGGUGUAGCACUACUGGACACCUAUAAUAACAUCCCAAAGUUUCAUUCAAUUCGGAAUUUUUCCAAGGUACCUCUCCCCCCCCCUCACUCUUUGACUGGACUAACAGACAAUAUUAUAAAAUUCAUGAAACGAGUAAUAUAAAAUAAUACAAUAAAGACGAAAAGAAAUGUUUACCAUACAGCAACAUAUUGUAUAAUUAUUACGCUUGUCUUCGUCGUCAAUACGAUUAAAAACAUCAUAUCACGGUCACAAGCAAGUAGCCGUUAGCCGGAUUUCCCCGACCGCCGUCGACCUUUAUGAUUACAAUAUUGGGAUUUACGAAUUUAUUGAAUUUUAUGCUGUAAUAAUAAUCAUAUCGCCAUCUAUCGGGAGUUUUAUUUUACGCAAUCGUAAAACGGGUCAGUGAGCAAUCCAUAGUGUUUAUAAUCAAUGGUAAUACUAGCGAAUAUCAAUCUCUGGCUAAAAAAACUUCCUUUUGCAACAACAUAUCUGUGUGAAAUCGGAUUUUCAUCAUUUGCAUCAGCGAAAACAAAAUAAUGCAAUAAAUUAAACGCUGCGCAUCCAACUUUCGUCUAUCAAGCCAAAUAUUAAAAUAUUGGGCAAUGGAAAUAGCCAACAUCACGGAUCACAUUAAAAUCAUUAAAUAUUAAAAUUUAUAAAUAACUAAAAUAAUAUGUUCUUUUUUUUCCUAUUAAAUUUUUUUUUUUCUAAAUUUCUUAAGGAUAUUUUUUUUAUUUAAACGAUAAAAGAAUCUUUAUAAAUAUAAAUCAAUAGAAGUAUUUACACAUACAAUGCAAUAUAUAUAUAUACACAAAACUUGUGUGGGGUUUUACUUCCAGUGAAGCAGCCCCAUUCUUAAUCUAAUAAUUAGACUAAGUCAAAUGGCUUCAAUCGUUUGAGUCGUCUGAUGUCCUGCGAGUUGUCGAGGAGUUGUAUGGCAGCCGUAUUUGUGUGAAGCUCCAGUUUUCUUGAAUGUUUGCAAACCGGGUAAUUUCAUCCUGCACGGAUAACAUUUUCAAAUCGCGGUGGAUGAUGUCGUUCUUAUCAUACUAAUAUGCUGUGACAAUGGUACGAAGAGCGAUGCUCUGGCAUCGUUGUAUUACUGUCACAACCCCACAGUUGAAUACCAUAAAUCCAAAUCGGUUUAACAAUCGAUACAUACAAGAGACGUUCGCUGGUUAUGUCUAGCUCGGAGUAUCGUCCAACUAGCUAGUACAGUUUUUGCAUUUUUUGUUUGAUUUGCAACUUUUUCUGGCGUACAAGAAUGUGAGAAUCGUGAGUCAAGGUGAAUUCCCAGAUAUUACGCUAAAUUAUUUUGCGAAAUUAUCUGCUGAUUUAGAGUGACUGGAAUGUCUGUGGUUUUACGUAAGAUAUAGUUAACGUGCACCGGACUUAUCUCCAUUAAUUUUUAUUUUCCUAUUAAAUUUAUUUAUUUAUUUUAUACACAUUCGUAUUUUAAAGAAAAGAAAAAUUAAAAAGCAAAUCAUUUAGGAUUUACGUAAUUUUGUAGGAAUUAUUGUUGUCUCAAAUAGACAUUCCUGAUUUUUGGGGUUCCGUAAAUUUGUUUAGGAACAUAAGGGCUCCGCGAACAAAAAAAUCUAAGAACCUCUGGAUAAAUGUAAUGUCACUACGUGAUUUUUUUUUUUUUUUUCUAUACUUAGCUCGCGCCACUUACGUUCCGCUGGAUAUGCAUUUGUUUUCAACCAACGACACGAAAGAAUUAAUGUAAAUAAAUAUAUAAAUAAAAAAUGUAUGUAUAAAAAUAAAAUUAAUUAAUGCAUGCGUCGCCUGGAGUAUUACGAUGAGCGUAUUAUAUGGUCGGUCUCGAAUUAAAAAUUCAUCAUCAGGUACAUCACAGUCAAAAUGCAAAACGUAAAUGUCAUAACAUUAAUAAUGUUUUGCAUUUUGACUGUGAUACACCUGAUGAUGAAUUUUUAAUCCGAAACCGGUUGUAUAAUAACUCCAGGCGACGCAUUCAUUAAUUAAUUAAUCUUAUUUUUAUGCACAAAUACAAAAUUGAUAUAUUUAUUUACUAUGUUUACUUAAUUUUUAUUUAUUUACGAGUAUUGAACAUUCUAAUAAUUUUGUUUUUACUUUAUUGUUUGACAGAAAAAAAAAAAAAAAAACUUCGCGCGAAUUGCAAUAAUGUUGUUAUUGAUAUCUACGGAACGAUAACUAGGUAUUUAUUUUACAGAUACCAUUUACCAGCCGAGAGGUUUGUUCCUAUCGUUUCACCCGACGACGGCUACGACGGCCAUUACGAUCGGUGCGACGACGUGUACAGCUCCCGGAAGGAGGCGGCCGCGUUGUACUCGAGGGCUUCGGCGAUCGUGGAUGCAAUGCCCUCCUCGGCAGCGGCGCUGUCCAGGGCGUACGCGACGGCUACCAUGCGGCCGUCGAACAGGUGCUGUACCGGACGAUUAUACAGUACUGGCGACGAGGACGGUGGAAGCGCCGGCGGUGGCGGUGGAUGCGGAUACCAGUAUAACACCGUUGGCCGAUCACGUUCACCCAGAGACCUGUCGCCGGGCGGACUUGUCCGCCAGCAGAUGGCCGCAACCAUUUCUGCCAGCCAUUUGUCGUCGACCACAGAUUCGCCGCCCAAGGUCGUAUCCUCAAUGUCUCUGCUCCAGUACGACUCUCGACUCUACGACGAUAGAAAUAUCCACCGGAGUGGGAGCGCGAGUAAUGUUCACGCCGCUCUUUUGGGGGGCGGAUUCGCCGUGCGAGAUGGUUAUGCAAUGCGCUAUGUCGAUAGCAACGGUGUUAACAAUAUUUCUGGGGAUAGCGAAGAUAGUGGUGGUGUUGACGGAUCAAGCAUUAGCGUAUGUGGAAAAGGGAGUGGUGGCGGUAGUGUCGUAGGACACUCUGCACCGCGCCGCAUUUCGUCUUCGUGCAUCAGGGAGAGUACGGCGCUCGUGUGCUGUUCCACGGCCGCGUAUUCCAGUCACGCCGUGCUGGCUGAUAUCAAAAACGUGGCGACAACGAUCACGUCGACCGCGGCGGCGACGGCCGCGUCGACCACGUCAGCCAUCGCCGCUGCCGCCGCCGCCGCAGCAGCAGCAGGAGCAGCCACGCCGUCAGCCAGCACCCACAACACUUCCGCGGGCAGUAACUACUCCUCGUCUGGCCAAAACUCCCUCCCAGUCCAACCCAACAACGUUUCUUGGUGAGUACAUUGACCUCUGUAUACUGUAUGCAUCUUUUAAUUCACAAGUUCAGUUAGAUUAGAUUAGACCGACGGAUUAUACCAAAAGCCCGGGCACACGGGAAGUUACCCGGGAAGUUAAAAUCCGCACACGUUUGCAUGCUGUACAAUGGCGUAUUUUGGGCUUUUUUUUUGAAGGGGGGGGGGUUGUCCUGACUCCUGGCAGUAAUUUUUCUCCCCAAAUAUUAACAUAGCUUCAUCACGAAUUCAUACCUGAUUAUAAUACACCUUAAAACCGUUUAAGUGGUAAUUUUCUUGUAAAAAAAUCUCGGGAUCGCUACUUAAAUGUAUUACUACAUAAUAAUAUUUUGACAGGAAUAAAGUGUAAACGAUUUGACUAAAUAAAUUAAAACCGAUUUAACACUUAAAUUUACUGAGUAAUUUCCCAUAUCAGUUUAAUUAAUUUUGUAUAUUCGUAUUGAUAGAAAUGUUCAAAACAGUUUUAAAAUAUUUCGCCAUUUGUCAACAAUAUUUUGCGAUACUUCAAUAAUGAAUAGAACUAGAAAAAAUAUUUGGGGGUUGACCCCAGGGCACCCCCCCCCCCUCUCCCACCUAAAUAUGCCACUGACCCUAAAGUUUUCGCAUUUAGAUAAAACUAAAAUAGCAAAUGUUCAUCACAUUAGAGACGUUAAUUAUAUAUUGUCAUCGUGUGUGCAAUUAUAAAGAACAAUUAUUAAUCCGUUAUCCUCCCGAAUCCCAGUGUUUCCUAUCAUUACAAAUUGAUUGAUAUCAUGCCCUUUUCUUUUACUUGUAAAUAAACCUAUUCUCAGGCCAGAUUUUUCAGUUUCUCCUUCCUCCCAUUGUUAAAAAUUCAAAAUUCGCAUAUGAUUAACACACACACGUUCAUAAGUUCGUUAGAUUUUAGAUUCUUACCGCAGUGAGGAUUGUAUUGGUUUUACUAUAUACGUUUUUUUUUCUUUUUACCUGUGAUCAACUUUUCCACCCGAAAUCUUCUUCUUUUUAAAACAGAUUUUGUUUAGCUAGUAGCAUUAAUGCAUUAUAAUCAUUCUUUAAUUUCCUUUUAAUUUAUCAAGAUAAUUGGGAAAAAAUAUAGGAUAAAAGAAAAAAUAUACGCAAUUUUUGGUAGAUCUUUGUUAUUCGGUGGUAAAUUCUCCCAAUAAUAUGGUAAACUCUCUCUGGUAUACUUUAAUACCCUUCCAAAUGCGUAAGUUCCAUACUUAUUAAAGUUUUGAACGCAACUAUUCUAAUAUUUACAUAUUUCCGUGAUUUUAGUCAUGGUUUUGUACUUGUGAGCAAUCCAUUGAUAGUUGGCCGUCAGUUGUCUGAUUCGAUUUUAUUUAUUUCCCAGAUAAAAGCAAAUGAUCUUCUGUUUAAGAAGCUAUUCCCAAAAGAUUGUAGAACUUAUCGGUGUGUGCAUUUUAAGCAGCCGACAAUCAGGUGACAAGUCUCGUUGAGUGUAAUGUUGGCUUUUUCGUAUGAUUACAGUGAGUGCGACGAUUAUUUAAUGUACACCGCAAUAAUAGUAUCGUAUAAGUAGGUGAUCAUAAUCGUUAACGACCCACAUAUUUAUUUUAAAAUGUAACUUGAAUGAUGGUCGUCAAAACUAUAUGCAUUUUUGGAAAUGUUUGAUAUAAUAUAUACUUUUUUUUUUUAAAAAAAAAAUAUGAUUCGUUCCUCGAUUUCCGGAAGGAAAAAACCAUAUUUCCCAUAAUAAUUUAAUAUCAUAAUUGAGCCAUGACUGUAACUUAUGUUCUAAAAAAAAGUUUGUGAUAAAACGACGAGCCUUUUCGAAAAAGUUUUUGUUUUUUAAGACUUUUUGUCCUUAAUGCAGUAAUUCAUUAUCGAUCCACACGCAUGAACACUAAACGUAUAUAGUUUUUGCUACAGCUCAUGUGUGCGAAAAAAAAGAUAACACACAGUAUUGGCGUGGCGUCUUUUUAACCCACUACAGCAAAGGACUCGUCCGGGAUAAAUAAUAAUCUCUCAAGAUUUUUCACCGUGAUAAGAAAUUUGCUAUACUUGCUAUACUUUGCUAUACUCGAUUUUACGUAGUCGGUUUCACACAGUACCCUUUAUAAAAAAAAAAAAAUGAUUUUCAACCUUUUACGAAUGGCACUACCUAAUUUUGUUUUUCAUUUAAGACGAAAAAAAUCGUUUAAUAGAACUUGAACAAUACAAUGUACAGUAUACACGACACUUAUGGUUUUCGGCGACCCCCAGGUUGAAAACCACAUGAACUAAGGUAAUAUGAACUAGCAACGACAUGGUAAGCGGGUGCAGUGACAGAUCCAGGGGGGCCUAGAAGCCCCCCAAACCUCUUCAACAGUAUCUUUUUACUUACGGCAAAUAUUUUAAAUUGUCUAACGCAUUAUAAUUUAUUACACAAUAUAUAUUUUUGAAACCAUUGAGAAAUGGGAAUGUGAAAUAAUUUUGCUUUUAAAAAUAAGUACAGAUUAAAUUUUAUAUUAUAGAAGUUAUUUUAAAAUAGAAUAAUUAAAAUAUAUUAUAUCAUGAUUAUUAUAGGUACCUAAUUAACAUAAACGAUUCCUAAUCCAACCAUGAUAAAAUUAAUAAUAUUCCCUUAUUAACCAUUUCUUUCAUAUAUUUAGGAACACGUGUAUUAGAACGUUACAAUGCAUAUAUGGCUUAGAAAUAAUUUUUUUAAGAAGCCCCUCCCCAAGUUCAACCAUGGAUCCACCACUAAGCGGUAGCGGUGCGGUCGAGUUUUUCAACGGAGAAUAUCUAAGUGAAUAGUAUCCAAGAAUCGCAAUGAUUUAAGUGAUAAUUUUCUUAACUAUACAGUAUACCUACGCUACGAAAAUAUGUGCAUUUGAGGCGUACAUGUGAUAGAAACAUACACUUAUCACUUUUUUUUUGUAUUACCGUAUUCAUGGUUAUGCGGUUCUCAAUUUUAUAUUAUUUUGUUACAAGUGUUAUUAUUCUACACCAGACAGCGUUCUAACCUCUGGAUUUCCACUUCCACUUGAUCGAAAAACUCGAUCAAAGAAAUUGGUUCCGUUACCAGUCCAUAUUAUCUUAGUUCAUGGUCUAAGGAGAGAAAACGCCGAAUAGCUGCUAAAUGCCAAAUGCUCUUAUCAUAUUUUUACUAUCAUAUUCUAUAAAUGGUCUGGUCCUUAGUCAUAGUAGGGUUAAGGCUAUCCACCACCUACUUAUUUAGAUAUCAGCAGAAUAACUGUAUGGUUACUUUGUCAACCGUACCCCUCCACCCUCCCAAACAUUUGUUAACAUUCAUCAAAAUGUCUGACUAUUGAAAUUCGUAUACCUUGUUUUAAUUAUCUAAUCAUUUUUAUUGCAUAUUGUAGCACAUAUAUUUAUCAAUUUUUGUGUAGUAUAAAACUUAUAAUCGCUAAUUCAUGAAAAACAUGAUUUUACACAAUUUCGUAUUACAAAUUAAAAUUACGGCUAACACGAUGUUGAAUAUAUUAUUGUUAUGAAGCUCAAAUAGAUUGUAAAACUGUAUUACUAUUGCCUUCUUUAAAUAUUAGUAUAUUUUUAAACACCAGAUAGAAAUUUUAUCCAUUAGCCAUCCCCCCCCCCACUAAUACCACCCUAAAAAUAUGGUCUGGUCUUAACCAGGCCUCAUCCCCUUUUUCGGUGCCACUGGUCUCGACAACAGUUUAAACUGCACUUCAUUAUCGAGCAAAUAAUAAUUAUGCACUAUUAUGUACUUUUAAAACACUUCAAAAAUAUAUUAUUUUGUCGGAAACAUUAUUUGCUUAAGUUAGUUUAGGUAAUUUAUACUUUACGUUAACGUAUUACCUGAAAAUAUAAUUAUUUAAAAAAGAAUUUAAAUAUUUUUGAUUAGAUAAAUUUUUGCAGGCAAUAACUUUCGUUAAAAUUUCGACAUUCUCUUAAUAUUUAUAGGUAAGUUUAUAAUUUUCUUUCGCAAUAUUUCGUACAAGGGAAAAUUAUUAAUAAUAAUACUAUGUUUCAUGCAUUCGAUAAUAAUAAUAACAGUUGGGUAAUAUAGUUUUAACCGCUAAAAUUCGUUUCAGUAUUAUUAUUUAUUACUAUAAUAUUGCGGGAAAUGUUUAUUUCACGCAAGGUCAUGGCGUAACGAAAUAGAUGUCACGCGAGCCUUCACGACAGUUAACUAAGGUUUACUGGUAACAUAAUAAUAUUCACUUACCUCAAACUACUGCCAGCAACUAUAGGUAGGUACGAAAUUUUAAAAUCUCGUUGAAAUAACACUAUAAGCCCCGUCGCAGUUUGACGAGUGCCAAAAUUUACAAAUUCCCCAACUACAUCUAUAAUAAGUUAUACCGUGCCUAUAAUAAUAAAUAUGAUACUCGUAUUAUGCGCCAAGAAAAAAUGAAACAGACCAUUUUUCUCAAGUAGUGUUCAGAGCGUUAAAAAAAAAAAUAAAUCUCUUGAGCCUUUUUUAUCUUCUGGAUCAGUUUUUGCAAAUCAGAUCAUUGGGUAAGUAGGUACCUACAUCAUAUCGGUAAAAACUACUUUUAAUCAGUUUACGCCUUGAUUUCCCAAAUAGAUUGCAAUGGUCGUUUAUAAAAAUGAUCUAAACGGACCGUUUUUUUCACUGUCUGGAUUAGACAGUAAAAAAAAGGUUUAUAUCAGUAAUAAAAUAAAGUAUAAGCGGUUUUUAUUAUGAACUCAUAAACGGUUCUUAUCAGUACCUGCCUAUCUGGAAUAAACGACACAAUUACCUUACUUACUAGAUAUGGCUAACUGUUUUAAAAUAUAUUCCUAGUUUUUAAUCAUUUAAUAUGGAGGUGGACAUAAUAAUAAUAUAAUAUAUUAUAUUUUAACAAUUUCUAAAAUUGAUAGUUGUCGCCAGUCACAGCUAUAAUUGCAGCAUUGAUUAAGUAUACUUAACAAACUAAUUCUUCUAAAAAUCACUGUUAGCUGUCAGUAGCGUAACCAGCGUGCAGACCUGGUACCUAAUUCCGAGCCUACCCAAUUUUCUCCGAAACGAACACAAAUUUAAAAUCUAACAUUUUUAUUAGUAGUCUUUCUCGUCCAAUAUAUAAAAUUUAUUAUUUUAGACAAACUUAUUAAAUUAAUAUUAUUUCAAAUCAGAAAGUUUAAGUGAUAUAUAUAUUUUUAAAACUACCUAAUUGUAUUAUUAUAUUAUGCAAAUAUACAUUAUUUGAUUUUACUCUCUACUAUUAUUUGUCAUUAAUAAUAAAAAUAAACCUCAUUACUAGACACUUUAUGGAUAAGAAAAAAAUGAUAAGAAUUUGUAAACAAUUCCCAAGUAUCAAAUCGCGCUGGGUAUCAUAAAUCGUAUGCAUUGUUGUGUAGGGAGUCGGCUAUCUAAUUUUCAUACAUAUCUGUGGUCUGGUCUAAGCGGAGAGUUUCAAUAGUCAGAAAAAUGAUGAGGGACCUGCAGAUACAACAUUUCACUGUAACUAACCAUUCUCGCCCAAAAUAUCAUUCUAUCAUAAUUAUUUCAUAUUGUGGUUCCUGUGCUUUAUCGCUCCACCACGGGACAUUAUCACUUUAAAAUGUGACCUCCUCGACGUGAAAUUGUCCAUGCCCUCUCCUCUAUUCAUGACUAACGAAGUUCUUCAACGACUAAAAAAUUUUAUAUUUUAGAUUUUCACUUAGAAUAUCAACUUCUUCGGGACCAUAUCAGUUUCGAACGUAGGAUUUUUUUUACGGCGUUUGUAUUGUUGCAGGCCCCACAAAUUCUCUUGCCAUUUUUCUAAAAACUUAAUACGUACCCGAACCAAAAACGUAUAAUGAUUUCUUUACACAAAUAUAACAGAUUUUACCAUGACGAAAAAUAAUAUGUUUUCCCAAUUAUUACUUAAGGCCCUUUUUCCUGACGCCAAAGUAAAUGCACAUGUGAAUUAAUAUUAUUAUGGUUGUCUCUCACAUAAAAUAUAUAGAACGAAACUCAACACAAUAAAUGAACUGUAAAUGACGUCAUUGGCAGCUGAUCUACCGCCUAAUCGCACAAUACCUACCGACGCUAAAGGCACCGUUCCUCGCGAAAUUAUCUUUUGUGCGCUUUUAUUAUUCAGAAAACUUAAGAGAUUUAUUUUUAUGGCGUCAUCGCGGACUACACGAUGAUUUUAGUAGGGCUUUUAUAUACGCACUAUAUAAUCCAAACAGGUAUAUACAGACUUUUGUUGGGGUUGUAAUAUUCAUGUAUAAAUAUUUUAUUUUUUUUUCGAAAACUGUACUUUAAAUUAUGCAACGUGAUAUAAUAUAAACACCUGUAUAAUAUUCUCUUCGCCGAACGAUAAUACAAUAAUUAUUAUUACGUGUUCGCCGACGUAACUUUAACGGCUAACAGCGAAUAAGUAAGUACGUAUAAAAUUGAACCGUUAUAAAAUUAUAGAAACGAUACGCACGGAACUUUGUCGUAUGCUUCCGUUUCCCGAACCACUGCUGCUUUUAGAACAUUUCCAUUAUAUAAACUUCAAAUAAUUACCUAUACCUACCCGCAAACAUGAGCCACGAGCGUGCAGCGAGACUAAUAAUGAUAUUUCCACGGUAUAAAUAUUAUUUCCAUUUUAAUCUAUAAAUUAGUAUUCACGUUUUAAAUUGUUGAAUUUUGAUGUUGUAUUAUAUACCUGCGUACAAUUAAUUAUAUUAGGUACGUGUAACGCGAACAUUUUCAUUAUUUAAACACAUUUUUUUUAUUUUUUACUUCUAACAAAAUAGUUUUUUUUUUUUGAUAAAUUUAACGCGUUAUUUUGUUUAACUUUAUACGUUAUUAUAUUAUUACGGGGUUUUUUUUUUUUUUAAUUUUAUUAUUAUUAACUUCGUCUAAACACCGUCUAACUACAAAAUAUUUUAAACUCUAAACAAAAUAUUACAAUAUAAAAAUAUGUUGGCAUACGGAAAUAAUACAUCUAUACAUGCUUAUAUAUUUACGUAUUAUACAUAAUAGCGUGUAAAUUUCCACUAUUUUAAAGUAUAAAACAAAAAUUUUUAUCAGAUUUUAUAAUUUAAACAUUAAUCGUCGUUUUCAGUUUAUGCAUUCUUUGUGGAAAAUGGAAAAAAGUAUAUUCUCUUUAACAGUAUACCUAUAUAUCGUGUUUAUUUUUCGUCUAUGGCCGUAUAAGGAAGCUGCGUACAACUUUUAAAACGUGUUUACUGAUCCAAAAAAUAAAAUGCGAAAUAAUAAUAAUAUUAAUAAUAAAAAACAUACUUACAUUAAUGUCGAACGAAUAUAAUAUAGCUCACUAUACAAUAUACGUCUAUUAUCAUGAAAUCUGUUAAUAAUUACCUAUUGUACUGUUCCAUUUCAAAUAUUGAUCGCAACCGAAUAAAUAAUAUAUAGUAUAAAAUAAAUAAAUAGCUAUAACUAUACACGGAGUCCUGUAAAUGGUAUGAAGUCAACAGCCAUAGUAUACAUGAACUAUUUGUUUAUGUCACGAAUUAUGUGAUGAGAUGAACACAAUUUGUGAUUAAUUUCAAAUAUUUUUGACAUAAUCGCAAUAUAUUAUAUUUAUCAUGUAAUGUAUGGUAUAAAACAAUAUGUUCUGGGCUAAUACAAUUUAGAAUUUACCCACCUCUUGGUAGGUAUAUUGCGGUCAUAUUGCGCAAUAGAUUGUUUUACUACCCAGUUGUUUUAUAUCUGCAAUCAAUUUAUAAUUAUCGGGCUGGUAUAACUAUUAUGUUCUACCCUAGCAAAUAUUUAAAUGAUGCGCCAGGUGAUCACAGAUAAAAACACUAAAACCUGCACUUCUCAUGAUAACUAGUAUAAUGUGUAUUGUGUUAAAUUUGAAAAUACAUUUCAAAAAUUUGAAAAAUAUGUUCAAUCGAGUCCAAAUUAAAAAUACAAGCAAAUGUGAAUGACUUUGACACUAUUUAAAAAUUAGAAAUUUAUUAUACACUCGAUAAUUAAAUCAUUUAACCCUAUAAAACGUAUGGUUUAUAUUUUAAUGGAAUGCAAAUUUUAGUUUGUCAUAUAUACCUAUAGUAUAUAUAUAGUACUAUAUAGAUACAUUUUAUGAAAAAUACUUUAGAUAUCAAAAAAUGGCAUGCCCAAUGCACCAACUAGAGAAAAUUUCCUUUCAGAAAAAGUGCUCUACUCAAUAUAUCGGAGCAAAAUUUCUGGUAAAAAGUUGUUCACAGACAGAAAAAAAAAAUAAUGUAAAAAAAAACAUCAUAGUAAAACCAAUAGAUCCCUUGCUACGUUCCGAACCUAAAAUAAUUCCUUUUGAAUGUAUACGAUUACAAUGAAAAACAUAUGUGAAUGCUUGAGGGUAUUUUAUCAACGAGAGGUCACAAGUUUAAAUUAAUAAAUUACAAUCAUUGGUUAACAUUGUAUGCGUUUUACUUCCAUCAUUUUACUAUUCCAUAAACCUAGUACCUACAAUAUACAUACAAAAAACUAUUUCAAUAAAAGAAAAUAGGUACAUUAUUAUUCUAUUAUAACAACGCGAACACGUAAACAACAAUAAAUGUGUACAUUAAAAGCAAAGCAUUAUAUCAAAAUGAAAACAUAACAUUAAUUAUGGGUAGGUAGGUAUACUAUAACUAUACCAGACAAAUUAAAAAUUAAUUUUUACCCAAAAUUAUACUGCAGAUUCGUUAUAUUUUCAACGAAAAUAUUAUUAAAAAAUAAUAGUUAUAACUCAUAACUAUUAUUUUUUAAUUACUUACAUUUUAAAUCCUUUUUGUUAUUUUUAUUUAAUAUAUAAUAAAAUGUAGACUCUCAUAUUCUAAUACCUAAGCAUUUCAUCCAAAUAUUUUGACAUUAUGUGCAAUUUUAAUUUUGAAAACUUUUUUUAAUUAAUUUACUUUGCACCCGCAUGAUCAGCUAAAGGAUGAGGUUUUUAUUUUAUUUUAUGAAAAUUUCUACCGGAAAAUGAGCAUUAGGCAUGCCAUUUUAGAAAUUCUUAAUUAUAUAAACCUGUAAGUCGCUACAACUAAUGCUACCAGUACACAAGUAGUUAAUGUUUCAAGCUAGGAUAGUAAGAUAGUGCUAGUAAGCUGCUGAGCUAAAGUAACUCUAGCUCCGUGAAAAGUGAAAACAGAACAAUCUACGGUUUUAAAACAAAAAGCCAGUAAGCUUGUAGUAUCUUCAGCUAGAAUAGUUUAAUAUAAUAGUUUUAUUAUUAUUUUAACUUGUAGCAACCCCCCCCCCCUUCAAUAUAUUGUCUUGACUCCUGGAAUUGAGUAUAAUAGCUUCGUGUGAACCUAGUACAAGAUGGUUAGUGUUCAGGCAGUAACGAUUUGUUUUAUACUUUUUGAUAAAUAUCGAGUCACAAGCCACUCCAGUAAUCACUCAAUAAUUCAUUUUUGAUAAUUAUUGGUAAGUUUUGACUUCCCAGAAAUAGCACCAUGUAAACCGCUCCAGCUCAUAUCAAUCCAGGAUGAUAAAUCAAGAUAGUAAGCUGGUCACCAUUCUUGAAAACUAGCAUCAUAUAUACCAAGCAUGGCAACGAAUUUAGAAAUAGAAAAAAUAAUACAAAAACGUAUUACAAAUGAUAAUACAAAAUAGAUUUCUCGGAACAAAUAUGUACAUAUUUUUGUUUUCACUAGCGAAACACCAAACUACUUAUGAAUAUUGAAAGAAUGUGCAUUCUCGACAUACAUGAAUCGGAUAUCCGCUUUAAAGUUUUUUUCCUGCUUAAACGACACGCGGUACACGUGUGUAUACAGAACGAUUCUUUUAUUAUGAACAGGAGGUUACUCAUAAAUAUUUUUCACUCAAUGUAUGGAAUCGUUCAAUUGAUCUCUUUUAUAAUAUUUUCAUAAUUUCAAACUUAUUCUGUUUAAUAUUAUAAAUAGCUUGGUUUUCAAAUAGUACUCCCGGUUUUUUUCAAACGCAUACGGAAAGAUAAAAUCCAUAUCCAUGAUAAGAUUACCCUCUCCUACUCGCCUAAUUUAAAUUUUAAACAGUUAUAAUUUAUUAACUCUGAUAGGGGUAAUCAUAAAACAUUUCUCACAUUUUUAUACAAAAUAAUUUUUUUUGAAUCUGUAAAUAUUAUAAAUACGCGGGCUGCUAUUUAAAAAUCAAAAGUAGAUACGUGUACUUAUUUUAUGGAAUAAAAUGAUAAAAUAUUAUUAUAAAAUCAUAUACCUUAUCUAAAAUUUCAAUUUUUAAUAAAAUAACAAAAAAAAUCCCAAAAUGAAAUUUACUCUAAAUCUUAGGUUUAUGAUUUUAAACAAAUUCAUACUACUAAUGGGUAUUAUACCACUAUUUUAAGCGGGCAGUUGAGAAGGUAUAUGAUUUAUUAUUAUGUUAUUUAUAUCUGUGCACAACGAUAAAUCAUUGCUGAAGAAAUACAUGUUUUGAAAUGUCAUGAUUAUUAAGAUUUUCAUUAAAGUUAUUGGUACGUUAAAAUCGUAUAAAAAAAAUGUAUCAUUACGCUCGUGUAAAAUUGUUAAGUAUUUCGGCUCGUUCAAUACAAUCCUAUCGACUUAAAACCCAUAAAUAACUUACAAAUUACCUAAAUGAUGUUUUCAAAAUCUUAUCACGUCUCGGAAAAGGCAAAUUCAGUAAAAUUUCCAGGUCUCUACAAUUAUUUUUAACUUAAUUACAAAAGAAAAAAAACAAAAUUGAAUUCAUGAAAUUCAUGAACCUAACCUAACCAUUAUUGCCGUCGACUUUUCCAUUUUUCAUACGCGUUAAUAAUUAAGAAAACCAUUAGGCAAAUAAAAAACCAACCGUCAAUACAUCAACAAAAGAAAAUUGUGUUUUUAAAAAGAUGCUACUCUGGAAUUGAAAUUUGGAGCUAAAUUUCUGGUAGAAAAACAAAAUUUAAAAUAAUGAAAUCGUUAUCUCGCCGUAAAUUUGUCAGUUCUUUCUUGUUAUUAAGAAACAGCGAAAAAACCAAAAGUAAAAUUCACAACGCACCAACUAGACCAAAAAUAAAUAGUCACUUCAAAAAGCACUCUUGUAAACAUAAUUCGUACAAAUUUAAGAUAAUGAAUUCGUAUUUUUCCGUAAGAUUUGUCCAACAUUAUACGUAACAGUUAGAAGUAUAAAAGAGUGGCUUUGUUUCCCUUUGCGUGCCACUCUCAUCACUUUCAUCCCUGUUUAUAGUCUAUUGGUAUAUAAUAUAAACUUUUAUUAUGAUUUAUGGGUACAUAUGUGUAUUUUUAUUCUAAGGCCCUGUAAAUUUGACGAACACAAUAAACGUUUUCCGCUAACAAAAACAAUCAAACGCAUAAAAAAAAGAUUGAGCUGUCUGGGUCAUAUGCCAUGACGUAAACGAAUUUAAAUCGAUUUGUUUUUCGCCGCACACGUCAACCCGGAUAAGCGAAAUACGUAGGUACUUAUAUGUACGAGAUAUUUUAUAGUCAAAAUAUAUGAUUGAAAAUGCACGACCUUCUAAUAUAUAACCUAAAAUAUGUUUCUGUUGACAUUUUGCCAUUUUGCAGGUGUAAUAUUGAAAUAAAAUCAAUUUUUUUAUUUUUACGUAUAAGUUCAGCCGCGAUAAAAUUCACCAAAAACUAAUCGAUCAUUAUAAAUUAUAAUGCAUAUGAUAUAUAGUAUGUAAGCUUAUGCACCCUAUAUAUUUUAUAUCUUUACAACUUCAUAUCUAAACCAGUGGCUUACUUAUAGUCUGAAGUAUUUCGAGUGUUUUAUGAAAUAACAUUUUUUUUUUUUUUUUUUUAUGUAAAUUUAAAAAAAAACACACGAGCAGCAAAGCUCCAUCACUAGAAUCGAAUUUUCUUCCAGCUGACUUAUUUUCAUUACAAUAUUUCAUUUUUUUUAUAUAUAUAUAGAUAUAAUAAGGAGUUGAACAAAAAACAUUGUUUUCAAAAUAAGUAAAGUAGUUCUCAAGAUUUUUGCUAGCAUACAAACAGACAAUAGUAUUAAAAAUUCAAACCUUCUAAAGGCACAUCUUCUACAACAAUCCUAUUUAUUUAUAUAUAUAUAUGUAUAUAUACACAUUUUAACCAAGUUACUAUUACUUUCGUGAGUCUGUAAGAGUGUUUAAAAUUCAUGCACUAUUUUUAGUAAAAACAAGAAGUCUGAAUAUCAAAAUGGUUGGGGAGGAAGUUUGAAAGUUGAAAUCACCUGCAAGCACCAUGCUUAUACAAAAUGUUACCCCACCUGACUUCAUUUGGCGGUUCCCAGCUCUCUAAAAGUGUACAAAGCUAAAUAACACCCUCUUCUCGCUAUAACAUGGUGAAGCUCAUAUUGAAAUUCAAUAAACAAUUUGAUCAUUUUAAUCUGCCUAUAAAAAAAAAUUCUGAUUCCCGAGUCUGAAGUCUAUUGGUCCAAAGGAAGCCGCUCCAAAAGUCUCCAAAUGUACCGGGAAAAAGGUAUAUACCUAUAUGAAUAUCGGUAACAAUACAAUAGUAUUUAUUUUCGGAGAAAAUUCGACAAAAAAAAACACAACCGGAGAUCGCGUUCGCGUUGUCUCGCAAUUUAUACAGGUGCCUAGUAAAAACGAAAAAAAAAACUGAAAAUGUCGAUAUACAGUUAACAGAUACACAAAACGUCCCUCUUGACUACGCCUGCGCGGGCUGUGGUCUCGGUAUGAUAAUAUACAAGUACGCUCUCGUAAAAACGAAAACACACGUAUAACAGUAUAUUAUUACUAAACGUUAUUUUAUUACACGAUCGAAUAAUAAUAUACGGCUAUUAUUUGUUCAGUUACAUAGGCGCUUUUAAAUAACAAUAAUAUAAUAAUGCAAUACAUACAAUACAGCGUCGGUAAAAGGAUUUCGUGCAACUUCGUAUUUAGCAUUUUUAUUUGUGUGUCUAUAUUAUUAUAUUACCUAUAGGGGUUGGACGACGAAAAUUAUAAUUCGCGCAGACACGUGAUAGGGUCUUUGCCCCGCCCUCGUCCACCCCAAUAAUUAUAUAAGACAGUCGCACCACACCGAUGCAUACACUACCGAAUUAAUAUACUAUUACAAUUCAUAAUUGUAACAGCGGUAUGAAAUGUGUAUGCACUCGUAUUCGGUGUUUCCUGUCAAAAAUAGUACUAUGUGAAUAAUUUUAUUAAAUUCCUCAUUGUGUUCACGUGAAUUCAGUUAUUGUUCACUUUGCUCGGGCGUUCUCAUACUGCGCCCGGUCAACAUGGGAAAAAUCGGAGUAUUAGAAUGAUCAUUGUUACAAAAUGUUCGGUCAUUGUGUUUCGGAUUUUCCAUUUUUAUCGUAACAUAUUAUACAAUUGAUGGAGAUGUAAGUUUGAAAAUGUUCAAUUUAUAAAAUAAAAAUUCAACUAGCGUUACGAAAAAAGUUACUAUAAGGACAUUAAAAAUAAUUAAAAGUUAAGUUAAUAUCAUCUUAAAACUAAACCUAACCUAACGUAGCCUUUGAAUUUUUCAUUAACUGACCCUUUGCACUAUUCAAGACGCCGCGCCACACAAAUGGUGCUCCUCUAAUCUCUCCCUACCCGAACUUAAAAAUGGAAUAUCUCGUCAAUGGGUUAACGAAAAUCAAAAAUUUCAAUACCAACAUAUUUUAUUCAAACUAAUACUCCGUCUAUUUAUAGAAUUUUCAAUAUAAGUUGCUAUUUAAAAACCAAAGAGUAGGUAGUCGUUUCAUCCUUAAAAGCUAACUGAAAUGUAACAUUUUAGAGAUGCUUUUUUCUUAAAUGGUAAAAAAAAAAAAAAAUUGUUGAACAAAUUCAGAACUAAUCGAAAAGUCGAGUAUAGACGUGUGUACCUACCACGGUACAAAUAAUAAUUAUUAUUUGUCUUUUACUCAAUAUAAUCUAAUUAUCGAUGGCACCGAAAAAGGACAAAACCAUAUUUUUGGAGCGACAGUUAAUAGAUUGAAUUCCUCUCCUAUAUACACAUAUUAUUAAAACUAGGCAAUAUUAAUAAUAUUUUAAAAUUUGUUUGAGCUUAUAUCCUGUGUAUAAAUAAAUAGAUAGGUGGUGAUUAGGACUACUACGAUUAUUGACCAGACUAUUUAAAAACUGAUUCGGCAUCACUGGCGUUUAGAGCUUAUAGUUUAAUAUAAAUAGGUACAUAUUCCGAAUAAACCUCUUGUGUUUGGCAUUAUCGUGUUUAUUUUCAAAACUCACAAACUUUAAGUUUAAGUAUUUUCUAUUUCGACAAUAUAAAUAGGUAUAUUACAAAAAACAAAUUAACUUAAAGUUAAUAAGUCAAUUAAACUAUCGAGUUAACUUUUAUUUUAACUCAGUUAGGUAAUUAAUAAAAAUAAAUUAUUUGUAUAACGUGUUAAGUCGGUAGACAUUAGCUUUUUCUCAUAUUAAUAUUAUUCAUCAACUUGCCCAGCUGUAUUGUUAUUUUCUGUAACACCUAUAUAGCCGAUAGAUAUAAUAUACAAUCAAUUUCAACAUACAAUGUUUACUCGCGGUUCAAUGACCAUUUCUGCCCACGGGCCACGUAAACUUCCGGAGCUAUCAAAAAGUCUCGACGAUAUAUAAACUUUAACCGACCAUUACCGCCGCUUAUUAUUUCUAUUAUUCCGAAGUAUUGAUAUGAGAAUCACGUGCCCAUCGUAUAUAAUUCGCGUAUACGUAUAUAUUGGUACCAAUAUAGUAUGGGGAUUUAAUAUCGAUUUGCGUUUAAAAACGCAUCUGUAUUGAUAAUAAAGUAUAUCGUUGAAUAAUAUAUUUUUGUAACGAAAAAAAGAAAACUCAUAAAUACCAAAUUAUUCUUCUAUACCUACAUUUUCACUUAACUCGUUUUCUAAACGACUUCUAUAUUGUAUAAUACCUAUAUUACCUGAAUAUUUGCAUAACCGUGCAUUUCGUGAAACUAUAGGUAAUUGCAAUGCCUAUACAUAAUAAUAUAUGUAUAUAUUAUGUAAUUUAAUGUAUACAUAUACAUACUUAAUGAAAAAUAUAUACACGUUUAUGACGUACCUAUACUUAUUUCGAAAAUACUCGAGAUAUCCUGCAACUGUAAAAAUGUAAAAUCGGUUGUGUAUCAAUUUACAAUUUUUUUCUUAUUUAUUAUAAUAAGAAUUUCCGAUCGGUAAUUUAUUUUGUUUAACAUCCUCGUAUACCUCAUAAUUCUGUUAAUAAAAUAAUUACCAUUGAUUUUAACUGAACGCUGAAUCGAUAAUUUGCAGUAAAAGAGUAAGUAAAGAGAUUAAGUAACAAAAAAAAAAAAAGGCUGCAAGUUAUAAUGACUAUUAUUAAUUUUUAAGUCGGUUAAAUCAAGUCAAUUGAAAAACCUGUUAUCGUGACGCGAGUCAACACGUUAAAAUAAGCAAAUUGUUUUAUUAAUUAUAGCCAUGUUAAGUUGGAAAUAAAUUUGUAAAUUAAAUUAACUCAUUAACAUAAAUGAAGUUAAUUUUGUGUCAUUUUUUUUAUUGUUUUAUAAAAUUGUCAUUGUUGUACUUGCUGAUAAUGAUUAUACGGUUAUACCUAGAGUUUAGCAUUUGUUUUAUCACUUGAAAAUAGGAAUGAUCAAUUUGAAAAACAGUUGAUUUAUUAUAGAAAUAUCAAAUUAUUCUACACACAUUAUUUAACAGAUUAAAGUUAUUAUUUAUACGAUGUUAAUAUUCAAAUAUUGUGUUGGAAUUAAAAAAAAUUUAAAUGAAUAAUGUAAUCAUUGAAAGAAAAAUUAUCACUUUAGUUUACUCAAUGUGAUGUAAUUCAAAAUAAACUCGUUGUUUAUUGUUUGUUUAUGUGAAAAAAAAAUGUCAAAAUGUUUAAUAUUGACUUGCAUAUCAUAGUAAAUAUUUUAUUAGAAAUGAAUUUGAACGAUUUUUGAAUAGGUGAAUUUAAUUUUUUUCCAAAAGUAUCGAAAUUACCUCUUCUCAAUUACUUAUGUAUACUCCAUUCCUUAAACAACACCACCUAGUUGUGCGACGCUCUCUGAAGGUAGGUACUAAUUAAAUUUUUCCGAAUUGAAGUUAUAAUAUUUAUUAUUUUCUACUCGAACAGUAUCGAUUAUUUUGUAUUUAAAUAUAUGAUAAAAGUAGUUAUGUUUUAUAUUAUUAAAUGUCUACUUAUUUAAAAAUCAAAUAUCUGCCCAUCACCCAUGUCACGGUAAAAACUCAAUAAUAUUUCAAUAUAUUCAAUAGACAGCGUUAUUUUUAAAUGCCAUUAAUAUUAUUUAUUCAGUGGAUAAAUGCUAAAUGCUCGACGAGUACAUUUAAACAUAAUUUGUUUAAAAGCCUUGGUCAUUACCCGUCUCUGACCUACAAUUACAUAGUCAAUACCGUAGGUAUCUAAUGUCUAUUAUAACGUAGUUAUUGACGUCUACACUUUUUAUAUUCGCGGCCAUCGUGAAUUUAAUUGUAUGCGAUAAACGACUCGGUAGUCCUAUUGUUACCAUAUCCCAUUCGUUCAACCACACUAAAUGUUGGUAUAAUUAAACCAAUAACGUUUCAAGAUAAUAAUUAUUAUUUUAUUUUUAUUGUCGAAAUCCGCUGAAAAAAAAAACAAAGUUAAAUUAAUAUCAAUUCCUGCGUUAUUAGGUAUUAUCUUUUAUUAUUAUUAUUAUCAUCAAUAAAUCGCUAACUACCAUCGAGAUCACGGUUUUCGAUUUUGAUAUUAUGCUUCGAUAAACGAGUUAAGAUACAUGCAUAGAAACAUAAAACAAAAUUGUUUGAUAUAUAUGUAUCUGUACGUUCUGACCAUAGUGCAGCGGCGCCGAAUCAAUUUUGAAAUAGUCUGGUUAUUAUAGUCAUAGCAGUUUUAACAUAAAUAUAGGUAGAUAGAUAUUUAGGUAUAAGCAAGGUAGCCGGGAGGUCACUAUGUCAAAAGUAGGUACCUAUCCCUACUCCCUAAACAUUUCUUAAUAAGUGCCUAUUUAUCAAAAUGUCUUGCUAUUGAAAAUCGCAUAUUUUCAUAUUUUUCAUUGCAAACGUCUACACAUUUAUGAUUUAUCAUUUAUUUGUGUGCUAUCCUUUAGCUCAUGAUUUUAAACAAUUUUUUAUGCUAUAAAACUAAGAUUACGAAUAAUACGUGUUAAAUAAUAUAAUAUUAUUCCGGAGAAUCAGCUGGAAUAUUAUUACCCACGUUACUUACAGUUCUUGGUACUUCAAUAAUUUCUUCUAACAUAGACUCUUCUAUAUUAGAAAAUAUUUGUUUAAACUCAUCAUCAAAAUGUUUUCGAAUUUCUUUAAAUAGUUGACAGACAUCUAAUACUCGCUCAUGACAAUAUAAUAAAUCAAUAUUAACUUUUUGUAGCGAUAUAGAUAAUAGUAAAGUUAAAGAAAAAAACUCUUCAAUCACAUGUAAAGCUAUGGUAAAAAUUGAUUUAUUAAUGACAUUUGAAAGCUGAAAAACUGUACGUGAUGUUUCUAUAUUUGAAAACUCUACUAAUUUUUUUAAGGCGUAAUAAGUAGCUUUAUAUACCUAAUUCUUUAAAAUUGAAUUAAACUUUUAUGUCGAUCUACCAAUCGCUUUUCACAUUUUUAUUAGAGUUUUUUUUUGACUUUGUGCGGCAUAUUCAUUAAUACAUUCAAUCAGUGUUUUUGUUCUUUGUAAUGAAGCUCGGGAAAAUGUUAUAACUGAAGAUGUAGUUUCUAAUUAAUACAAUUUUACAUGAACUUCCUACAGUCAAAUUCAAAUAAUGAGAAGCGCACGUGGAAUAGCCUCUGAAAUAUAAAUAUUUUAAAAAAAUAUUUAAAAACUGUAUAGGUAGGUACUUAGUAUACCAGUGUCUAUAAAUACAUAUUAUAUUGAUUUAAUUUAAAAUUUAAAAAUUGUAAUCAAAAUAACCCUUUAAAUUAAUCGGUUCAUAUCCUAAAUACAAUAAAAAGAAAAGAAAAUAUACAGAACUCAAAAAUAAUUAAAUUUUAUCUGUGAUGCUAGACGCCUUUGAAUUGCCCACUCAUAAUGCCGCGCCAUCAUAACCUUGUUCUACAAGAAAUUUUUUUUCAAGUCCGAAUUUCUCUAGCAACCGAAUAUAUAGAAAUAAAUAAUUUUUUACCAAUCAUAUCGUGAACAAUUGAAAUUCAAGAAAAUCUUCUAUAAAACAGUUUGACACACCGUCAACAUAUUGAACACAAAAAGAAAUUUGUUCUAAUCGAGAUACGUCAUGUGUUUCGUCUACCAAAAUAGAAAAAUAUUUUACACUUCUGAUAUUUUUCUAAUGUAUUUUCUUGUAUUAAAUUGCCACAAAUAGUAAUGAUUUCAUUUUGAACACUAGAACUCCUGUAAGUUGCAAAAGUUGUGUUUUUUAAAUGUUUGACAAAAAUAGAAACAGUCAAUGAUUUAAAUCUUAAUAAAGAUCUAAAAUUCUCGUCAUUUGUUUCUAUACUUUCAUCAUAUAUUUUGCCACCGUCAUUAUUAUUACCUCUUAAAGCGAUGUUUUGUCUUCCACAUAAAAUUAUGAUUUCAAUUAUUGAACGAAGAAUAGCUCUAUUUUCAAUGACUUGUUUUUUUCGUGGAGUAUCUAUCUCAUUUGUAAUAUUAUUCUUUUUGUUUUCCAUUACUUUAAUAAAUUCUUCAGAGCGAAUGAUUGAAAGCUUAUGAUGCUCAGAUUUUGAAUGAUGAUUAAAACGUUCAAUGGCAUCCUUCCAUUUUGAAAAAGGUUUUAUAAUCAGAGCACAUAAUUUUUGAUGAAUCCCUCUACCAACACUGUUAUUGGCAAAUAUUACACAGCAUUUAUACAAGGCACCUUCCAUUUUUUGGGAGUAACCAAGCCAAGGAUAACGAUUUAACGAAUCUAUUUGAAAUUUCAGUCGCUUUUGUUUUUCGAUGGGAAAUUGGUAAUUUUUGGGUGGUGUCCACUGGGACUUUUUAAUAAAUCGUAUUUGUUCGCAUCAUUUAUAUUAUUAGAAGUUGAUAAAAAUAAUCCAAUAUCUAGAGAAUAAUUUUUUAACGAUUCAUCGUCCAUAUUUGUUGGGUCUGCAAAGCGUAUGGUACAUCAACUUCGGUUGCGAUACUUUGAAUAUUACUCGAUUCACUUUCAGUUUCACUGAUUUAAUAAUAAUAGGCGUAUAAUUUGACUUAAUUUUCAAAGAAAAUACUUCGGGGGGGAGGGGUUUGAACCACAACUUCCCCCCUCUUGUAUACGUGCCUGUACCCGUGUUAAUAUGACUGACCUCGAGUCGGGUUCCGGCAUAUUUUAACGUGUACACGAAUUGGGUCCCGACAUAUUUAUUUUAUUGUUGUUUAUUUAUAUUGAAAACAUAAGUCUAGCCCAUUAGAAUUGGCCAGGAGCAUACUUCAAAUGAAUCAAUACUACUAGCAAAAAUAACGUUAUAAUCAAUACGUGUCGGUCGAUGACUACACGAUGACUAACAGCCAGCUUUUGGCAUACAACCGUUAAAUUGUCCGGUGACAACCGGUUUCGCAUUAUCACAUUUAACGUAAUAUUAUAAAUUUAAAUAUAAUAUUAUUGCCGCGAACCCAACUUGUGUAUAAUUUAAGCGAUAAAAUGUCCAGUGACCUAACUCGAGUGUUCCUAUACACCGGGUCGCGUUUCCGAAAAAUCUUCUUAUCAUUUUCGAACAAAUGCCAUUCACCGGAUGCAAACCACUUGUACGAUUGAUAAUAUUUUAUCACUGAUAACAAAAAAAACUUUCAAUAGUGCUAAAAUUAUUGUCGCUAGUUUUUUGUUGCAUACGCACAGUAUGCGUCGCAACUUGUUCGUUAAGCUUAUUCGUUUCUUUUUGUAACCGUAUUUUAUGUCAUAUUGUUAUGUUUUCAGAAGUAAAUUGUUUUAAGUGAAUCUAUAUUUUUUAUCCUACUAUUAUAUUAUAAGCAAUGGCUGUUCAGGUUGGAAAUUAAAACAAUAUGUAGAACGUUCGUAAUAUUAAUAGUUUAGUUUCGUUAAAAUAUUUAAUGGUUAUUCUUUCAGGAAACCCGGGUUCACCAAAGGAUUGACGAUUCAAGCUCAAACAAAUUCGAGAUCUCCGCCGCUUUCCAUUACCUCGAGCCCUGGAUCCAUUCAGUCGUCUAGCAGGUUAGUCCACCGUAGAUUUUAUCAUAUUAUUCGGUUCGACGCCAUUCUUGUACAACCAAUAUGUGUUGUUUAGUUCGAGUAGCGGUGUUCAUUCGGCUCCACCAAAUAUGGAAUCUACCGUUGAAAAUAAGUACGACCCGCCGUCUAGAUCUAUGUCGGCGCCUGCACCCAGUAUGUCCCAACCGUCGUCUUCGUCCACUGAAGUCACGACCGACAAUUCUGAGGAAACGGCUAGUACGUGUACCGUGCCUGCCAACAGCAGCGGGUCGGAUCAACCAAACAGUCCUCCGUCAGAAACCGUAUAUCAACCCAAGCACGUACAUCAUCAAACGUCUUUACCGAUUUUGACUUCGACCAUGAUAAACAAACCCCGAACGUUUCAUAGGUCUACGUCCAAAACUGAAGCUGUAAAAAAGUAAUGCUACAUAUUUGAUUCAUGGUAAUACUUAUUCAAAUAUUUCUUUAUUUUGUUUAUAGUUUUAUAAGGAGAGAAACAGCCAUGUUUUUUGGGCUCGAUGAAGAAUAUGAAGAAAUCGAAAAACUCAAAUGGUUGGACAGAAGAAAACGUUUGGCUACUAGAAAAUAUGGAGAGCUGAAAAGCGAAUAUAUUAAUUCUGUGAACGACAUUCCAGUAACUCAAAUUUCACAGGUAUUGCUGAACAAUGAACAUAAUUUUAUAAUAUUAUUUUCAAUUUAAUACUUACUGAUGGUCUUGCAAUUCUUAGCCGGAUGUAUUACAAUCAAGUCGAGAUAUUGAUGAACGGGAUAGUGCUGCUCGUGUUCAACCUUUAGGAAGAAAACCAUCUGUUGCCAAGCUAACGUUUAGCGGACUAUCCUAUGUUGUUUCAGUACUGUGUUAAAUUUAUACAAUAUUUUUUUAUCUAUGAAUGUAUUUUUAAUGUUUAUAAUAUUAAUCAUAUUUAUAGAAAACACUUAGUCAUAAGAAAAGAACAGUAUCUACAUCAAGUGAAUGGUCUAGGAGUUAUCCCCAGUCUGUUACAUCUGAUACUCCAACGAUUCCAUCCCAAAUUGCUGAUGAUGUAAAUUUAUUACUAAUGUUUUACAUAUUUAUGAUUAUAUUAUAUUAAUAUAUUUUUUUUUAACUUCAGGUGUUUUUUGAUCGGCUCUCCUCGGAUGGCGGCGACCAAGGAACAGAACAAGUAGUCGUAGAUUCUGGUGGAAAUUAUGAAAAUUCAAUGAGACACCACUAUAAAAAGUCGCAUCAAAAUUUUAGAAGGUAUUCCAAUUGGCAAAGAAAUCCAUCCAGACGAGUUGAAGACGAUCAUAUGCCAAGUAUUGGAAUGAGCAAAAUUUGGGGUAGAGUAUUGGACAGAGCGUUCGAUAAUUCUGAUAGAAGACAAUACGGGAUGGGUUUUAUUGGAAGGUUAUGCAGGUAGGUAUUUAAUAAAUUGGAAUUGGUUUAUAUUUUUAAUAUUUGUAUUUAAUUGGUUUAGACGUUCUUUAAACAAAACUGUAGUGACCAGAAGGGACGUGAAACAGCAGCUUGAUGAUUUAGAAGAUCAUCGGCCAUUUUUUACUUAUUGGGUGACUGUUGUUCAAAUUUUGGUACUAUUUUUAUCAAUAUUUUCUUAUGGUCUUGGGCCUUUUGGGAUCGAUCUAAGCCACCAAUCUGGUGCUGUAAGUUAUUAAAUUAUUUAACAUAAUACAGAUAAAAUUAUACCAAAAUAUAUUAUUAUAAUAUUAUGUAUAAAUGGCUGUAGGUUAUGGUCACAAGUCUAUCAGUACAAAUAAUUGAAUAUAUAGAACCAUCAAAUUUUUGGAUUGGACCUCGUGCGGUAAAUUACAUAAUAUCUAUCUAUUAUACUAUUUUAUACUGUUUAUAUUUAGUUAUAUUUUCUAUUUGUUAUAAUAUAAACAUUUCCAUAAUGUAUAGGCUGACUUGAUACAUUUGGGAGCCAAAUUUGCUCCUUGUAUGCGAAAAGAUAAAAACAUAAUGAAAGAAAUUGAAAAAUGGCGGGAAAAAGAGCGAGAAACAGCAUGCUGUAUUAGGAACGAUGACUCUGGAUGCAUUCAAGCAUCUAAAGAACAAUGCACAGUAAGAUACACAUUUCUUAUAAUUUUUAAAAUCAAAAAGAACAAAUAUAUUAUACUAAUAAUUUGUUGUAAUAUAAUUUUAACAAAUUUAAGUAUUGUUACUUUUAUUGAAAUUAAUACCAUAAUUAAACUAUUUUGAGCUAGAUAUUUAUACUCGUGGAGAAGUAUAAUUUGAGAUGUAACCAUUUAAAUGAUUAAUAAUUAUUAUUUAAAAUAAAUAAAACUCCUUAUAACCUUAAAAUAUGUCUAAAUAUGAACACUUAUAAAUAAUAAUUAAUAUUAAUACAGUAGAUUAUGUUUAUUAUGACACCGGUUGUAGUGGCAUAAUAUCAAGUGUAAUGACCUUAGAUGGAGGCCCUGGCAAAACUCUUACAUGUACUAAUUUAUACCGAUUAUUAUCACAUUUGUAUUAUGACUAUAAUACAGAUGUUAUGAUGGUUAUUUUGGUUAUAUUGGAAAAAAUCUAUUAUCUAUGACUAUUAAACUUUUAUCAAAGGUAAUGUAACAACCAAUAAUACUAAAUGUAUUGUACUUUUUUUAUUUUUUUUUUUUCCGUAAGUAUUGAAGUCCCGAUUUAGUGAUACAAAUACGACACACAUUGAUUGUAAUAUAAUAUUAUGUUCAUAUAAAUACAUAAACAUAUACAUAAUCAAGUUUUUAAAUUGUAUUUUAUCAUUUUGGUUAUGAUGACAAUCGGUUAUUAUGCAUUUAACUAGUCCCUUGAAUGUUAUUACAAAAGGUUUCUACUGUACUUAAGAAUUAUUAUUUAUGUGUUAUAUUAUUGUGAAAAAUACCUAUUCUAUUUGGUAGUUUUAUUCUUAUCGAGUGUUUAUCUGUUUGUACUGUUUCUCAUACCAUCUCAUAAACGUCUCACUGAUUGGGGUGGAGGAGGAGGAGGAGAUAGUGAUAAACCACCUUCGGUAAGAAAGUAGAAAAAAAUCUGUUGAUUGGCUAUUAAAGUCUAUCUGUACUAAAGUUGUAGUGAUUAUUAUUUAUUUUUGCAUGCUUAUUUUUUAAGAAUUUAUGGUAAUUUGUAUUAUUAUUUUUGCUUUGUUUUAAUUUUUUGAAAUUGUGUUUGUAUAAUUAUACAUUAUACUAAUUUAGCAUUAUUCCUUACCAAAAUAGUUACUUACUACAAUGAUUGAUAUUAACAGCUUCAGAGUGAUAUUUAUUUUCUUUAGUUGAACGUUGAACAGAUUUUACUUUUAUUAAAUCAUUAUUAUGAAUUAAUAUGAGUUGUUAUUAUUAAUAAUUUUUUUAAAUUUUAACAUAAUUUUUUUAGACAUCAAUUUCAAAGUGGAAGAAAUGGUCAGAAAUUGAAUCUGGACCUGGUGGGAGAAUAUCCGGUUCUGUUUGUGGCCUUGAUCCAAAGUAUGUACACAUUUUAUUGUUAAUCAGAUGUCUACUUUGAAAUUAUUUAUUUUUAAUUCAUAUUGGUUUAUAUUUAAGAUAUUGUGAAGCUCCUGCAUCUAUAGCACCAUAUGAAUGGCCUGAUGAUAUAACCAAAUGGCCAAUUUGCCGUAAAAUGAGUGGUAGAGGCAGUGCACGGCAUAGUAGUUGGGGUAGUUCGUUGAUCAAUCAAAAACUGACGUCUGCUGAACAUAUGAUAUGCGAAGUGAUCGGACACCCUUGCUGUAUUGGAAUACAUGGUACUUGUCGUAUAACUACUCGUGAAUAUUGCGAUUUUGUGCAUGGUUAUUUUCAUGAUGACGCUUCGCUAUGCUCUCAGGUAUGCAACUCAUAUAUUUAUAAAAAUAGUAUAAAAUUUAAUUUAACUGGGUAAUAAUUAAAAAUUACCAACCCCUUCAGAAAAAAAAAAAUAGACAAACAUCCACAGGCUUACUAGUUUAAGAUUCCUCGCUGCAUUUAUAACUGGUUUUACUAUGUGUUUUUUUUUCGCCAAGAAGAAGAAGAAAAAAUAUAAACUGAAUUUGAUUAUAAACAAUUUUUACCUUUUUUUUAAUUAAUUUUUUGGAAGUUUUGAUUACAUAAUCCAAAAUAGUUCUGUAGAAGUUUGCCUCUUUUUAAUAGAAAAAAAAUGUUCUUAAUUGGAUCAAUCUGAUUAUAAGGUAUGAUAGUUUUUCCUGUUUUGAGAAAAAAAACAGGUUGUACCCAGUCCCCUUAAUAUAAAAAUUAAAAUAGAAUUAAUUAUUUAUUUAGACUUAUUUAGUUUAAAUAUUAAUAAUUUUUUAUAAACAGUCAUUAACAAUUUGUAAAAGACCGUGAACAGGACUUUAAUUUGGUUUUUUUUUUUCAGGUUUCUUGUUUGAAUGAUGUUUGCGGUCUCAUACCUUUCUUUUCUCCAGAAAUUCCAGAUCAGUUUUACAGAUUAUGGAUAUCACUUUUUAUACAUGCUGGGUAAAUAUUAAAAGUUUAUUAUUAUUUAAAUAGCCUUAACUAAAUAUAUGAUUAUAUUCAAAUGUAAUAACAAUAUUAAAGAAAAAUAAAUAAAUAAAUUUUUCUAAAAAUAGAAUUUAAUAGUUUAUAUUAAAUUCUAUUUUUCUUUAAUAUUGUUAUUAUAUUUGAAUAUAAUCAUAUAUUUAGUGCUAAACGCAUAAAGAGCCGAAAAUCAUGUUUAAAUAAAAAUAUAUAAUAGCUUUAAAAUUGUAAUUUCUCAUUAUAUUCUGUUUAGCCUUAAUAACUAAUUAUUAAUUGUAUGAAAUAUCAAAUAUGUAAUCUAUAUAUAUUAUUAUAUAUAGAUUACAUAUUUACAUAUUAUACACUAUCAUUAGUGUAUAAUAUACUAUAAUAAUAGUAUAUAUAGUAUACUUUGUCAUUUUUAACAUUUUCAGAAGGUCUUAACAAAUAUCAAUUUAUUUUUCAUUCAAUUAUAAUUUUUUUUUGUUUUCAGUAUUCUUCACUUGGCAACGACAAUUGUCAUUCAGUAUUUUUUGAUGAGGGAUCUGGAAAAACUGACUGGUUCAUUAAGAAUAGCUUUAAUCUAUUUGGGUUCUGGAGUUGCUGGUAAUCUAGGCAGUGCAAUAUUUGUACCUUAUAGAGCUGAUGUAAGCUAAUGAAUAAUACAUUAUUUUUAAUGAGUUUGGUAUUAAAUAAUAUUAAUUUUCUUUCAGGUUGGCCCAGCAGGUUCUCAAUUUGGUCUGUUGGCGUGCCUCAUAGUAGAAGUACUGAAUUGUUGGCCUAUGUUAAAAAGGCCCGAGCAGGCGCUUUCAAAACUAUUAGUCAUCACAUUUCUGCUGUUCCUGCUCGGGCUAUUGCCUUGGGUCGACAACUUUGCACACCUAUUUGGGUUUAUUUUUGGAUUCUUAUUAUCUUAUGCGUUGUUACCGUUUGUUUCAUUCGGACCAUAUGACCGUCAGAAGAAAAUCUUCCUCAUUUGGGUGUGCCUGUUAUCGGCGUUGUUUUUGUUUCUGUUACUGUUAUUAUUGUUCUACCUAAUACCAAUGUAUGAUUGUGAAAUGUGUAGCUACUUUAAUUGUAUACCCAUUACUAAAGACUUUUGUGCCAAUCAGAAUAUUAAUUUUAAAAAAGACGAUUAUACGGUAUGA